GUUCCCGGCCUGGACGCCUCGGCUCGAGGGACUGCUGUCUGUCUGUCUGUCUGUCUGUCUGUCAGGUGGACAAACAAAACUACACGGCGUCGACGGCCGGUAGUUUUGUUUUUUGUGUCCUUCGAGGCCUCGGCUCUUUCUCCUCUUGGAUUUUGUAAACUUUUUUUGGUGGACUCAGAGAUCAGCUGACGCAGCCCUCGUCAGGGCAGCACGGGCAUCCUUGCUCUGACAAGGUGCCGACAACAUGUCAACACAAGCGCCGACAUUCACACAGCCGCUCCAGAGCGUCGUGGCACUUGAGGGUAGUGCCGCGACGUUCCAGGCUCAAGUUAGUGGUUCUCCAGCUCCUGAGGUGAGCUGGUUCCGUGAUGGUCAGGUUCUUUCCGCCACCGCUUUGCCCGGUGUUCAGAUCUCGUUCAGCGAUGGCCGCGCUGUUCUGAAGAUCCCCGCUGUGACCGCCGCGCACAGCGGAAGGUUUUCCAUCAGAGCAACCAACGGUGCUGGACAAGCCACAAGCACAGCUGAACUCCUCGUUACAGUGGAGACAGCGCCCCCUAACUUCGUUCAGAGACUACAGAGUUCCACAGUGAGACAGGGCAGCCAGGUGAGACUGGAUGUCCGCGUCACAGGAAUCCCCACCCCCGUGGUGAAGUUCUACAGAGAGGGAGCUGAGAUUCAGAGCUCGGCAGACUUCAGGAUCCUCCAGGACGGCGACCUCUACAGUCUGCUGAUCGCUGAGGCCUUCCCAGAGGAUUCUGGGACAUAUUCUGUGACCGCCACCAACAGCAGUGGACGCGCCACGUCCACCGCUGAACUGCUGGUCCAGGGUGAAGAAGCUGUACCUGCUAAGAAGACCAAGACCAUCGUGUCCACGUCCCAGAUGACCACUUCUCAGGCCAAAGUGCAGAGGAGGGUGGAGUCGGGCUUCCAGGCCACCACCAUGAUGGAGAUGCACAUGGAAGGAGGCGGAAUGAUGACUCGGCACGUGGCUCACAAAACCCCUCCCCGGAUUCCCCCGAAGCCGAUGUCCAAGUCCCCGCCCUCCUUUAUAUCCAAGGUGACGGGCGGACGCCAACAGUCGCCGUCACCCGUCAGACACGUCAAAGGGCCGACGCCCACAGCUGUCAGAUCCGUCUCUCCGUCCACCAGACUGUCCGUGUCCCCCAUCAGACCCGUCAAGUCUCCCAUCAUGAGCCGCAAACAGUUAUCCGGCGGCGCUGAAGUCCUCCCGCCCUGGAAACAGGGCGACUACACCGAGGCCGGUUACAGCACCAUGACCACGGUGACCAGAGUCAGCGGCGCCGCACAGAUGCACGUGGAGAAGCACUGGGAGCAGCAAGUCACCGCCACCAGAGAGGAGGAAGGAGGUAAAAAAGCAGGGGCGGUGGCCACGGUGGUGGCCGCUGUAGACCUCGCUCGUGUCCGUCAGCCGGUGCAUGUAGAGGGUGGGCGGGCUGAAGAGGAGGAGGAGGAGCCUGUAGAGGUGGAGGUGAAGCAGCAGCAGCAGCACGAGCAGCAGCAGGUGGUGGUUUCUGCUGAAGUUGAAGCUGAAGCUAAAGCUAAAGCUGCUACGUCUGUGACGUCAGAGCAGCACACAGUCCAGGUGUCCCAGGUGUCCCAGAUUCAGAGAACAACAGAAAUCUCCGCCCACAUGGACGCUGGCGUCUCCUCGUUCUCCACAGUUCCACAUUUCACUGUUUCUAAAGUUUCUGUCCCCAAACAUGAACCUGGUCACGAGGUGUCCAUCGCUGGCUCUGCCAUCGCGACUCUGCAGAAAGAGUUACGCUCGCCCGUCGCUCCCAGACACGUCAUCAAGCCCGUCAAGUCGCCCAGUCCGUCUCGCAGGGCGGUGGCGCUGGAAGUGCGGGGGACGCCGGAGCCCCUCCCCCCACCGUUCAGAGACAUCAGAUAUCAGAGUCACGUUGACUUUAAGGCGGGCAGGGCUUACACGGCCAGUGAAGAGGAGUUUGAGGACUGGGAGCCUCAGGAGGCGGCAGCAGUGCCCACAAGAGCCCGGGAACCUGUUACUCCUCCCACGCUCAUCGCUGGCCUGAAGAACCUGACGGUGACGGAGGGCGAGUCGGUGACACUGGAGUGUCACAUCAGCGGUCAGCCCGCCCCCACCGUCAUGUGGUUCAGAGAGGACUACAAGAUCGAGAGCUCCAUCGACUUCCAGCUCAGCUACGAGAAUGGAUUUGCCCGCAUGGUUAUCCGCGAGGCGUUCGCCGAAGACAGCGGCCGCUUCACGUGCACCGCCACCAACGAGGCGGGAACUGUCAGCACCUCGUGCUACCUGCUCGUCAAAGUGUCGGAGGAAAUCGAGAGCAGAGAGGAAAUGGCCGUCACUGAAACGGGUGUCGCACAAGAAAAAAUCGUCUCCAUGGAGAUGAAGGGUCAGGUGGUGACAGAGGUGACGACAGGAGAGUCCGUCACUCCCUUCUUCGUCAGGAAACCCACCGUCCAGAAGCUGGUGGAGGGAGGAAGUGUCGUCUUUGAGUGUCAGGUCGGAGGAAACCCCAAACCUCAUGUGAUCUGGAAGAAGGGCGGCGUGCCACUCAUGACUGGAUACAGAUACAAAGUUGCCCACAAGAAGGAGACUGGAGAAUGCAGGCUGGAAAUCUCCAUGACCUUUGCUGAUGACGCUGGAGAAUACUCCGUCUUUGUUAAGAAUCCUCACGGUGAAGCCUCGGCCUCAGCCGGUCUGCUGGAGGAAGAGGCUUAUGACGCUUACAUGAAGCAGUUUGAUGUGACGUAUAAAACUGAAGUGACCACGAAGGUGGUUCAGGAGCCGUCUGUGGUCGUGAGUCAGUAUGAACUGGAACAGAAGAGGGUGACGACCCCCAUGAGCUUCGUCUCAGAAACAGAAUUCUUCAUUUCAGCGUUCGAAGAGAGAAUCAUCCACGAGAUUGAAAUCCGCAUCAUGAGAAUCACCUACAGCGAGCUGGUGAUAGAGGAUGGAGAGGUGAUGGUAACUGUAGCCGAGGAGGAAGCGGUGCAGCCGACCUUUGACACUCCGGUCAAAAACUACAGGAUCGUGGAUGGAAUGGGCGUCACCUUCCACUGCAAGAUGGCCGGAAACCCACUGCCAAAGAUUGCUUGGUACAAAGACGGCCAGCGCAUCAGACCUGGUGGCCGUUACCAUAUGGAGAUUCUUCAGGACGGACGAGCCACCCUUCGCCUGGCUGUGGUCCAACCAGAGGACGAGGGCGUGUACACCGCCUUCGCCAGCAACAUGAAAGGAAACGCCGUCAGCUCUGGAAAACUCUACAUUGAGCCAUCCGGAGUUGUGACACCUCAGCGAUACACACCACAGCCAUCAGUGCAGAGGUUCAGAUCUACCUCUCCUCGCUCUGUGAGCCGCUCACCCGCUCGCUCACCCAGUCGUUCUCCAGGACGUUCCCCCGCCCGCAGGCUUGAAGAGACCGAUGAGGCUCAGCUGGAAAGACUCUACAAACCUGUGUUUGUCUUGAAACCCUCUUCAAUCAAAUGUUCUGAGGGCCAAACUGCCAGGUUCGACCUGAAGGUUGUCGGCAGACCCAUGCCGGACACUUACUGGUUCCACAAUGAACGGCAAGUUGUCAAUGACUACACUCACAAGAUUGUGAUUAAAGAGGACGGUGUUCAGUCCCUGAUCAUUGUGCCAGCUUUGCCACAAGAUUCUGGAGAAUGGACGGUCGUGGCUCAGAACAGAGCUGGACGGACUUCUGUUUCUGUAAAUCUUACCGUGGAAGCUCGGGAAAGCCUUGCAAGACCUCAGUUUGUUGAGAAGCUGAGGAACCUGACUGUGAAGCAGGGAACUCUUGUUGAACUGGCUGUUAGAGCCAUUGGAAAUCCUCUGCCUGACAUUGUCUGGCUGAGAAACAGCGACAUUAUCACACCACAAAAACACCCACAAAUCAAGAUUGACGGCACAAAAGGAGAGGCCAAAUUCCAGAUCCCGUCUGCUUCAGGAUCAGACAGCGCCUGGUACACAGCGACAGCCAUUAACAAGGCUGGUAGAGACACCACCCGCUGCAGAGUCAAUGUCGAGGUGGACUUCAUGGCCCCUCAAGCUGAGAGGAAGCUCAUCAUUCCCAAAGGGACAUACAAGGCCAAGGAGAUUGCUGCUCCGGAGCUGGAGCCACUUCACAUGCGUUACGGUCAAGAGCAGUGGGAGGAGGGUGACCUUUACGACAAAGAGAGGCAACAGAAACCACUUUUCAAGAAGAAGCUGACCUCUAUCAGGAUGAAGCGUUUUGGUCCAGCUCACUUUGAGUGCAGACUGACCCCUAUCGGUGACCCCACCAUGGUAGUGGAGUGGCUGCAUGAUGGCAAACCGCUGGAAGCUGCUAACAGGCUGCGCAUGGUCCAUGAGUUUGGAUACUGCAGCCUUGACUAUGAAGUUGCAUACGCUAGAGACAGUGGUGUCAUCACCUGCAGAGCCGCAAACAAGUUUGGAGUUGACCAGACCUCGGCCACCCUGAUCGUCAAGGAUGAGAAAGGUCUUGUUGAGGAAUCACAGCUUCCUGAAGGCAGGAAAGGUAUUCACAGAAUCGAGGAGAUCGAGCGCCUGGCUCAUGAGGGUCCUACAGGAGUCACUGCUGAUGAUGAAAUUGAAAAGUCCAAACCUGAAAUUGUCCUACUUCCUGAACCAGCCAGAGCACUGGAGGGUGAGAUUGCGCGAUUCCGCUGCAGAGUAACCGGUUACCCAGCACCUAAGGUGAACUGGUACCUUAAUGGACAACUUAUUCGCAAGAGCAAGAGAUACAGACUGCGAUAUGAUGGUAUUUACUAUUUAGAAAUUGUAGACGUCAAGUCAUAUGACUCAGGAGAGGUCAGGCUGGUUGCAGACAAUCCUCUCGGUACAACUGAGCACACUGUGAAGCUGGAGAUCCAACAGAGAGAGGACUUUAGAUCUGUCCUGCGCCGUGCUCCAGAUUCAAAGGCUGCAGAGGCUGCUCAUGAACCUGGCAGAAUCGGAUUUGACGUUGUAAAAGUUGACCGACCUAGUGAAGCCGCACAGGACAGAGAAGUUGUUAAACUACGUAAGGCCCAGAGAAUUGUCCACGAGAAGACCUCAGAGGAGUCAGACGAGCUGAAGAGCAAGUUCAAGCGUAGGACAGAGGAAGGAUUCUAUGAGUCAAUCUCUGCUGUAGAGUUCAAGUCUCGCAGGAGGGAUGAGUCCUAUGAGGAUCUUCUGAAGAAGACAAAGGAGGACCUGCUCCACCACCUGAAAGAGAAAGAGGAGGCUGAGCGGAGAAGGCUAGAAGAACAGGGCACAGUCACCAUCCCCACAUUCAAACCAGAGAGGAUCCAGCUGUCCCCCAGCAUGGAAGCACCUAAAAUCCUGGAACGCAUCACCAGCCAGACUGUUGUGCCAAUGGAUGAGGUCCGCUUCCGAAUCAGAGUUGUGGGCAGACCUGAGCCAGAGUGCCAGUGGUUCAAGAAUGGUGUUCAGCUGGAAAAGUCAGACCGUAUUUACUGGUUCUGGCCUGAGGACAAUGUGUGUGAACUGGUGAUCAGAGAUGUCACAGUAGAGGAUUCUGCUAGCAUCAUGGUUAAAGCCAUGAAUGUUGCCGGGGAAGCUUCAAGCCACGCCUUCCUGCUUGUGCAAGCCAAGGUGGAAAUUAACUUUACCCAGCACCUGGAGGACGCCACAGCCAAUGAGAAGGACACGAUGGUGACCUUUGAGUGUGAAACUAACGAACCUUUCGUCAAAGUCAAGUGGUUCAAAAACAACAUGGAGAUCUUCUCAGGAGACAAAUACAGAAUGCACUCUGACAGAAAGGUCCACUUCCUGUCCGUGCUGGUGAUUGAAAUGUCAGAUGAUGCUGAAUACACGUGUGCGCUUGUAGACGAUGAGAACAUCAGAACGACCUCAAGGCUCCACGUGGAAGGUGCUCCGCUGGAGAUCAUCACACACUUGGACAACAUUGAGGUGCCAGAGUCUUACACUGGAGAGUUUGAGGUAGAGCUGUCUCGUGAGGACGCUGAAGGCAGCUGGUUCUUUGAAGGCAAGGAGCUCUCGCCCAGCAGCAAGUACGUCAUGGGCUCCCGCCGUGGGAGACACACCCUGUCUGUGAAGGAUGUCCGGAAAGAGGACAUGGGCAAAUACACAUUUGUGUGUGGAGAUCUGAAGAGCAGUGCCUCACUGAAGAUGAAACUGCGUCCAGUGACCCUCAUGCAGCCUCUGACUGAUUUCACGGUCUGUGAGGGUGACAUCGCUCAGCUCGAGGUCAAGUUCUCCCAGGAGAAUGUUGAGGGAACCUGGAUGAAGAAUGGCCAGGCCAUCGACGCCUCGGACCGCGUCCAUAUCGUAAUUGACAAAGUGGUUCACAAACUGCUGGUGGAGAACGUCAGCAGAGACGAUGCUGCUUCCUACUCUUUUGUGGUUCCAGCCCAGGAGAUCUCCACAUCUUGCAAACUCAGUGUUCAAACUAUUGACAUCACAGUGCCACUGAAGGAUGUGUCCUCAAUUGAGGGCACCAAAGCUGUUCUUGAGGCCAAGAUCUCCGCUCAAGACGUCAGUUCAGUCAAAUGGUACCAAAACGACAAACUCCUGAUGCCAAGUGACCGAAUCCAGAUGGUGGCAAAGGGAACCAAGCAGCGUUUGGUCUUCACCAGGACCUACGCUUCUGAUGAAGGACACUACAAACUGGUGGUUGGCAAGGUCGACACCAGCUGCAACCUGACUGUUGAGCAGGUUCACAUUGUGAAGCACAUGGAGGACAAAGUGUGCUCCGAGUCCCAGAAUGUCACCUUCAACGUUGAGGUUUCUCACUCUGGUAUCGAACCAGUCUGGAUGUUCAGGAACCAGCAACUGAAACCUGGACCCAAAUACAAGUUGGAGACUAAGGACAAGGCUCACUCUCUGACUGUCAUGGACACCAUGAAGGACGAGGAGGGCCAGUACACGUUCCACGCUGGCGAAAAGAUGUCCAGCGCCACGCUCUCUGUCUCCGGCGGCGCCAUCACGCGCCCCCUGCAGGACGUUGCGGUGGCAGAGUCUCAGACGGCUGAGUUGGAAUGUGAAGUUGCCAACGCUGAGGCUGAGGGGAGGUGGCUGAAGGAUGGUCACCACGUGGACUUCAGCGAGAACGUGGUGAGCGAGGUGAACGGAGCCGUCCGGCGUCUUGUCAUCGCCAUCACCAGACCACAAGACAUCGGAGAGUACACCUACCAGGUGGCCAACUCCAAGACCUCCGCGAACCUCAGAGUGGAAGCGGUGAAGAUCAAGAAAACUCUCAGAAACCAGACGGUGACAGAGACCCAGGAGGCGGUCUUCUCGCUGGAGCUCACGCACCCCGACGUGAAGGGAUCCCAGUGGAUCAAGAACGGCGUGGAGCUGGAGAGCAGCGACAAGUAUGAGAUCACUAGAGACGGCACUGUCCAAACGCUGAAGGUCAAAGACUGCAACACGCAGGACGAGUGUGUUUACUCCUUCAAGCUGGGAAAACUGUCGGCCAACGCUAGACUCAACGUGGAGACGAUCAAGAUCGUGAAGAAGAUGAAGGACGUGACAUCACUGGUGGACAGCACCGCCUCCUUUGAGAUGAGCCUGUCACAUGACAACAUCCCCGUCAGGUGGACGUUUAAAGGCGCUGAGCUGAAGCCGAGCGACAAGUGCAAGAUUCUGACGGAGAGGAAAGCUCACAAGCUGAUUCUGCAGAACAUCGAGAGCAGCGAUGCCGGAGAGUAUGCGGCCGUGGUCGGACACCUGCAGUGCAGCGCCGUCCUCACCGUGGAGGCUCUGAAAGUCACCAAACCCCUGAAGAACGUGCAGGUGCCCGAGACUCAGGUGGCCACGUUCGAGUGCGAAGUCUCUCACUUCAAUGUCCCGGCCACGUGGCUGAAGGACGGCGUGGAGAUCGAGAUGAGCGAGAAGUUCCGGAUCGUGGUCCAAGGAAAACUGCACCAGCUAAAGAUCAUGAACACGAGCAGGAGCGACUCUGCGGAAUACACCUUUAUCUGUGGCAAUGACCGUGUCUCUGCGACACUCACCGUCAGCCCCGUCCUGAUCACGUCCAUGCUGAAGGACCUGAACGCUCAGGAGAGAGACACCAUCACCUUCGAGGUCACCGUCAACUACGAGGGCAUCACGUACAAGUGGCUGAAGAACGGCGUGGAGAUCAAGUCAUCGGACAGGUGUCAGGUCCGCAGCCGGCAGCUCACGCACUCGCUCACCAUACGCAACGUUCACUUCGGAGAUGGAGGAGAGUACCAGUUUGUGGCCGGGUCGGCCGCCUCCGCUGCUAACCUGUUUGUCGAAGCUCGCGUGGUUGAAUUCACGAAGAAAAUCAAGGACAUAAAGAUCACAGAGAAGAAGAAGGCCAUUUUUGAGUGCGAGGUUUCUGAGCCAAACAUCCAGGUGAUGUGGAUGAAGGACGGACAGGAGCUGGACAUGUCUGAGGAACGGUACACGGUGACGGCUGAAAAGUACGUUCACCGUCUGAUGAUCCAGACCGUCCGCAUGUCUGACGCUGGCGAGUAUUCAGUGGUGGCCGGAUCCAGUGUUUCCAAAGCCCACAUGACAGUGGAGGGUCGCGACAUCCGCAUCUCGGAACCCGCUGAGAGGACAAUUGUGGUUCUGGAGAAACAUAGAGCAACCUUCGAGUUUGAGGUGAACGAGGACGACGUGGAAGGCCACUGGCUGAGGAACGGGGUGGAGAUCCAGUUCUCUGUGGAGGAGCGUUUCAACUACGUGGCCAUCAGGAAGCUUCACCGUCUCACCAUCUCAGAGACGUACAGAAGCGACGCCGGCGAGUACACCUUCAUAGCCGGGAAAAACCGGAGCACCAUGCACCUGCGGGUCAACAUCCCAGAACCUCCUCAGAUCCUCCGCCACAUGGAGCCUCAGUCGGUGGAGUCCGGUAAACCGACCCGCUUCACGGUGCAGGUGAGUGGCGUCCCACAGCCUCAGGUCUUCUGGUACAAAAACUCCCAGGCUCUUUCUCCGGGAUUCAAGUGCAAGUUCCUCCAUGACGGCUAUGAACACACACUUCUGCUGAUCGAAGUCUUCCCCGAGGACGCCGCUGUCUACAACUGUGAGGCCAAAAAUGACUAUGGUACGGCCACGAGCACCGCAGCACUCAACGUAGAAGUCUCAGAGGUUGUCUCUCCAGAAUCUGCUGCUCCUGUUGCUCCCCCUGUUGUCAUCUCACCCAUCGCCAGCAUCACCGUCCGCGAGGGAGAACCGGCUCGCUUCUUGUGCAGAGUCCGUGGAGAUGACGUGAAGAUCAGCUGGGUCCACAAAGAGAAGGAGAUCAAGCAGUCGGACUUCUUCAGGAUGUCUCAGUUUGACGACAGCUGUCAGCUGGAGAUCUCCAGAGUUUACCCAGAGGACCAGGGCGAGUACUCCUGCGUGGUCACAAACAGCGCCGGCACCGCGUCCUGCUCUGCCACGCUCUCACUGGACGAUCAAACACAAACUGUGGAGUUUGCGGAGCGUCCUGCUGAGACACAUGUCUCUACCAGCCUCACCAGUCUUAAGAAGCCUUCCUUUUGCCAAAAGCCCGUUUUCAUCCAGCCAAUCACAAGUUGCACGGUGUUGCACGGCGAGGUGGCUCGGUUUCACGCGUAUGUGUCCGGCAUGCCCAAACCAGAGAUCAGCUGGUUCCAUAACCGGCAGCCGGUCCGACCCACGAAGAACCUGGUGUUUCACUUUGAUGAGGUGACGAACGUGGCCACUCUCAUCAUUGUCGACGCCUUCUCUGAGCACGCUGGGCACUACACCUGUAGGGCCGUGAAUAACGCCGGAGAGACCACGUGCUCGGCCACCCUGACCAUCACCACAGUCGAAGCAGAAGUGACUCACGUGACGGAGCAGAUCAAGGCCAAGGUUGAGGAAGAAGUCAAAGAACUUUCUAGCACCACCAUCACCACUGUGGAGGAACAAGAGGAAACCUACUACACUGGUGUCCAAUUACCACAGAAAACAAAAACACUUGAACUCAAACCAGAAUCCAAACGUUACUCUUCCACAUUAGAGAAGAAAAAAGAAAAGCCAGUUUUCCUCAGCCAGCUUUCCCCGGCAGCUGUAACCAGCGGGGAAACGGCCACGUUCACCAUUAAAGUGUCCGGCUUUCCAAGGCCGACAGUUCAGUGGUCUCAUAACGGAACCGUGAUCAAGAGUUCGUCCAUAUACAGGCUGAUAGAGGAGAGGGAGGAGUACUCACUAAUUAUCACCAAAGUCACAUCUGAGUAUGAGGGCGAGUACUCCUGCACUGCCACCAACAGGUUUGGACAAACCACUUGCACCACGUACCUUGAGGUGAAAAAGCCUGACAUCAGCCAGGCAGAGAAAUGGGUCGAGAAGAUGUUUAAGGUCACAGGUCAACCUCCCACUUUCACAGUUAUGAUCCAACCCGUGAGGUGCUCAGAGGGAGGAGAAGUUCAUUUUAACUACAAGGCCUGUGGUGACCCAGUGCCUGAUGUCAAGUGGUUUAAAGGUGCUUUUCAGAUCCAGUCCAGUAGAAACUGUGUCAUUACAGCCAAUCCAGAUGGAUCCGGCUUCAUCAACAUUAAGAGCGUCAAACAGGAAGACAGUGGCUUGUACAUGUGUAAAGCCUCCAACGUGUUUGGUGACGCCUCUUGUAGUGCCGAGCUUGUGGUUUUUAGAGAAUCAGUGUCUCACAAACAAGAGCAGCUUACAGUGACUCAGAAGAAAGGUUAUAAGGUCUCAGUGACAGAACAGGCAACCGAGUCUCGUUUAUACCAGGUCAGCCUCCCAGGUCAGGACAGAACCAGGUCAGAUCAGAUGAUUUACACCAUUGGUACUGAAGACCGGCAGAUAAUUCCCAGUGAGCAAGUGGCCUCUCUUAAAGAGCUCGAUAUCUCUGCUGCGACUGUUCAUCGUGAGCAGCUGACCCACCAGGCAGCAGUGCUUCAGUCUCAUGAGGUAGAGGAGAGGGUGUCUGUGGUUCCUACUCACCCACCACGGGUUUCAGCUGUUACCGCAAAACAGCUUCACACGGCAAAGUUUACAUCAUCCGUUGAAGAGAGUCAAGAUUUCACAGAGCAGCACUGCGAUCGCAUUCAGAGCCCCGAGGUCAUCGAGCUUCAGGCUGCUCAAGAAAAAAGGUCAAAGGUGAUGACAGCUGUUGCCGAGGAGCUCAACCCACUCCAGACUGUUAGCACAGGACCUCUAGCUGAUAGGAAGUUUGCUACAGUCAAGCCCACCUCAGAACCCAAACACCUAGUCAGUGGGCAUCAGGUGGAGUCACAACUGUCCAUCCUGAAAGAGCAGUCUCAGGUCAUCCCCCCACCACAGCCAGAGAAGGGUUACAAAGUUAAGGAAGGUGUUAAGAUCUUAUACACGGCCCAGACUGCGGAAGAACGGGUUCUUGCAGAGGGCCAUACAACUGAGCUAGCAACAGCAGAUUCUGCUCUUAAGUCUUCCAGUAGUAAAGAACAGCCCCGGCCUGUCUUGGCUUCACUCAGUGAGUCCAAACAGACUCUUUCCAAGGAGACUGAGUUCUCCAUGCAGAGGCCUGCAGAGGAGACAGCUCAUCUCUGUAAGGACAAACUCAUGAAGGCAGCGCUAACAACUGAAGAAAAGCGGCUGCUGCAGGCUGAGUCCAUGCAGCAUCUGCCAAGUCUGUCCAGUGCCAUGUCCAUUCAGUCACAGGUAGAGGGUGAGCAAUUGCUGCACUUGCAGGUUAUCACAGACCAGGACCUCCUUCCAUCUGAGGGGAGCUUCACCUGUGAGAGACCAGAGCCAGAGCAGGCAGAAACCAGAAAGAGUCCCACUCUGCUGCACACUGUCAGUCAGGAUGAGCAGAGGACAGUGAUCUGUGAGGAUGCAUCAGCGUUUGAGUCCAAGACAAGCACUAUGGCCAUUCAGCCACAAAAACAGGCCCCCACUCUGCUGCAUCUCCAGUCAACCCAGCCUGUAGAGGUGCUACCUAAAGAAGGUACUCUUGUAAUUGAGAAGCCCAUCCACCAGGUAGCAGCACAGAAACAAGAAAAGACAAGAAGACAUGCGGCCACCUCAGAGGAGAGAAGGGAGCUCAUGGCAAAUUAUCACACAGAGUUAGAUUUGUCUGUGGCUGGAGUUCAGGGUCAGCUUCGAACAGAGCCCAGGCCUCAACAUGUCCUCCAGCUCUCCUACAAGCCCAUGCAGCUGCCAAAGGAGACGCCUGUCACCAGUGACAUCAAGCAGCAGCGGGCUUUGGUGCAAAGGGAAGAUCGCUGGAACGUGAUGCACGUCACCAGUGUGGCAGAUAGUCAGGCCUUAGAGGAGGGUCACACUGAGAGUUUGACAGCUGUCGAUAAAUUCACCUGUCAAAUGGCCUUGGAGCCAAAACUCCCUACUGAGCCUGUUCAGAUUGAGGAGAAGGAGAUCUCCACAGAGAGCAGUGUUCUUCUGGACGCAGCAGAACAGGACUUUGCUGUUCAGAUCCAGGAGGGCCAGUCAGUCAGACAGUCAAUAGUGAUGGAUGAGAAGCAAGUGCUGACAGGUGAGAUCUCUCAGGAGAUCACCAAGUCUGAGUCUUCUAAGGUAGUUGUCACCACACAACCCAGACUGUCCCUUAUGGCAUCAGAGUCCAAAGACACCACACCUCUUCCUAAGGAGAUGACAUUUGUCGUUCAGGUCCCAAAACCAUCCAGUGUGAAUAUACGGCGUCAGCUCAGAGAUGCCCUUCAGUCUGCUGUAGCCAGUGAACAACCAGUGCUACUGGCUGAUGUCAUAGACAGGUUACAGGCUGUAGAAGUACAGGAAGUCAAGGUUCAAAGGGAACCCAAACGAGCCAUGUUCACUUACCUUAUAACAACAACAGGUGCCCCCAUGGAGAUCACUCUGGCUUUUGAGGGUGAAUAUCCACAGUCAGCUGACCUGAGGACUGAACUACAGGCAGCGUUCCACUCCAUAGUGUCCCAGGAAGCCCAUGUUCUUACUUCAGAGCAGCCGGGCACUGUGCGGCUGGACAAACCUCAAAGGGCACAGGUCACCUCAACUAGGUCUAAACAAGUCAUGUCGUCCACCAUAGAGACAGUGAGUGUGGCAGAGAGUGCAGUGGAUUUCACAGCUGUCAAAUCCCAGGCUGCUUCACUCAAGACUGAGUCUAAAAUGGCAGUUGAGUGUGCUGCAGCUGAGCAGCGGCUUGUGAUGCAGGAAUCCAAGGCUGCAAAGAUGGAACAGUUCACAUCAAAACAGGUCAAAAUCUCCACUGAGGCUCACGUGGCCUUUGAGCAGUCAGUGCAGGUGUCAAGGCAGGAAGUGAGGUCAGUGGAGCGCAAAAGCCAAGUAAGAGAUAUAGGAGCUGCAAUUCUUACCACUGAACUUCCUCCCACUCCUGCCCCCACUGAGCUAGUGGUAGAUGCCAGCAUUCAGAGGGAGCACAGGGAGGAGAUCUUCAAAGAGGAGAUCACAGUGUCCAGGCCAGAACAGAGAGAAUACCCUGAAAUAAUCACCUCCCUCCAAGAUCUAUCUAUUGAUGAAGAUUGUGAAGUCACGUUUAGUGCCACCAUUAAGUAUGUGACAAAGGUUAACUGGUUUUUCAACGGGGAGUUGGUGAAAUCUGGCAAAGAGUUCAAGUGUUCCAAAGACCACGACACAUACACACUGCUUAUCACCAAAGUUGUCAAGGAGAGACAUCAAGGAGAAUAUGUUUGUGAGGCUGAGAACGAAGCCGGCAGGACAACAACAUCUUCAAGACUCACUGUGGUCCCAAGAGUGCCACCUGUCUUUAGGCAGAAAAUCGCACCUCUGGAGAUCAACGUCGGCGACCACGCCAAGCUCGAGUGUGAGAUCGAGGACACUCCAAACGUGACCUUCAAAUGGUUCAGAUCUGGCAUCGAGAUCAGACAGAGUGAGAAGUAUCGGAUCAUCAGCAGCCACAUCAGCUCCUCCAUGGAGCUCCUGAACCCGGUCAAAGUUGACAGCGGUGAAUACACCUGCAAAGCUUCCAACCAGCACGGCACUGACAGCUGCACUGCCAUGCUCAUUGUCACAGAAAUGUACCCACCGGUAUUUGUAUCAAAACCAGAACCAAUGACUUUAUUUGUGGGCAAACAAGCUGUGUUCCAGUGCUCGCUCACUGGCUCCUCACCCAUGGAAGUUGUCUGGCACAAGGACAACAUAGCCGUCUCGUCCGAAGGGAACUAUGUCAUGAAAUGUGAAAAGAACAAAUAUUCCCUUCACAUUAAAACUCUUGAGCUGACCGACCAGGGAGUGUUCCUGUGCAAGGCCUCCAACAGUGUCGGCACCGCCACCUUUACCACAGAACUCAAGGUUAUCAACAAGCCCAGCUUUGUUAAGACCUUUGAGCCGGUGUCUGCCGCCGUCAAUGACCCGCUGAGGCUGGAGUGCCAGGUGGACGAGGACACUGGUGUGACCAUCACCUGGACCAGGGACGGCAAAAAAGUCCAUCAGAGCAUGGAGUCUAAACUGUCUUUUGAGGACAAGGUGGCCGUUCUUGAGAUACCCAAGUCUAAAGUGAAGGACUCUGGGAAAUAUGUGUGCUCAGCUGCUAAUGAGGCUGGGAGCUCAUCAUGUGAGGCUGUGGUGACAGUUCAAGAGCCGCCUACUUUUGUCAAGAAAAUGGAAUCUAAGUUUACGUGGAAACAGGGUAUCGCCGCUCGGCUUCAGUGCUCGGUUAAAGGAUCUCCAGAGCUUCACAUCCACUGGUUCUGGAAUGAGAGAGAGCUCAGUGAUGGAGAGAAAUAUAAAAUCUCUUUAAAGAAUGGAGUUGCCAUUUUAGAGAUAACAAACGUUCUGGUCACAGACAGUGGGAGUUACACCUGUGAGGUGUCAAAUAAUGCCGGCAGUGAGAGCUGCAACACCCUGAUAUCUGUUAAAGAGCCACCGUCCGUUAGAAAAGAGCUGCAGACAGUUGAGGCGGUGAAGGGAGCUCCGGCUCAGCUGGAGUGUGAGGUCACAGGAACAGCUCCGUUUGAAAUCACCUGGUUGAAAAAUAAGAAAAACAUCACCGGUGAUAAGAAGUAUAAAAUCAUUUCACAGGAUUCAAUUUCAAGGCUUGAAAUCCAGACUUUUGAAAGUGCAGAUAUUGGAGAUUAUCAGUGCGUCAUCUCCAAUGAUGUGGGCAAAGUCAGCACUAAGGCUGUAGCAAAACUUAAAGAGCCUCCAAUCUUCUUGAAAAGAGUUGAGAGUGUGACCGCAGUGUUGGGAAACGCAGUAAAACUCCACGGCACUGUCAAGGGCUCAGCUCCCAUCACUGUUAAAUGGAUGAAAGACUCUGAAAUACUGAGAGACGAUGAUCCAAAUAUCAAGAUGGUGUUUGAGAACAAUGUUGUGAGUUUGACAAUAACGACAGUCGCUAUCGCUCACGGCGGCAAGUACACGUGUCAAGCUGAGAAUGAGGCUGGGCAACAAAAAUGCGAAGCCACCUUGACCGUGCAAGAACCGGCCAGAAUCGUAGAACCUGCAGAGUCCAUUAGUGUGACCGCGGGGGAUUCAGCCACACUGGAGUGCAAGGUCUCCGGAAGCCCAGAGCUGAAAGUGAAGUGGUUUAAAGAUGGCAAAGAGAUGAUCAGUGGGCGGAAAUAUAAGAUGGCUUUGAAGGACAACGUCGCCACCAUGAAGAUUCUUACAGCGGAAAAAGGAGACACUUCAGAGUACAAAAUGGAAGUGUCCAAUAAAGUUGGGAAAGAUCAGUGCAACUGUUCAGUCACCGUCUUAGAUCGGAUAAUGCCUCCAACUUUCACCAAGACCCUGAAAAGAGUUGAUGGUAAUUUUGCUAACGAUGUCACCAUGGAGUGUAAAGUGUCUGGGUCCCAGCCCAUGACCAUCGUUUGGUUUAAAGACGACCAGGAGGUCCGGCCCGGGUCUAAGAUCCAGCCUGAAUUCAAAGAUAGCUCUGCAACGUUGAAAAUCACUCGUCUGGAAAAAGCUGAUUCUGGAGUUUACAAAUGCAGAGCCACCAACUCGGCCGGGUUUAAGGAAACCAGUGGCACUCUCUAUGUCAAAGAGCCCCCAGUGUUCACUGUGACACCAGACAACCAGGAUGUUAUACCUGGGACCACCGUGUCUCUCAGAGCUGCCUUCACUGGAACAGCUCCGCUGGCUGUUAAGUGGUUCAGAGAGGAUAAGGAGCUGAUCAGUGGAGGCACAUGUUUCAUAAAGAAAGAUUCCACCUCCAGCUCUUUGGAGCUUCACUCUGUGAAACCCAGUGAUUCUGAUAAAUACACGUGUCAAGUGUCCAACGAUGCCGGGAAGGUGGACUGCACUGCCGUCCUCUUUGUCAAAGAACCGCCCCUGUUUGUGACCAAGCUUGAGACGACCAAGCUUGUCACCAGCAGUGCCACCUGCAGGCUGGAGUGUAAAGUGACGGGCAGCCCCGUUAUCACGUUCAAGUGGUUUAAAGAUGAGAUGGAGAUCAGCUCUGGCCCUAAAUACACAAUCACCGCGAGCGACUUAGUGGCGUCCAUGGAAAUGGUCAGUUGUGCCGUAGAGGACAGUGGGGAGUAUUUGUGUGUGGCGUCUAGCGAGGCCGGUAGUGACCGCUGCAGCAGCACAGUCACAGUCAAAGAACCGCCAUUGUUUGUUCGUAGCUUGGAGCCCAAAGAUGUGGUGAAAGGUUCUGAGCUGACACUGGAAGCUCAGGUGUCUGGCUCCGCCCCGUUCACUGUGUCGUUUUAUAAAAACACAAAGCCGAUUAGGAACGAUAAGAGACACAGAAUCACAGUGACGGAUGACCAGGUGGCGCUGCAGGUGCACGCGGUGGAGGCGGGCGACGUCGGUUUGUACCAGUGUGUGGUUGAGAAUGAAGUGGGCAAGGCUUCCUGUGAAAGUCAAGUGACGCUAAAAGAACCACCGUCAUUUGUGCGAAAGCUGGAGAACCUCAGUUCUCUGGUGGGCGAUGAGGUUUCUUUGAUGUGCACUCUGAAGGGCUCAGAGCCCAUGACUGUGUCCUGGCUCAAAGACAACCACGAGCUCAAAGAGGCAGAAAACGUUCAGAUUACACAUGAGAACCAAACAGCUGAGUUGCACAUCACCAAUUUACAGAACACGCACGGCGGGAAAUACUCCUGCCAGGCUCAGAAUCAGGCCGGGAGCCAAACGUGCUCCGCAGUGCUGACAGUUAAAGAGCCAGCUAAGGUCACAGAGGAGCCCAAGUCCAUCAGUGUGACUCAGGGGGAUCCGGCCACGCUGGAGGCCAGGUUCUCUGGCACCAAACCCCUGAAAGCCAAAUGGCAGAAGUCAGGCAAGGAGAUUACAUCCGGCCUGAGAUAUAAAGUCCAGAGCACAGACACCAGCUCUGUGCUCAAGAUUAAUAAAACAGAGAAAGGUGACGGCGGCGAAUACGUCUUUGAAAUUUCAAACGAUGUCGGCAGAGGUUCUUGCGAGGCCACGCUCACCAUUCUCGAUCAAAUAAUUCCUCCGUCGUUCACAAGAAAACUGAAGCGGACAGAAGGAAUCAAAGCGUCCUUCGCUCAUCUGGAGUGUCUGGUCUCUGGCUCGCUGCCUAUAACCAUACAAUGGUACAAAGAUGAGAAAGAGAUCCAGACUGAUGACAAACACAAAUGCACCUUCUUUGAGAACGUUGCUUUUCUGGAAAUCUCUGAACUUGAUGGUAAAGACAGUGGCAGCUACACCUGCAUCGCUAAAAACAAGGCAGGGACGGUCCAGUGCUCUGCCACGCUGUUCGUUAAAGAACCACCGUGUAUUCUUGAAAAACCUGAAUCCAUGAAUGUUCUGCCUGGAUCAAAGGUCCAGUUUAAUGUCCUGGUUUGUGGCACACCGCCACUGACCAUCAAAUGGUUCAAAAACCAGAAAGAGAUUGUAUCCAGCACAGACUGUUCUGUGGUCAAAGACAACACCUCCAGCUCGCUUCAGCUCUUCUUUGCAAAAACCACAGAUUCUGGAGACUAUGUCUGUGAAAUACACAACGACGUUGGCUCCACUUCCUGCCAGGCAACGCUCUUCGUCAAAGAACCUCCGAAGUUCACGCGAACACCGACACGUUUGUCCGUGGUUCGUCCCGGUCAGAGUAAAGUGUUUGAGUGUCAGGUGACCGGAACACCUGAGAUAGACAUCUACUGGUUUAAAGAAGGCUCAGAGAUCGUCCACAGCGAUCGGUACAAGGUCUCGUUUGUUAACUCUGUGGCCACGCUGGAGCUCUGUGGGCCUGACGCCAAAGACAGUGGCAUUUAUUACUGCGAGGCUCGCAAUGAAGCCGGCAGUGAGAGCUGCAGUAUGGAGCUCAAGGUCAAAGAACCACCAUUAUUUAUUCGAGAGUUGGCUCCAGCUGAUGUAGUGAAAGGCUCCACUGCCAGUUUGGAAGCUCAGGUGUCUGGGACAGGUCCGUUUGAAAUAACAUGGCACAAAGAUGCUAAAGAGCUCAAACCCAGUGCUAAACACAGCUUCUCCCAGACGAGUGGAAUGGUGGGACUGGAUGUAAACAAAUGUGACACUGUUGAUGUCGGUGAAUAUCAGUGCACUGUUGCUAACGAGGUGGGAAGCUGUACUUGUAAGGCAAUGCUAAACCUCAAAGAACCACCAACAUUUACCAGGAAGCUGCAGAACACAGUCACUGUUCUGGGUAAAAUGGCAGAGUUUCAGUGUGUUGUCCAGGGUUCUCCCACUCUCUCUGUACAAUGGCAAAAAGAUGACCACUGGAUUCUUGAGGAUGCAAAGAUUGAGAGAACAUUUGAGAACAAUGUGGCCACUCUCAGGAUUUCUGCGUGUGAGGUGACACAUGGUGGGAAAUAUACCUGCCAGGUGGCAAACGAGGCCGGGCAGGAUAAAUGCUUUGCUGCCCUCACAGUGCAAGAACCUCCUCAGAUCACAGAGAAACCUGAGGUGAUAAAUGUCACGGCUGGAGAUCCAGUCAGUCUUGAAUGUAAGGUCACAGGUUCUCCUGAGCUCAAAGUGAAGUGGAUGAAAGACGGUAAAGAGCUUCAGUCCAUCAGGCAGCACAAGCUGAUCUUUGAGAACAACACAAGCAGCUUAAAGAUUCAGUCUGCUCAGAGAGAGGAUGAAGGAGAGUACGUCUUUGAAGUGGCAAACCACAUCAGUUGCUGCACCUGCAAAGUCAAAGUGGUCGUACUAGAACAAGUCAUUCCUCCAAGUUUCAUCAAACCACUGGUAGACAUGCAGGAGAUUUUGGGCUCCUUUGUUCAAAUAUGUUGCAAAAUAUCGGGUUCCCUCCCGAUCAGUGUGGAGUGGCAGAAAGAUGGAGCCAAAAUCUCUAGUGGUGCAAAACACAAACUCAUCCAGCAGGACAAUGCUGUGUUUAUUGAGAUUGAGCACCUCGAGAUCUCUGACGCAGGAUCCUACUCUUGCAAACUGACCAAUCCAGCUGGGACUUGUCAAUGCAGUGGAUCCCUGAUGGUCAAAGAACCUCCAAGUUUUGUGACCCUGCCUGAGUCACAUGUGGCUCUACCCAAUGCCACUGUUCGCUACAAAAGCUCAUUUAAUGGAACCCCUCCAUUCAUGGUGAAAUGGUUCAAGGACAACACAGAGCUCAUGACUGGACCCACUUGUUUCACGGGGCUUGAGGGGCAGUCUUGCUUCUUAGAGCUCUAUUCAGUGGGUGUCACCCACAGUGGAGUUUACUCUUGCCAAGUCAGCAACGAUGCUGGCUCUGUACGCUGUAGUGCAGACUUGACGGUCAAAGAACCACCGGAGUUUGUGCUGAAACUCCCUGCCACUAAGUUUGUGAAGCAGGGAGCUUCACUCCGUCUGGAGUGUAAAGUCAGUGGCACAGCUCCUCUGAAAAUGACCUGGUACAAACACGAUACCAAGGUCACAGAUGGGGGCAACUACAGGACAUCCUUUGUUGACUCAGUAGCAGUCUUGGAACUGCUCUCCGCCAGCUUUGAUGAUGAUGGAGUUUUCACCUGUGAAGCUCAGAAUGAUGCUGGCAGUGUCAGCUGCAGCAGCACGCUUUCUGUUAAAGACCCCCCAUCUUUUGUCAAAGUACCUCAGCCAGUUGAAGCGCUGAAGGGUAAGGACGCGAGUCUGUACUGCGAGAUGAGCGGUACAGCUCCGUUCCAGAUCACCUGGUUUAAAGACAAGAAACCUUUGAUGGAGAGCAGGAAGUAUAAGAUGGUGAGCGAGGGCAGCUCGGCGACACUGCAUAUAAUUGGGAUAGAGCCUUUGGACACCGGCGAAUACGAGUGCAAGGCGUCAAACAGUGUAGGAAGUGACACCUGCCAGACAUCCGUUAAACUCAGAGAGCCACCGUCGUUUGUGAAGAAACUGUCAAACAUGACAGUGAUACUGGGAGAGGAAGUGACCCUUGUGGCCACUGUUAAAGGUUCUGAACCCAUUACUGUGUCCUGGGUUCAAGAUAAGGACCACAUUCUCAGGGACGGUGACAACUGGAAAAUCACCUUUGAGAACAACCAGGUCGCUCUUAAGGUCUUUAAGGCCGAUGCAACCACGGCAGGCAAAUACACGUGCCAACUCAGAAACGAUGCUGGGAGUGUGGAGUGUUUCGCUAACGUGACUGUUCUAGAACCAGCAAAGAUCAUAGACAAGCCUGAUUCUCUGAGUGUGACGGCAGGUGAUAUCGCCGCCCUGGAAGUCAAAGUGUGUGGAACCCCAGAACUUGUACCUAAGUGGUUCAAGGAUGGUGUGGAGCUAGCCUCUGGAAGAAAAUACAAAAUCUCAUUUUCCAGGAUGAUUUCCAGCCUGAACGUUCUCUCCGCUGAGAAAGUGGACUCUGGAGAGUACACCUUUCAGGUCAUGAACGAGGUCGGGAAGGACCUGAGUAAAAUCAAUCUCACCGUCUUAGAUAAGAUCAUACCUCCAAGCUUCUCCAGGAAGCUGAAGGACUGUAACACAGUUGUUGGAGAGGCUGGAGAGAUGGAGUGCAAAGUUUCAGGCUCACCACCUUUUACCAUCUCAUGGUACCAUGACGAGGAAGAGAUUCAGAGCGGGCCGAACUACGAGAUUUCAUUUAGCGAGAACAGCUGCAUGCUCAAAGUACCCACACUGAAGCUGACAGACUCUGGAGUCUACAAAUGUAGAGCUGCCAACAAGGCCGGAUCCAGUGAGACCACAGCCGCCCUGGUGGUCAAAGAACCUCCAUCAUUCGUGGUGCCACCACAGCCCGUGGAGGCAAUGCCCGGCUCUAGCGUGACUUUCUCAGCUAUGGUAAAAGGCAGCUCGCCUCUUAAACUGAAGUGGUUCAGAGGAGCCAAGGAGAUUGUGGCAGGACACAACUGUGUCUUCUCGCUGAAGGAGAACCAGGUCACUCUGGAGCUCCUCAACGUGGACAGAUCUCACGCUGGAGAGUACACAUGUCAGAUCAUUAACGAUGCAGGGAAGGAAAGUUGUCCCGUUCAUCUCACUGUCAAAGAACCUGCUGCCUUCUCCAAGAAGCUGAAGGAUGUCUCAGUCGAGAAAGGGAAACCGUUGACUCUGGAGUGUACAUACACGGGAACACCAAAGAUCACAGUGAGCUGGUACAAAGACGGCCAGCAGAUCUUUGCUUCUUACAAAUACAACAUCACCACGACUGAGAGCUCCUGCAUCCUGGAGUGUCUCAGCACGGACGACAAGGAGGCGGCAGGACAAUACAGCUGCCAGGUGUCCAACGACGCUGGACAGGACAAGUGCGAGGCAGCCGUGUCCAUCCUUGAGCCACCGUACUUCCUGGAGCCUCUGGAGCCCAUGGAGGUGACCACUGGAGACGCCGUGUGUCUGAAGUGUCAGGUGGCAGGAACUCCUGAGAUCAAAGUAUCCUGGUACAAAGGUGAAGGCAAAGUGCGGUCUAGCCCCACCUGCAGGUUGGAGUUCUCCAAGGGCGUCGCCUGCCUGAAGCUCAGCAAAGCCACAAAGGCCGACAUUGGAGAGUACAGCUGCAAGGCGGAGAACCGCAUUGGCUCAGCCUCCUCCACCGGCAAACUCAAUGUGCUGGAAGCCAAAACGCCUCCAACCUUCCCCAAGAAAAUCACCAGCCUGCAGCAGACCGAGGGUCAGCCGGUCAGGUUCGAGUGCCGCGUUGCCGGCUCCUCGCCGAUCGAGGUGUCGUGGUUGAAAGACGGCGAGCCUCUGAGAGAAGGAGACGAGUUCUCCAUGUUAUACGAUGACAACACAGCCGUGCUGCAGAUCAGCUGCGGCGAGAUGAGGCAUUCUGGGGAGUACACGUGUGUUGCCACCAACAGCGUGGGCUCGGCCUCCUGCAGAGCCAAGCUCACUCUACAAGAACCACGGUACCCUCCAGUAUUUGACAGGAAGUUGUCACCACAGGACGUGACGGUGGGUGACAGCGUUGAGCUGGAAUGUCACAUGACUGGCUCCGCCCCCAUCAAAGUCACAUGGUCCAAAGACCACAAAGAUAUCCGCUCUGGCGGGAAUUAUAAGAUGAGCUGUGUGGAGAACACGCCCCACCUGACCAUCGUGAAGGCAGAUAAAUCAGACACGGGCAGAUAUUUCUGCCACGCCUCUAACGACAUGGGGAAGGACUCUUGUUCCUCUGACGUCACGGUCAAAGAACGUAAAAACCCGCCAAUGUUCACCAAGAAGCCGUCGGAGCACAUCGAGGACACCGAGGGCAAACUGGUGAAGAUGGAGGGACGACUGACUGGCUCGCAGCCCAUGUCCAUCAGCUGGUUCAAAGACGACAUGGAGAUCCUCAGCUCCGACAAGUACGACAUCAGCUUCAAGAGCAACGUGGCCGUGCUGUGCAUCAAGAGCUGCCACCUGAGUGACAGCGGCAGGUACACAUGCCACGCCUCCAACGAAGCUGGAAGAACUUCCUGUGAUGUCACCGUGGGAAUCUCAGAGGCUAAGAAGCCUCCGGUCUUCGACGUUCCGCUCAAACCGGUGACGGUGGACGAGGGCGAGAAGCUGAGCCUCAGGUGUCACGUCUGUGGUUCCGCUCCUCUGAAGAUCCAGUGGAUGAAAGACAGGAAGGACCUGACGUCGGCCGGCAGCACCAGGAUCAGCUUCUCCGACGGGACUGCCUGCCUGGAAAUUAGCCCCGCCUCCAGACAUGAUGCCGGCGAUUAUCUCUGCAAGGCCACCAACGACACAGGCAGCGAGUUCUGCAAAGCCAAAGUCACGGUGAAAGAGAAACCAGGAGCAGCUCCGGCUCCCGCCGAGGCUCCAGCCACAGCUCCAACCAAAAAACUGGACAACCUGUUCUUCAUCGAGGAGCCAAAAUCUACCCACGUCACUGAGAAGGGAACCGCCACCUUCAUUGCCAAAGUGGGCGGCGACCCCAUCCCAAACGUGAAGUGGAUGAAGGGGAAGUGGAGGCAGAUCACACACGGUGGCCGGAUCUCCAUCGAGCAGAAGGGUCAGGAGGCAAAACUGGAGAUCAGGGAGGUGACCAAGUCGGACUCGGGUCAGUACAGGUGUGUCGCCUCCAACAAGCACGGAGAGAUCGAGUCCAGUGCUGACAUGCACGUGGACGAAAAGAAAGGGGAGGCACUUCUGGAGGGAGACCUGCGUGCCAAACUGAAGAAAACACCAUCGAAGCAGAAGAGUCCAAAGGAGGAGAAGGACAUUGACAUUGUUGAGCUGUUGAGGAACGUGGACCCCAAAGAGUACGAGAAAUACGCCCGAAUGUAUGGCAUCACGGACUAUCGUGGCCUGCUGCAGGCAAUCGAGCAGCUGAAGAAGGAGAAAGCUGAAGAAAGUGGAGUGAGACCGGAACUGGAACGUGGAGACAGAGAGUCGGACGAGGACAUGGCCCGGCUGGUGGCCGACCUGCAGAAGAGGAUGGAGCGCACAGAGCCUGUCACGGUGGUGAAGGACAUCGCCGAUCAGACCGUCUUUUCCAACAAAGAGGUGACGUUCGAGUGCGAGAUCAAGAUCAACUAUCCAGAGAUCACUUUGUCCUGGUACAAGGGCACGCAGAAACUGGACACCAGCGACAAGUACGACAUCAGCAUCAGCGGCGACCGACACCUGCUCAAGAUCAAGAAGUGCCGGUCGUCCGAUCAGGGCAACUACCGGGUGGUGUGUGGGCCACACAUCUCCAGUGCCAAGCUCACCGUCAUGGAGGCGGAGGUUGAAAAGCACCUGGAAGACACAUCCGGUAAGGAAGGACAGUCGUGUACUCUGUCUUGUCAGUUGUCCAUCCCUAAUGUAGAGGCUCAGUGGUUUAAAAAUGGCAAGCAGUUAGAGAUGAAGGGCAGGUACACGUCUGAGGUGAAACACAAGGUUCAGAAGCUUCUGAUCAGAGACCUGAAGCAGGAAGACCAGGGUCGAUACACCUGCAGGUACCAGCACCUGGAGUCAACGGCCGACCUCUGGGUGGAAGCUGAGCAAAUUCAUUUCACCAAACGCAUCCACAAUGUUGAAGUCAACGAGCGGCAGUCGGCCACCUUUGAGUGCGAGGUGUCCUUUGACAACGCGAUCGUUUCAUGGUACAAAGACACCUGGGAACUGAAAGAAAGCACUAAGUACAACUUCACAAGCGAGGGCCGAAGACAUUUCAUGGUCAUCCGAAAUGUGACCAUUGAAGACGAAGGCGUGUACUCAGUGAUUGUGAGGUUGGAGCCCAGAGGAGAGGCUAAGAGCACAGCUGAGCUUUAUUUGUCUGGCAAAGAAAUUGAAUUAGCGAUGGUGCCAACAGAUGUUCCUGACACGUCCAUCCAGAGGCCUGACAUGCCCUCAUCCAUGGCAAUCCAAGAAUCUUCUGAGUUCUAUUACGAAGAAAAAGCCGAACAAAGAGCUGAAUUCUCGUAUGAGGAGCUGGAGGUGGAGCAGCGAGUCGAGUUUCAGAGCUGGACUGAAGAAACCAAACAAACACAAAAGGUUCUCAAACCUAAAGCUGCUGAUCGUGUUGUCGUUGAGGAGAAGGUGGAGACACGUAGAGUUGAAGUGAGAGAACAGACACCAACCAAAGUUCCUAAAGUUGAAGAGAAAAAGCCUGAAGAGAAGCUGAAAGCAGCGGUGAAGGAGCCGACGCCACGAAAAGAAGCGCUGAGGAAGCCGGUGGAGGAGAAGGUUCCUGUGGUUUCAGUCCCAGAGAAGAAGGAAGCUCCUACUGUCACAGAAGCAGAGGAGGUGAAGAAACCGACCACGGCACCGUCUCUGCCCGACAAAAAGCCCGGAGUGCCACAGAAAGUUGCCGUGAAGAAGGAGGCGUCGCCACCAGAAGACAAAGCACCAGUGGUAAAGCCGACUGCUCCUCAACCAGAGAGCAAAGUGCCGGCCGCUGAAAAAGUUCAAGAACCUGCCAAAAAGCCAGAAGUCACUGAUAAACCCAAGAAGUUGGAGAAGAGAGUUUCUCCAGCAGAAGAACCUAAACCAGUCGUGAAGCCAAAACCUGAAGAACCGACCAAGAAAAUUGUGGAGGAGAAACCAGUCAUGGUAGAAACAGUGGCUCCCUCUGCAGAUGAAGCCAAGGGACCAAUUGAAGCACCAGGAGGAGUCAAGAAAGACACGGUUCUGGGCAAAAAAGGUAAAAUUCAUGUGGAAGAGGGCGGGACGUUUGAGAUUCCCACCUUGAAGAAAGCAACCAGAGUACUGAGGGAAGUGGAGCAGGAACUGGAAACGGUCAAACUGAAAAAGGUUCCCUCAAUUCCACCCAAAGAGGAAGAAGCAGACGAAAAACCUCAGAAGAUAACAAGGACCACCGUGUUGGAUGUCGACGAGAUGGUUCACAAAUUAGAGCCUGUGGAGAUGUCAGUCGCCACCAGGAGACCUGCUGAGGAGAAGAAGCCCCGAGAGAAAGCAGAGGUGGUGAAAAAGCCAGAAGUUUCCAAACUGAAAGAAAAGGAACCAACAGAGGCUCCUAAAGACGCAUGGACACGCAAGAAACCCGUCCCAAAAGAUGAAAAACCAGAGGAAAAGAUUUCUAUUAAGAAAACACCCAAGACACCAAAGGAAGAGGAAUCUGCCCUGCCUCCUGCAGCCUUGAAGAAAGUGAAAAAAUUGCCUACAGAUGAAGUUGAACCAGAAGUAGUCAAACUAAAACCGUUUGAGAAGCCUGCUAAAACAGCAGAGGAGCCAGAGAAAGAUAAAAAAGAAAAGCCUGACAGAGUCAUAGAGCCUUUCCAGAAAGGGGAGAGGAUCCCCAGAGAGGUGGAACCCAAAGAACCUCCCAAAAAACCAGAGAAGGAACCUGCAGAGGUUACUGAGCCACUAGCUAAGGUGCCAAAGCCAUUGAUUAAAAAGAAAACUCCAGAGAAGGAAUCAGAGGAGGUCAAAGCACCGACCAAGGUGAAGAAAAUCCCGACAAAGGAACAAGAGGUUGAAAGCAUCAAACUAAAACCUGUUUCAAGACCUUCCAAAGAUGCUGCAGAACCUGAGAAGAAACCAGAACAGGAGAAAGAGAGGAAACCAAUUGAUGACCUGCGCCAACGUCGCAAAAGUCCUGAUGAAAAACCCAAAGAACGAGAACCAGACGCCAGACCAAAGAAACCUGAGAUCCCAGAAAUUCCAGAGAAGAAACAAGAAAAACCGAAAGAGUUGGAGGCAGUUCCCAUGGAGAAGACAGUGUCUCCAGCACCAGCUCCUGUUAAGAAACCUGACAAGAUUCCUGAGGAACCCAAACCUCUGCAGCUGAAGAAGGUUGUUACACCCAAGGUGCAGCAGGACAAAGAAGAAGUUACACUUAAACCUUUGGAGCAGCUCAAGAAGGUUGAGCUGAAAAAGACACCCUCUCCUAAAGUAGAAAAACUCAAAGAAGCAGAAACAGUCCCUGUUGAGAAGAUCCCUAGUGUUGAUAAGCUCAGAAAGGUUCCAAAAACAGUUUCUCCAAAAGAGUCUAUUGAACCUGUGACACUUAAGAAGGUCCCCAAAAAGCCUUCACCUGAAGAGGUGAAGGUCACAGAACCAGCAAAACCUGACAAAGGAAAGAUUCCCUUGGUAAAAGAGAUCUCUCCUGGAGCUGUGCAGAUGAAGAAGGUUGACACCCAGCCAGAGGAGGAGGUGUUUGAAGAGGAGUUUGAAGCAGAGGUAGAGGCAGGGGAGGGCGAGGAGGAGGAGGCCUGGGGCUGGGAGCUGGUUCCUCGGGACAGUGCCGGCUCUGAGGACUGGGAAGGUGAAACAGAGGAAGGUGCUCUAGAGGUUCCAGGGGCUGCCAGGAGAGAGGGACAACCAGCAGCAGCAGGGGAAGCACCAGCCGGCAGAGGUCGAGGCCUAAGACCCAAACAGACGCCGUCCCCUGGAGAAGGCAGGGGGCGUGGCCUGAAGCCCGGUGGACGAGGUCCCCCUCCUCCAGAGGAACCCUUCGCAGGGUUCAAGCUCAAAGCCGUCCCUCUGAAGUUCAUCAAGAAGCUUCAGAACAUCGUGCUGCAGGAGGCAGAGUCCAUUGGUUCAUCAGCCGUGUUUGAGUGUGAGGUCUCGCCAUCCACUGCCAUCACUUCAUGGAUGAAAGACGACAGCAACCUGCGGGAGAGCCCCAAGCACAAAUUCACGUCUGAUGGAAAAGAUCGUAAACUGCACAUCAUUGACGUUCAGCUGUCCGACACUGGUGAAUACACCUGUGUCGCCAAAAACGCUGGCAAGGAAAUAUCGUGCAUGGCCAAGCUCAUCGUUGAAGAGCUACCAAUGAAAUGGGUCAAAGAGCUGGAGGAGGACACCUCAUGCCUGAAGGGUCAGCCUCUGUACCUGACCUGUGAGCUGAACAAAGAGAAGGAAGUGGUGUGGAGGAAGAACGGCAAGAUCCUGAAGCCAAAGGCCAACAAGAUCCAGAUCAAUAUUAUUGGUCUGCAGCACGCUGUGACUCUCCAGAACAGCACGGACGAGGACGCGGGUGCCUACUCAUGUGAAGUGUCGGGCCAGGAAGAUAUCAAGACCAUAACCAACGUUAGAGUGAUUGAAAUCAUCAAAGAUUGGAUCGUGAAACCACUGAGAGACCAGCACGUUAAACCGAAGGCCUCUGCUACGUUUAAAUGCGAACUGUUCAAGGACACGCCAAACUGGAAGUGGCUCAAGGGAGAGAAUGAGAUUGUGCCGUCCGACAAAAUUGAGAUGAAGAAGGAAGGAAAGGAGCUGACGCUCACCAUCAAGAACUGUCAACCUGAGGACAUCGCAGAAUACGCCCUGGAAGUGGAAGGACGCACCUACACCGCUAAGCUAACGCUCGGAGAGCGUGAGGCUGAGAUCCUGAGACCACUGGCCAGUGUUGAGGUAACUGAGAAGGAAGACGCCAGGUUUGAGACAGAGAUUUCUGAGGACGAUGUUCCAGGAGAGUGGAAGCUCAAGGGAGAGGUUCUGACCCGAUCCCCGAUGUGUGAUAUCCAAAUGGACGGCACAGUGCGUAGGCUAACGCUGAAAAACUGCCAGCUGGAUCAGGCCGGAGAAGUCUCGUACCAGGCUCUGAACGCCGUCACCAAUGCAAUGCUCAAUGUCAAAGAAAUUGAGAUGGACUUUGUUGUCCCGCUGAAAGACGUCUCUGUUCCUGAAAAGAAACAGGCUAAGUUUGAAUGCACCAUCACGAAGGAUGUCUCUAAGGUCAUGUGGUACAGAGGAACUGACAUCAUCACCUCAGACCAAAAGUAUGACAUCAUCGAUGAUGGAAAAAAGCAUAUGCUGGUUAUAAAUUGCUGUGAGUUUGAUGACGAGGACGAGUAUACAAUUGAGGUUUUGGGAAAGACCUCGACUGCCCGACUCACAGUGGAGGGUAUCAGGCUCAAAUUUAUCUCGCCGCUAAAGGACCAAACUGUAAAGGAAGGCAAAACGGCUCGGUUUGAGCUGGAACUCUCCCAUGAAAACAUCCCUGUCAUUUGGUACAAGAAUGACGUUAAAAUUCAUCCAAGCAGAACGGUGGUCAUGCAUGUCGAUGGGAAGAAACACGUGCUCGAAAUCAGGGAAGUGACUCUGGAUGAUACGUGCCAGAUUAAAGCUGAGGCCAAAGGAAUUCCUUCCAUGGCCAACCUGACAGUCAUAGAGGGAGACGCGUACUUCACGGUCAAGCUGCAGGACUUUACUGCGGUGGAGAAAGACGAGGUGGUUCUAGAUUGUGAACUCAGCAAAGACGUCAAUGUUAUGUGGUACCACAACGAGGCGGAGAUCAAAGCCUCCAGGAUGGUGGCCAUCAAGGCCGAGGACAAACGCAGAACACUGGUCAUCAAGAGAAUUGGAGACAAAGACAAAGGACAGUAUGUUUGUGACUGCGGGACAGACAAGACAACUGCAACUCUGCACAUCGAAGCUCGGCACAUUAAGGUGGUCCGGCCUUUGUACGGUGUUGAAGUGUUUGAUGGGGAGACUGCUCGGUUUGAGGUGGAGCUCAGCGAGGACGAUGUCCACGGCCAGUGGAAACUGAAAGGCGAAGUCCUCAGUCCGUCUGCUGACGUUGAGAUUGUGGAGGACGGCGCCAAACACACACUGGUCAUUUACAACUGCAAAGUUCCUCUGACAGGCGAGCUGGUGUUUACCGCCGCUAACGCCAAGUGUUCUGCUAACCUGAAAGUGAAGGAUCCUCCAGUCUCAUUCAUUACUCCUCUGUCUGACGUGCAUGUGUACGAAAAAGAGGAGGCUAAGUUUGAACUGGAAAUUUCUCGAGAGCCAAAAAGCUUCCGUUGGCUGAAGGGAACUCAGGAGCUAGUGAACGAUGAUAAGUUUGAACUGUCGGUUGACGCAAAGAGACACCGUCUCGUUAUCAAAUCUGCCAAAUACGAAGAUGAAGCCAAGUAUAUGUUUGAGGCUGAAGAUAAGAGGACUUCUGGAAAGUUGAUCAUCAAAGGUAUCCGUCUCGAAUUUAUCAAACCAAUUAAAGACGUGACUGUGAAGGAGCGAGAAACGGCAGCGUUCAGUGUCGAACUCUCUCACGAUAAAAUCCCAGUGGUCUGGUACAAAAACGACGUCCGUCUGCACCCCAGCAAGGUGGUGCACAUGACGGAUGAUGGUAAAGUCCACACACUGGCCUUCAAGGAGGUCACCCUCGACGACACGUCCAUGAUCAAGGUGGACGCCGCGGGCAAGACAUCGGAGGCCAUGCUCACCGUCCUCGAGGGCGACUUAUACUUCACAGCUAAGCUGCAGAACUACACUGCCGUCGAGAAGGACGAGGUGAUUUUGUCCUGUGAGCUCAGCAAAGUCACUGGCGAUGUCAAAUGGUUCAAAGACGGCAUCGACAUCUUUCCCUCCAAGAACGUUCUGCUCCAAUCGGACGGCAAGAAGCGCAUGCUGAUCAUCAAGAAGGCGGCGAAGAGCAGCAAGGGAACGUACACCUGCGACUGUGGCACCGACAAGACCACAGCCACCCUGAACAUCGAAGAGCGCGACAUCAAGGUGCUGCGCCCGCUCUACAGCGUGGAGGUCACCGAGACGGAGACGGCCACGUUUGAGACGGAGAUUUCAGAGGAGGAGCUUCACGGCACCUGGAAACUGAAGGGAGAGACGCUCCUCCCAUCUGCGGACGUGGAGAUCAAGAUGGAGGGAACCCGACACAUGUUGAUCCUCCACAACUGUAAAAUGGACAUGGCCGGCAGCGUAGACUUCAUGGCAGCUAACGCCAAGUCCUCAGCUCAGCUCAGGGUGAAAGCCCGGGUGAUCAGCAUGGUGAAGCCCCUGAAGGAUGUGGCAGUGACCGCAGGUGAGACCGCCACCUUUGAGUGCGAGCUGUCGUACGAAGGCAUCGUUGUCGAGUGGUUCCUGGAGGCAACAAAGCUGGAGCCCAGCGACAGAGUGGUUCUGAAGACAGAGGGUAAUGUCCACAGCCUGACUCUGCGUGAUGUCCAGCUGCCUGAAGCUGGAAAGGUCAAACUCACGGCCAAAGACUUCCAGACCGAGGCCAACCUCAUCGUCGGAGAGCCGCCGGUGGAGUUCACAAAGCCCCUGGAGGACCAGACUGUGGAGGAGGAAGCCACUGCCACGCUGGAGUGUGAAGUCUCCAGAGAGAACGCAGAGGUGCAAUGGUUCAGGGACGACCAGGAGAUCAGAAAGAACAAGAAGUACGAGAUCAUCAUCGACGGCCGCAAGCGAGCGCUGCUCAUCCACGACUGCACGAUGGACGACUCAAAAACGUACACCUGCGACUCCAAAGACUUCAAAACUUCCUGCUUCCUCAAUGUUGAACCUCCUCAUGUCGAGUUUGCGACGCCGCUCCAUGAUGUCGAGGUCAGAGAGAAGGAAACGGCCAGGUUUGAGUGUGAAGUCUCCAGAGAGGACGUCAAGGUCCGCUGGUUUAAAGACGGAAGUGAAAUCAGAAAGGGGAAGAAGUAUGAAAUUAUCGCUGAAGGACGCAAACACACACUCAUUAUCCACAAGUCUGCGUUUGAUGAUGAAGCGGAGUACGAAUGUGACGCAAAGACCUCCAAAUCCUCCGGCAUGCUCACGGUCAUCGAGGAGGAGGCAAGGUUCAUCAAGAACCUGUCCAACGUGGAGGGAACCGAGACCGACAGCGUGAAGCUGAUCUGCGAGGUCUCUAAACCCGACGCUGAUGUCAUCUGGUACAAAGGGGACGAGGAGCUGCCGGAGGGGGGCCGCUACGAUCACAUUGUUGAUGGGAAGAGGAGGAUCCUCCUCAUCCAGGACCUGAAGAUGGCUGACGCUGGAGAGUACAACUGCAGACUCAGUCCCAGCGUCAAGACCUCUGGAGACCUCAAGAUCAACGAACUGGCGGCCGAGUUCCUCUCCAGGCCUCAGGGUCAGGAGGUGGUGGAGGGCGAGAAGGCGGAGUUUACUUGCACGGUGUCCAAGGACACGUAUGAAGUCAAAUGGCUGAAAGGCGACAAGGAGCUGGAGGCGGGAGACAAAUACCAGAUGAUUAGCGACGGCAAGAAGCGAACACUGGUCGUCAAGGACAGUGAACUGAAAGACGAGGGCGGAUACGUGGUGAUGAUCGGAGAGACCAGAGCCAGCGCUGACCUCACUGUGCUCGAGAAACUGAAGAUCAUCACGCCACUGAAGGACAUGGAGGCCCAAGAAGGUAAAGAGGUGGUCCUGAACUGUGAGGUGAACCAGGAGGGAGCCAAGGCCAAGUGGCUGAAGAACGAGGAGACGCUGUUCGAGAGCAGCAAGUACAUGAUGGUCCAGAGAGACAACGUCUUCUCCCUGAGGGUCCUUGGUGCCCAGAAGGGAGAUGAAGCUAACUACAGCAUCAACCUGACCAAUCACAGAGGAGAAUACGUCAAGAGCUCCGGCAGCCUCACUGUCAAAGAGGAGAGUCUGAAGAUCGUGGUUCCUCUGGAGGACAUCGACACUCAGGAGAAGAAGACUGUCAGCUUCUCCUGCAAGGUCAACCGGCUCAAUGCCAAGCUGAAGUGGAUGAAGGCCGGCGAGGAGAUCGCCUUAAGCAAACGCGUUGUCUACAAAGUGGACAAGGACAAGCACAUACUGACCAUCAAGGACUGCACGCUGGCUGACGAAGGCGAGUACACGGCCGUGGCCGGAGACGACAAAUCCACAGCGGAGCUGAUCAUCAGUGAGGCACCGACUGACUUCAGUGCGCACCUGAAGGACCAGACCAUCACAGAGUUCGAGGAUGCCGAGUUCUCGUGCAAACUGACCAAAGAGAAGGCGGAAGUGAAGUGGUACAGAAACGGACGUGAGAUCCGGGAAGGACCCAGAUACACCUUUGAAAAAGACAGAAAGGUUUGCUUCCUCCGUAUCAAGGAGUGCCGACCGGACGAUGAGUGUGAAUACACCUGUGGCGUAGACGAUAAGAGAUCCCACGCUCGCCUCUUUGUUGAAGAGAUCCCAGUGGAGAUCAUCAGACCACCGCAGGACGUGUUUGAAGCACCAGGCUCAGAUGUGGUGUUUGAGGUGGAGCUCAACAAGGACAGAGUGGAGGUGAAGUGGUUGAGGAACAACAUGACGGUCGUCCAGGGCGACAAAUACCAAAUGAUGAGUGAAGGUAAAGUCCACAGACUGCAGGUGUGCGAGAUCAGACCACGAGACCAGGGAGAGUACCGAGUCAUCGCCAAGGACAAAGAUGCCAAGGCCAAGCUGGAGCUGGCAGCUCUACCUCAGAUCAAAACCACAGACCAGGACUACGUCACAGACGCCAGGAAGCCCAUUGUCAUGGCGGUCCCCUACAGCGCUUACCCACGGGCCGAGGCUGACUGGUUGUAUGACAACAUCAGUCUGCCCAAAGACAACGUCUACACGUCGGCCGACCGCACCGAGUACCGGCUGAAGGACCCGAAGAAGAGCGACGAGGGCCGCUACAAGAUUGUGAUCAAGAACAAACACGGGGAGGGAGAAGCCUUCAUCAACCUGAGCGUCAUUGAUGUCCCAGGUCCUGUGAGGAACUUCCAGGUGGUCGACACCGCUGACGGCGAGGUCAGCCUGGCAUGGGAGGACCCUGAGAAUGACGGCGGCAGUAAGGUCAUUGGCUACGUGGUGGAGAGACGCGACGUGAAGCGAAAGACCUGGACACUGGCCUCAGAACGUGUGGUAGGAACCGAGUACACAGUAAACGGCCUACAGAAAGACUCCAUGUACCUGUUCAGGAUUUGCGCCCGCAAUCGCGUAGGCAGUGGACCCAUUGUUGAGACGGACAAACCUGUUCAGGCCAAGAACAAGUUUGAUGUUCCCGAAGCUCCUCUAAAUGUGAUCGUUGGAAACGUCAACAAGUUCGGGUGCACCCUCUCCUGGGAGCCUCCCGAGUCAGACGGAGGUUCUCCCAUCACCUCCUACGUCAUCGAGCUGCGUGACCGCACGUCGGUGAAGUGGUCGCCUGUCCAGGUGACCAAGGCCGACGAGCUCAGCGCCAUCAUCAACGACGUCAUUGAAAACAAAGAGUACAUCUUCAGAGUCAGAGCCGAGAACAAAGCCGGUGUCGGCAAACCCAGCGCUGCUACACACCCCGUCAAGAUCAUGGAUCCCAUCGAGCGUCCCAGUCCCCCUCUGAACCUGUCGUGGCAGAACCAGAACAAGAGCUCGGUGCAGCUCGCCUGGGAGACGCCACUGAGAAAUGGAGGCAGUAUGAUCACUGGAUACAUCAUCGAACGCUGUGAGGACGGCAGCGACAAGUGGCUGCGCUGCAACGCCCGCCUCUGCCCUGACCUCUUCUACAAGGUGUCUGGUCUGAAAUAUGGAGCCAAGUACAACUACAGAGUGAUCGCUGAAAACGCCGCUGGACUCUCAGACCCAUCCAAUAUCAUCGGCCCUCUGCUGGCCGACGACCCACACGUUGGUCCAACCUUUGACCUGAGUGCUUUCAAAGAUGGCCUGGAGGUGAUUGUCCCUCAGCCUCUCACUAUCAGAGUCCCCAUCAGCGGGUACCCUACCCCUGUCGCCAAGUGGACCUUUGGUGAAAAGGAGCUGACCACUGCAGAUGAGCGCGUCUCCAUGAUGACCAAGUCCACAUUCACAGAGCUGGUCGUUGCGCCGAGUGUCCGCCCGGACAAAGGCAUCUAUGUCCUGCACCUGGAGAAUGAUGUCACGUCGGUGUCUGGGGAGAUCGAGGUUAACGUCAUAGCUGCACCCAGUGCUCCAAAGGACUUCAAGGUCCUGGAAGUGACCCGACAGCACGUCCACCUGAGCUGGGAGGCUCCGGAGCAUGACGGUGGAAGUCCUUUGACAGGCUACCAGGUGGAGAAACGGGACGCAGCCCGCAAGACCUGGGUCAAGGUGGCCUCAGGGGUUCUGGAUCAGGAGUUCACAGUCACCGACGUGGUUGAAGGGAAGGAGUAUUACUUCAGAGUCACUGCCUGUAACAAGUGUGGACCAGGAGAGCCAGCAUACAUCGACGAACCGGUCAACAUCUCCUCUCCUGCCACUGUCCCUGACCCUCCAGAGAACCUCAAGUGGAGAGACAAGUCAGCGAGUGGCAUCUUUCUUAGCUGGGAGCCACCAAAGUAUGACGGUGGAACCGGCCUCCGAGGCUACAACGUGGAACGCUGCAUGAGAGGAAGCGAUAAGUGGGAGCCCUGUGGAGACAUGGUACCCGACCUGAAGUGCGAGGUGACGGGUCUAAUCGAGGGCCAGUGGUAUUCCUACAGAGUCCGAGCCCUGAACCGACUUGGAGCCAGUCGGCCCUGCAAGGCCACUGAUGAGAUCCAGGCCGUUGAUCCUAAAGAACCUCCAGAGAUUAAUCUGGAUGCCAAGCUGCUGGCCGGUCUGACCGCCAAGGGUGGCAGCAAGAUUGAACUUCCUGCAGAGGUGAAGGGUAAGCCUGAACCUCGAGUCAAGUGGACCAAGGCUGACCUGGUGCUCAAACCUGAUGACAGGGUGUCCAUUGAGACCACGCCUGGACACUCCACCGUUACUAUUGCUAAGACCAAGAGAGAUGAUAGCUCCAUCUACAUCAUCGAGGCCACAAACAGCAGUGGCCGUGCUACCGCCACCGUCGAAGUUAACAUCCUUGAUAAGCCAGGUCCUCCCGCCGCCUUUGACAUCUCUGACAUCACCAACGAGACCUGCUUCCUCGCAUGGAACCCUCCACGUGACGAUGGUGGCUCCAGAGUGACCAACUACAUUGUGGAGCGUCGUGCUACUGACAGCGAGAUCUGGCACAGACUGUCCUCCACCAUCAAACAGACCACCUAUAAAGCUGCGGGCCUGAUCAAGUUCAAGGAAUACAUCUUCAGAGUGUUCGCAGAGAACCAGUUUGGAGUUGGUCCACCAGCUGAACACCCAUCCAUCAUCGCCAAAUACCCCUUUGACACUCCUGGAGCACCUUAUAAGUUGGAAGCCUCAGACAUCGCCAAAGAUUCAGUGACUCUGAACUGGUAUGAGCCUGAUGAAGAUGGUGGAAGCCCCAUCACAGGAUACUGGGUGGAGAGAUAUGAACCUGAGCACGACAGGUGGCUCAGAUGCAACAAGCUGCCCAUUAAAGACACCAACUACAGGGUCAAAGGUCUUCCCACCAGGAAAAAGUACAAGUUCAGGGUUCUGGCUGAGAAUCUGGCUGGACCUGGAAAACCCAGCAAGGAGACAGACCCAAUCCUCGUCAAAAGUCCAAUUGAUCCUCCGUGGCCUCCUGGUAAACCCACAGUGAAGGAUGUGGCUAAGACCUCCUGCUUCCUGAUGUGGACCAGACCCGAGCACGAUGGCGGAGCAAAGAUCGAUGGCUACGUCAUUGAGAUGCUCAAGAGUGGAACUACAGACUGGAUCCGUGUCGCAGAUGACAUCAUCAACCUGGAGUACUUCUUGAAAGGCCUGAUGGAGAAGCAGGAGUACUCGUUCAGGGUGCGGGCCGUUAACGUGGCUGGAGAGAGUGAACCAAGCGAGCCCAGUGACCCAGUGCUCUGCAAAGAGAGACUCAGUCCACCGAUGGCUCCUCGCUGGUUGAACGUUGUCAGCAUCUGCAGGAACAGUGCCGAUCUGAAGUGGACGGCCCCCGAGCGCGAUGGCGGCUCGCGCAUCACCAACUACGUGGUAGAGAAGCGUGAUGUCAGGCGGAAAGGCUGGCAGGCCGUGGACACCACAGUCAAGGAGCUGAAGUACACCGUGACUCCGCUAAGCGAGGGAUCGCUGUACGUGUUCCGCAUUGCUGCAGAGAACGCCGUCGGUGUCGGACCCUUCUGCGAGCUGGAGGACUCUGUGCUGGCAAAAGACACUUUCACCACACCUGGGCCACCGUACGCCCUGGCUGUUAAUGCUGUGACCAGUAGAUAUGUGGACAUUCAGUGGGAGGCACCUAAAAACGAUGGUGGCAGACCCAUUCUGAAGUAUGUCAUUGAGAAGAAGGAGAAGCUUGGCACUCGCUGGGUUAAAUGUGGGAAGACUUCAGGUCCGGACUCUAAGUACAGAGUAACUGAUGUCAUUGAAGGAACAGAGGUUCAGUUCCAGGUCCGCGCUGAAAACGAAGCUGGCGUUGGACAUCCAAGCGAACCCACAGAGAUCCUCUUAAUUGAAGAUCCCACAGGUGUCCCGUCCCCACCAGUUGAACUGCACGUGACUGGAGCCAGCCGAGACUUCCUGUCCAUUGCCUGGAAAGCGCCCCUGAGGGACGGCGGUUGCCCCAUUACCGGAUACCACAUUGAGAUGUGCGAGGCUGGAACAGAGAAGUGGAUGAGGGUCAACUCUCGUCCAGUAAAGGAAAUGAAGUACCGUGUGGAAGAAGGUUUGGUCCCUGAGAAAGAGUACAUACUGAGAGUGAGGGCCAUCAACUCUGUCGGAGUCAGCGACCCCUCCGACAUUUCUGAGAACGUCUUCGCCAAAGACUCUGACUGUAACCCGACAAUCGACUUCCAGACUCUGGACCUGGUUGUUGUGGAGACAGAGAAGCUGCACAUCCCAGUGCCCUUCAGAGCAGUUCCCUCGCCAAAAAUCACCUGGCACAAAGACGGCAAGGAGAUGAAGGCCGAUGAACGCGUUGGCUUCAGAAAGGAGUACACUUCCUGUCACCUGGAGAUCGACAGCAGCGUCCAUCCUGACGCUGGAGUCUACAAAGUAACUCUGGAGAACAAACUGGGAGCUGGCAGUGCCACCAUCAACGUUAAAGUCAUUGGUCUUCCUGGUCCCUGUAAAGACAUUGCAGCUUCUGAGAUCACAAAGAGCUCCUGUAAAGUGACCUGGGAUCCUCCCGACUAUGACGGCGGUAGCCCGAUUCUUCACUACGUCCUGCAGCGGCGUGAGGCCGGCAGGAGGACGUACGUCAACAUGAUGUCAGGAGAGAACAAGGUGUGCUGGAACGUCAAAGACCUUGUCCCUAACGCAGAGUACUACUUCAGAGUCCAGGCCAUUAACAAGAUUGGAGGAGGGGAGUUUAUCGAGCUCCGCAACCCUGUCCUCGCCCAGGACCAAAAACAUCCUCCUGAUCCCCCUGUGGACCUGGAGACCCACAACCCCACGUCCAGCACCAUCACGCUGACCUGGAAGCCCCCCAUGUAUGACGGUGGUGCAAAGAUCAUGGGCUACAUCCUGGAGAAGCAGCUGAAGGGAGAGGACAAGUGGGAGCGUUGCAACGACUUCCUGGUUCCCGUCCUGUCCUACACUGUCAGAGAUCUGACGGAGGGCAAGAACUACGCUUUCAGAGCAAGAGCCGAAAAUGCAGCCGGGGUCAGUGAUCCAUCACGUGCCACGCUGUUUGUCAAGGUCAUGGAAGCCAUUGAUUCUCCAAAGGUUUUCCUGAGUGGCAGCCUUCAGUCUGGUCUCGACGUCAAGCGCGGCUUAGAGAUCUGCCUGGAUGCCAACAUCUCUGGUUCGCCGUACCCCGAGAUCACCUGGUACUGGAACAACCAUGUGAUCCAACCUGAGCCACUGCGCAAGAGGCCAGAGAGGCCCUUGAAGAAGAAGGUGGAGAAGAAGGAAGAGAAGAAGGAAGAGAAGAAGGAGGAGGGUGAAGUGAAGGAGGGAGAAGAGAAGAAAGAAGGAGAGGAGAAGAAGGAGGAGGAGAAGAAGGAGGAGGAGGCCGCAGUGCCGGAGGAGGAGGAGCCCGACUACCCGACAAUCAACGAGCGUCUUGUCAUCGACAACCAUCGCAGAGGAACUUCCUCCAUUGUCGUCAAGGACUCAGUCCGCCCUGACCAUGGUGUCUACAUGGUGAAGGUGAAGAACAGCCAUGGUUUUGCCACUGCGACAUGUCAGGUCAACGUGCUCGACACUCCUGGGCCUCCCAUGAACUUCAGGUUUGAGGAUGUGAGGAAGAACUCAGUGGUCUGCAGAUGGGAUCCUCCUCUGGAUGACGGUGGCAGCGAGAUCUUCAACUACAUCCUGGAAAAGAAGGACAACUCCAGGGUAGAGUUUGGCUGGAGCAGCGUCACCACCACGCUGAGGGGAUGCCGCUUCCUGGUGCCCAAACUCCUGGAGAAGAAAGAGUACAUCUUCAGGGUCGCAGCUGAGAACAAGCAUGGCGCCGGUCCUCCCUGUGUCUCCAAACCAGUCGUUGCCAAGAAUCCUUUCGACCCUCCUGAGGCUCCUGAUAAGCCACAGGUUGAGGACGUCACAUCUAACACUAUGCUAAUCAAGUGGAAUGCACCAAAUGACAAUGGCAGCCCCAUCAUCGGAUAUUGGGUGGAGCGUCGUGAAAUCAACAGCUCCCACUGGGCUCGCAUUAACAAGAACAUUGUUCCUAGUACUGAGCUGACUGCUGAGGGUCUGAUGGAGGGCAUGACUUACAUCUUUAGAGUGGCAGCUGAAAACCAGGCAGGCCCGGGAAAGUUCAGUGUCCCCUCUGAACCCACAUUAGCGCAGCCUUCAAUAUUACCUCCUGGACCACCAGUUGCUCGAGUGGCGGCAACCACAGGCGGUUCCAUCGAUGUGGAGUGGGAUCCACCCACUGACGAUGGUGGAGGAGAGAUUCUGGGAUACCACGUGGACAAGGCCUUGGCUAACACUAAGGAGUGGUCCAGGUGCACAGAACAUGUUUGGAGACAACGGGAAUUCACUGUCUAUGGAGUCCGUGAAGGAGCCAAGUACACGGUCAGAGUUGUUGCCUGCAAUGCUGCAGGAGAGGGACCGCCAGGAUUCACUGAAUCUGUGUUUGUCAAGAAUCCUGCAGAGUUGCCAGUCAUUGAUAUGGACCUGUCCAUCAAGAAUGGCAUUUUGAUCAGAGCUGGACAGACGCUACUUAUACCUGCCACAGUUAAAGGUAAACCCUAUCCCUGCAUCACCUGGACCAAGGACGAUAGCAAACCUGACAAAGACCGUGUGGAGAUUCUCACUGAGGGCAACGACAGCAUUGUUUCAAUCCCCAACUGCCAGAGGAAGGACUGCGGCAAAUACCAGAUCUCUGCCAUGAACCCUAGUGGCAAAAAGAAUGCUUGGACCAGAGUGGAAGUCGUAGAUGUCCCCGGGCCCGUCACCGACCUGAAGCCCGUUGUUGUAACUCGUAAGAUGAUCUUCCUGAACUGGGAUGACCCCAAGGAUGAUGGAGGCAGCGACUUGACCGGCUUUAUUGUGGAACGGCUAGAUAGCAAGACACAAACAUGGAAGCAGCCAGUUGAAACCAUCUCGUCAAAGUGCGAAUGCACGGGCAUUGUGGAAGGAGAAGUGUACGUGUUCCGUGUUAUGGCUAAGAACAAGUACGGCCCGGGCACACCGGUCGUGCUGGAUCCCAUCCUGGCUGUGGACCCACUGGCUCCACCAUCAUACCCUGAGAAAUUCCAUUACACUGAUCGCACUAAGGACUCCGUCACCUUGACCUGGAAGCCACCUCGUAAUGACGGCGGCAGCCCCGUCCUGGGCUACACUGUUGAGAAGAAGAGACAGGACCAGCAAGAGUUCGAGCCCUGCAACACAGAGCUCCAUCCGGACUUGACCAUGACUGUGACGGGCCUGGAAGAUGCCUGGAUGUAUGAGUUCAGGAUCAAGUGUGCUAACGUCAUUGGAGUGAGCGAGCCAUCGAACCCUCUUGCUGUGGUUAUUCAAGAUGAUGAAGUGUCUCCUGAGGUUCACAUGCUGAAGGUCUUCAAGAGCGACUCCAUCACUGUGAAGAAGGGUGAACCCAUUGACAUGCCUGCUGAAGUCCUGGGACUCCCGAUCCCUAAUAUUGAAUGGACCAAGGAUGAUGUGUUGAUCCCCAAAUCCACUGACAAUUUGCUGAUUGAGACAGAAGUCACUGGCAGGCUGAACGCAAAGACUACACUGUCCAUCCUAGCAGCCAACAGGAGGGACAGCGGAACCUACACUAUAACUGCCACCAACACCAUGGGCACAGCUCGGCACAACAUCUAUGUCAUGGUGCUGGACCGACCACUACCACCCAGGAAUUUGACCGUGUCCAAUAUCAAGGCUGAGUUCUGUCGCCUGCAGUGGGAUCCACCACUGGAUAAUGGUGGCAGUGAGCUGACCAACUACAUUAUUGAUAAGAAGAAAACAACAGAGGAACCAGAAGAGGGACAGGAAGCUCAGUGGGAGGAGGUUACCAAUUGCAUCAUUGACAAGAAAUUUGGGGUGUGGAACCUUGAAAACGACAACUCUUACAUGUUCCGCGUGCGGGCUGAGAACCGCUAUGGUAAAUCUGACCCCUGCAUGUCAGAGGAAGUCAAGAUCAUAGACCCACUCGGUCUUCCAGGUCCGCCAGAGAAACCAGCUAUUGCAGAUUAUUCCAAGACCACCAUGACCGUUACUUGGGAACCUCCCAGGGAAACUGGCGGCUCUGCGAUUACUGGCUACUGGGUGGAAAAGAGGGAGAAAGGCUCCGACUACUGGGGCAAAGUCAACAAGGUGCCAGUAACCAAGAGAGGCCCAAAAGGCUGGGAGUGCCAGGCGACUCGUCUAUUUGAGGGAACAGAGUACGAGUUCAGGGUCGCUGCCUGCAAUUCUGCUGGAACUGGACCAUUCAGCAGAACAUCUGAUUCUGCCUUUGCCGUUGAUCGUCUUACUCCUCCCAGCAUGCCCGCUGCACCUGUGGUGGCUGACAAGACAAAGCACAAUGUCUCACUGACCUGGCAACCACCCGAAAGUGACGGAGGAAGCCCCAUCAAGGGCUACAUCAUCCAGAUCCAGGAUGAAGGCUCAUCCAAGUGGAUGCAAGUGAACGACCUUGACUCUGUUCACCCCACCACUGAGUACACUGUGCCCACCCUCCGGGAGCUUAAACGCUACCGCUUCAGGAUCAUUGCUGUCAAUGCCAUUGGCGAGUCUGAUCCCAGCCCCCGCACCAGUGAGGUUCUGAUUGAGGAUGUCCAGCUGGCACCUUCCAUCUCUAUCGACAUGUUGGUGGACGAUCUGCUGUACAUCCGCGCCGGAGAGCCGAUCAAGAUCCCUGCCACCAUUCUGGGCCGCCCUGUUCCCAAGGUGACCUGGGACUUUGAUGGAAAAGCCAAGACGCACAAGAAGAACAAAUUGCAUACGCUGCCCGUGGAUUCAGAGGUUGAGUCCACAGACACCACUUCUGUUGUGUCCAUCCCUGUGAGCCUGAGGACGCACUCUGGACGCUACACCAUCACUGCCAAGAACAAGAGUGGACAGAAACAUGUCAACGUCAGAGUCAAGGUCCUUGAUGUCCCUGGACCUCCAAAGGAGCUGAGAGUUACAGACGUAACUCGGGCUACUAUGAGGCUGAUCUGGAAACUCCCCGACAACGAUGGAGGAGAAAGAAUUAAGAGCUACUUUAUUGAGAAGAAGAGUCUCACUGACAAGGCCUGGACCACGGUGCAUGCAACCUGUGCCAUCCAGGCCUACGUGGUGCCGGGUCUCCUGGAGGGUCAGGAUUACCUGUUCAGGGUACGAGCCGAGAACAGACUUGGAUUUGGUCCGUUCACCAUCACGUCUGACCCAAUUCGGGCCAGAGACCCCAUCUUCCCACCUGACCCCCCCACCAAGCUGAAGGUCAACCUGGUGACAAAGACCACGGUCACUCUGAGCUGGGAGCCUCCAAAAAACAAUGGCGGUGCUCCAGUGAAGCAUUACAUCAUCGAGCGUUUGAGCUGGGACACUAGUGGGAAGGAGAAGGAGACGUGGAAACAGUGCAACAAGAGAGAAGUGGAAGAACUCACCUUUGUGGUGGAGGACCUUAAAGAGGGAGGAGAGUACGAGUUCAGGGUUAAAGCAGUGAACGCUGCUGGUCACGGCCGACCCUCUGCUACCGUUGGACCCAUGUUCAUUAAGGAUCAGACAUUUGCUCCCACCAUCGAGCUGCGUGAGGCCAUGGAAGGUGAGGAGGACUCUGAUGUCAGCAUCGUGGCAAAGGUGAGCGGCUGCCCGUUCCCCUCACUCACCUGGAAGAAGGCCAGUCUGGCCAAACCAGAAGACAAGACCGCUGUCCAGUACGAUCAACACAUGAACAAACUAGUGACCCACGACAAGUGCACGCUGCUGAUUCAGCAGGCCAACAGGAAAGACAGCGCCAUCUACAGCCUGACAGCCAGCAACAGUCUGGGCACCGUCACCAAGGACAUCAAGCUCGCCGUGCUGGGACCCCCCAGCACCCCUGUUGGACCAGUCAAAUUCACUGAGGUGUUUGCGGAGAGGAUUGGUCUGGCCUGGCUCCCUCCCACUGAUGAUGGAGGAUCCAAGAUUACCAACUAUGUGGUGGAGAAGCGUGAGGAUAACAGGAAGUCCUGGGUCCAUGUAUCCAGUGACCCCAAGGAGUGUUCCUACGUGGUGACUCGUCUGACAGAGAACCACGAGUACGAGUUCAGAAUCAAGGCCCAGAACAAGUUUGGCGUUGGGCCUCCCCUCGACAGCGAGCCGGAGAAGGCCAGAAACCUUUUCACUGUUCCGGGUCAGUGUGACAAACCAACCAUCACCGAUGUCUGUCUGGAGUCGAUGGGUGUCAACUGGGAAGAGCCCAAGUAUGACGGCGGCUCCCCCAUCACAGGCUACUUUGUUGAGAGGAAGGAGACCACUGCCAAGCGCUGGGCCCGUGUGACACGCGAUCCCAUUCGAGCACUGCCACUGGGCAACAACUGGUAUGUCACUGGACUGCUGGAAGGCGCCAUGUACCAGUUCAGGAUCAUCGCUGUCAACGCCGCCGGCUGCGGUCUGCCGAGCAUGCCCUCUGACCCCGUUCUCUGCAGAGACCCCAUCAAGCCCCCGGGACCACCCAUUCCAAAGGUAACGGACUGGACGAAAUCAACGGUAGACCUUGAGUGGAUCCCUCCUGUGGUGGAUGGUGGGUCAAAGGUCACAGGCUACAUUUUGGAGUUAAAGGAGGUGAACAAGGAGGAGGAGGAGAAGAAAGCUAAGAGGAAACUACUGCUUAGUGGCGCUGAGGAAGAGAAGGAGCCUGAGAGUGAUGAGGGCUGGAGCAAGGCAAAGGACACAGAGAUCAGAGGAACCAGGUUUGUGUUGACCGGCCUGAAAGAAGGUGGUCUGUACCUCUUUAGAGUCCGAGCUGUGAACGUCGCUGGUGUGGGAGAACCAGGGCUGGUGACGGAGCUGAUUGAGCUCAAGGAUAGAACGAUUCCACCUGAGAUGGACCUGGAUGCUUCGGUGAAGGAGAAGAUCGUGGUCCAUGCUGGUGGCACCAUCCGCAUCAUCGCCUACGUGUCAGGUAAACCCGCCCCACAGAUCACCUGGAGCAGAGACGAUGCUGAGGUGCCAAAAGAGGCUGUGGUGGAGACCACGGGUAUCUCAAACUCACUGGUCAUCAAGAACUGCAAGCGCCAGCACCAGGGCAUGUACACGCUGUGUGCCAAGAACGAGGGAGGAGAGAGGAGGAAGGGGGUCGUCGUCGAGGUCCUGGAUGUUCCCGGACCUGUUGGCCUUCCCUUCGCUGGUGAGAAUCUCACCAAUGACUCCUGUAAGUUGACCUGGUGCACACCCGAGGACAAUGGUGGCUCUGCCAUCACCAACUACAUCAUCGAGAAGAGGGAGUCUGACCGCAUGGGCUGGACCUCGGUGUCCUACACGGUGACGAGGAAUAACGCUGUGGUUCAGGGACUCCUCGACGGCAAAGGCUACUUUUUCAGGAUUGCGGCCGAGAACAUCAUUGGCAUGGGACCUUUCAUUCAGACCGACAAGAUGGUUCUCAUCCAAAACCCGAUCUCCGUCCCAGAGCGUCCAGAGGACUUAAUCAUCACUGCUGUUACCAAGGACACCAUUUCUGUCUCCUGGAGGCCGCCCAAGUAUGAUGGGGGCGCUGAGGUGACCGAGUACGUCCUUGAGACCCGCAUGGUCGGCCGGGACUCCUUCACACGCAUAGGUAGUGACACCAAGCUGAUGGAUAGGAAGUUUACGCUGACUGGGCUGAAGGACGGCUCAAGUCACGAAUUCAGGGUGUCCGCCAUCAACCAGGUUGGACGAGGCAAACCAUCAUUCGCAACCAAACCAGUGCAGUGCAAGGAUGAGAUCCAGCCUCCCACUCUGGACCUGGACUUCAGGGACAAGAUGAUGGUAAAAGUUGGAGACAGCUGCACACUGUCAGGACGCUAUGGUGGCAAACCGGCUCCCGUCGUUGCCUGGAAGAAGAAUGAUGAAGAACUGAAGGCAGAUGAGGAGAUCAACCUCCACAGCACUGCCCGCCACCUCAGCCUCAGCAUCAGCAAAGCCAAGAGAGAACACAGCGGCUGCUACUGCGUCAGCGUAGAGAACGCUGCUGGAGCUCGCACAGGAAUCUGCACCAUCACAGUGGUUGACCGUCCUCAGCCACCAGAGGGCCCUGUGGUUUUCAACGAGGUCUACAGGAACUACAUGGUGAUCUCCUGGAAACCUCCUCUGGAUGACGGAGGCUGUGCAGUCUCCAACUACAUCAUUGAGAAGAGAGACACCAACAGAGACUUGUGGAUGCCCGUCAACUCGUCCUGCACCAGGACGACCUGCAGGGUGCCGAAGCUGAUUGAGGGUCGUGAUUACAUCGUCAGGAUCAUGGCUCAGAACAUCUAUGGCAUCAGUGACCCUCUGCUGUCUGCAGAGAAGAAGGCCAGAGACAUCUUCAAGGUUCCCGAGGCUCCCAAACAGCCCACAGUGAAGGAGGUGUUCCAGGACUCCGCCCUCAUCAGCUGGGAGCCGCCGGCUGACGGAGGAAAACCCAUCACAGGCUACAUCGUGGAGAGGAAGGAGACGAUGGCUAACAGGUGGGUUUGUUGCAACACAGAGAGAAUCCACCCGAAGGUGGAGUACUGGGUGACGGAGCUGCUGAAAGGCUGUGAGUACGAGUUCAGAGUCAGCGCUGAGAAUGAGGUGGGUGCUGGAGACCCGAGCCCACCGUCCAAACCAGUCUUUGCCAAAGAUCCCAUAGUGAAACCCAGUCCACCAGUGAACCUCGAAGCCAUCGACUUCACCAAGGACUCUGUGACACUGUCCUGGGAGCCACCUGUUGACACUGGCAGAGGGAAGCUCUUUGGAUACCUGCUGGAGUUCCAGAAGGCUGGAGAGGAGGAGUGGCAGAAGGUGAACCACACUCCGGACUCUUGCCAGGAGACCAAGUUUAAGGUGAUCGGCCUGGAAGAUGGUGCUCUGUACCGCUUCCGAGUCAUGGCUGUCAACGCAGCUGGAGAGUCUGACCCAGCAGAUUUGAGGGAGCCAAUCAAAGUGCAGGAGAGACUUGAACCCCCAGAUCUGAUUCUGGAUGCUGCAAUGACCCGAGAGGUGAAGGCCCUGGCUGGCACUCACAUCACUCUCAUGGCUGCUAUCAAAGGCGUUCCAUUCCCCACAGUAACCUGGAAGAAGAAUGACGCUGAUGUUCCCACUAGGGCUGACAUUUACACCAACUAUGUAGACACUAAGCUAGAGAUGAGAUUCUGUACCAGAGGUGACUGUGGAGACUACACACUGACCGUGGAGAACUCUGUCGGAUCCAAGACAGUCACCUGCACUGUGCUGGUCUUCGACAAACCUGGUCCCAUCCAGCACCUCCGGGUGUCUGACGUCAGGAGUGACUCUGCGUACCUGUCCUGGAAGGAUCCUGAGGACAGUGGCGGUACUCGCAUCACAAAUUUUGUGGUUGAAAAGAAGGACACAGCAUCCACCCAGUGGAUCCCCAUUUGCUCCACAUCCAAGAAACGCAGCAUGAUGGUGAAGCACCUGAUGGAGGGCACAUCCUAUACAUUCAGAGUGGCUGCUGAGAACCAGUAUGGCCGCAGUGAAUAUGUGGAGACACCAAAGGCCAUUAAGGCAAUGAACCCACUGUUCCCUCCUGGACCUCCCAAAGACCUGCACCACUCUGAUGUGGACAAGACUGAGGUGUCGUUGGUCUGGAACUGGCCUGACCGCAACGGAGGAAGUGCAAUCACUGGCUUCCUCGUGGAGUAUCAAGAGGAGGGAGAGAAGGAGUGGGAUGAGUGGAAGACCGUUAGCAUCCCUGAAACUCAUGUUACUGGCCUUGAGGAAGGAAAGACCUACCGCUUCAGAGUCAGGGCCGAGAACGCCAUUGGCCUCAGCAGACCCGACACAACGGUGCCCAUCCUCUGCCAGGAGAAACUGAUGCCCCCGUUUGUGGAGGUGGAUGUUAAGUACACUGAAGGCAUCAUUGUGAAGGCUGGCACCACCAUCAGGCUGCCGGCCAUUAUGAGAGGAAUGCCUGUUCCCUCUGCCAAGUGGUGCAUUGAAGGAGAGGAGAUCUUUAGCAAAGGCAAUGUCAAGAUCGACACUGAUGGCUUCUCCACUGUGCUUAGCAUUAAUGAGUGCACAAGGAACCACACUGGCACCUACCUGCUCACUGUCUCUAACCCUGCUGGAAGCAAAACCGUGGCCUUGCAUGUCACCGUCUUGGAUGUUCCUGCUGCUCCCAUUGGACCUGCCAACAUCCUGGAGGUCACGCCUGACUCCAUGACAAUUGAGUGGCGUCCUCCUAAGGACGAUGGUGGCAGCCCAGUCACCAACUACAUUGUGGAGAAAAGAGAAUCCAACAAGGAGAGCUGGGGAGGUGUUAGCUCUGUCGGCCUCAUCACUGAGCUCAGGAUCCCACGUUUACAGAGGGGAGUGGAGUAUGUGGUUCGCAUUCGUGCUCAGAACAAGAUGGGCAUUGGCGCUCCUCUGGAGAGCAAACCCACUGUCGCUGAGCAUUCCUUCAUGCCACCCAGCGCACCUGGAAAACCACAGAUCUCUGACAUCUCAGAUGAUGCUGUUACAGUUGGCUGGACCAUGCCACUAUCAGAUGGUGGCAGCCAUAUCACUGGCUACAUCAUUGAACGCAGACAUAAGGGAGGUAAAUGGAUCCGAGUUAAUAAGAUACCAUGCAGGGACCUGAGGUACAGAGUCCUGGGUCUAUUUGAGGGCAGUGAGUAUGAGUUCAGAGUGUUUGCAGAGAAUAUCGUUGGCUUCAGUGGCCCCUCUCCCACCUCUGACCCCUGCAAACCCUGUAGGCCUGUCACUGUCCCCAGUCCUCCUGUGAACCCCAGAGUAAAAGAUUACAGCAAGAACUCUGCCGACCUGGUGUGGAUCAAAUCCACUAAAGACGGAGGUAGCCCUAUCCUUGGCUACACUGUGGAAAUGAAAAAAGAAGGAACUGAGGAAUGGAAAAAAGUGAACCUGGAUGACUUAAUCAAGCAGUGUGCUUACAAGGUGAAGGGUCUGGAGGAGGGUGUGACCUACAGAUUCAGAGUGUAUGCCUCAAACAUGAUUGGAGAUGGACAGUCAAGAGAAGUCCCAGACUCCAUAACUACACAAGAUAUCCUCAUCCCUCCAGAGAUUGAGAUGGACGCCAGCUGCCGUGAUCGUGUUACUGUGCGUGUUGGACACAACAUCAAUAUCACCGGUUACAUUAAGGCCCGUCCUGACCCUGAAGUGCUUUGGUUAAAGGAAGAGACAGUUCUGGAGAACAACAAACGGGUCACCAUCACUCAGAACCUCCCAGUGGUCCACCUGAGGAUCAAGGAGGCCACAAGAGCGGACCAUGGCAAAUACAUACUUAAAGCUUCAAAUGAGGGUGGCGAGGCCUCCUGCGCCAUCACAGUCAAUGUGCUGGACAGACCCAGCCACUGCCAGAAUCUGCAUAUUACCUAUGCAACCAAGAAUGCAUGCAUGGUCAACUGGGAUGCCCCUAAUGACAAUGGUGGAUCUGAGAUAACCAACUACAUUGUGGAGUGCCGUGAGCCUAGCAUUAGCUUGUGGUCUAUGAUCAGCUCCAACUGCACCAAUCGUAAGAUCAAGGCCAAAUGGAUGGAGGGCCAUGAAUACCUUUUCCGUGUCAGUGCCGUGAACAAGCUAGGAUCUGGACCCACUGUAGAGACCAAGACCCCUGUGUUGGCCAUUGAUCCCAUCGAGAAGCCUGGUGAGCCUGAGAAAUUCCAAGCCACCGACAUUGGUAAAAACUACGUCUAUCUGAGAUGGAGGAAGCCUGACUAUGAUGGUGGAAGCCUCAACCUCUCCUACAACCUGGAGUUCAAAGCCAAAGAUGCUGAGGGAUGGGAGAAACUCAAUAAAGGCACUCUCACUGACACGUUCUUCAUGGCUUCAUGUGCAGAGAAUCAGACAUACACCUUCAGGGUACAGACUGUCAAUGAAGGAGGUGAAAGUGGCUGGGUGAACCUUCCUGAUAUUCUGGUGAAGGAGGACAUCCAGAAGCCCGUCAUUGACCUGAAGUUGGCCGGAACUCUGACAGUGAUGGUGGGAGAGUCAGUCAGGAUGGAGGCCGGCCUGAGAGGAAAGCCCCAGCCUGAGGUCAAGUGGAUAAAAGACAAGGCUAUUGGAGACAACCCUAGAAUCAGCUAUGAGACUGGUCCAGACUACUCCAAGUUCCUUUUGACUAAGUCCAGACGUUGUGAUACUGGGAAGUAUAUCAUCACUGCCACCAACUGUGCUGGCACCUUCACAGCAUAUGCCAACGUUAAUGUCCUGGAUGUCCCCGGGCCAGUAAGAAACCUCAGAAUUACAGGCAUUGGAGCUGACAAGUGCAGAGUGGUGUGGGAUGCUCCAGAUGAUGACGGUGGUUGCGAGGUAGACAGCUACAUCCUAGAGAAAUGCGAGACCAGGAGGAUGGUCUGGUCCACAUACUCCGACUGUGUUUAUACACCCUAUUGCAACAUCUCCCGUCUAGUGGAGGGUAAUGAGUACAUCUUCAGAGUAAGGGCUGAGAACAAGAUGGGAACUGGCCCCCCCAUGGAGAGCAAGUCUGUCACUGUCAAGACUCAGUUUAACAGACCUGGUCCUCCUGAAGCUCCAGAGGUCACCAAGGUGAGUAAAGAUGAGAUGACAGUGGUCUGGGCUCCUCCUGAGAAUGAUGGAGGAAAGUCCAUCACUGGUUACAUCCUGGAGAGGAAAGAGAAGAGGGCAGUGCGCUGGGUGCCAUGUACCAAGAGCCCCAUCUCUGAGAGACGUAUGAAAGUUACCAACCUGAUUCCAAACCAUGAGUACCAGUUCAGGGUGAAGGCUGAGAACGAGGUGGGUCUGGGGGAUCCCAGCAAACCCUGCAGACCUGUUGCAGCCAAAGAUCCAAUUGAGCCCCCUGGCCCCCCUGCUGGACUGAAGGUGGCUGACAGCACCAAGACCUCAAUUACACUCUCCUGGUCUAAGCCUGUGUAUGACGGUGGUGCCCCCAUAAUUGGCUACAGCCUGGCCAUGAGGCUGAAAUGUGAGGCUGUCCCUGAAAAGCCCACAGAGGGCUGGAAGGAUAUCGACACUCGUGGACCACUUGUGCUGAAAGAGUUUACCAUUGGCCAGUUGGAUGAAAAGCAGGAGUACGAGUUCAAGGUGUCUGCCCAAAACCAAGUGGGUUGGGGACGCCACGCCUAUUUGAAGGAGGCUGUCUACCCCAAGGAGAUUCUGGAGGCACCAGAGAUUGAGCUGGAUGCUAGUCUAAGGAAAGGCCUGGCUGUCAGAGCCGGCUGUCCAAUUAGGCUUUUUGCUGUGAUCAGAGGAAGGCCCGUCCCCACGGUCACCUGGAAGCGUGUAGGUGUGGACAAUGUGAUCCGCCGAGGCCAUGUUGACCAGGUUGACAGCAUGUCCUUCUUGGUCAUUCCUGAGAGCACCAGAGAGGAUUCUGGGAGAUACUCAUUGACUCUGUCCAACUCAGCCGGAGAGAAAGCUGUCUAUGUCCGUGUCAAAGUUCUUGACACUCCUGGUCCUGUCGGAGAACUGGACGCAACUAACGUCACAAAGACAACAGCUCAACUGUCCUGGUUGCCUCCAGAAAAUGAUGGAGGCAGCCCCAUUCUUACCUACACUGUGGAGAAACGGGAAGUAGAUAGGAAGACCUGGUCCAAGUGCACAGAGGAACUGAAGAAAACAAGCUUCAAGAUCACCAACAUGACACCUGGCGUAGAAUACUACUUCAGAGUCAUGGCCUGCAACAAGUAUGGCCUUGGCGCUCCUCAGGACUCACCCAGGUCCUACCUGGCUGUUGAUCCUAUCAGUGAGCCAGACCCUCCGAAGAAGGUGGACGUGCUAGAGAUCUCCAAGAAUAGUGCUACAGUUGGUUGGCUAAAACCUCUCAGAGACGGAGGAGCCAAGAUCAAUGGUUAUUUGGUAGACUACCAAGAGGAAGGGGCACCUGAAGGCAAGUGGACGCCAUAUUCUGUGGUAAAAGACCUGACCAUUGUUGUGGUUGGUCUUAAGGAAGGAAAGAAGUACAGGUUCAGAGUGGCAGCCAGGAACUCAGUGGGGGUAAGCCUGGCCCGAGAGGCCGAGGGCGUGUUCGAGGUCAAGGAGCAGCUCAUGGCUCCUAAGAUAAUCUUGCCCGACACUGUGACAGUCAGAGCUGGAUCCAAGAUGGUGAUUGAGGCCAUUGUGGCUGGUAAACCUGCUCCCAUCUGCAAGUGGAAGCAGGGCAAUGAGGACGUGCUGACCUCUGACCGACUGUCCCUUGUAAAGACACUGACAACCUGCACACUGAUCAUCAAGAACGUGAGGAGGAACGACAGCGGCUACUAUAGUCUGUCAGCUGAGAACAGCACUGCCAAGGUCAACCACAUCCUGAAAGUCACCGUCAUGGACAUUCCUGGACCCCCUGAAGCUCCUCUGCAGAUCACAGAACAGGACAUUGAUUCCUGCACACUGCUAUGGAACUCCCCACAAGAGGACGGUGGCAGCAAUAUCACUGGCUACAUUGUAGAGAAGUGUGACAUCAGCCAGGGCGACUGGAUCACUGUGUCCUCAUCCUGCACCAAAACCUGCUUCAGAAUGACCAAACUGAUAACUGGCAAAGAGUAUAGUUUCAGAGUCCGUGCAGAGAAUAGGUUUGGUGUCUCUGAACCCAUCUACUCUGAGAGGAUGAUCGCCAGAUAUCCAUUCGAUCCUCCCACUGAGCCCAGAAACCUGCAGAUCAACAAGGUCAACAAGGAAUUUGUCGCCCUGUCGUGGGAGCAUCCCAGCAGUGAUGGCGGCAGCCCCGUUACUGGAUAUUGCAUUGAAAAGAAGGAGAGGAACAGCCUUCUGUGGUCGAUGGCCGAUGACCAGUUAGUCAAAGCCACCCACCACAUCUGCACCAACCUGAUCGAGGGCCUGGAAUACACGUUCAGGGUGUCGGCGCUCAACAUAGCUGGACAAGGAAAACCUUCCAAGCAGACUGACUUCAUCACUGCCAGGACUGCUGUUGAACAACCAGGUAAACCUGAACCCAUGGAUGUGACCAAGCACUCAGUGUCUUUGGUCUGGACCCGUCCCAAGCACGAUGGUGGCAGCAAACUCAUCGGCUACUACAUGGAAUACACAAAAGUCCCGGAGGACAAGUGGAUUCGCUGUAAUGCCAACUGUAUAGACAUCCAGGCGGAGAACUACGUGGUGAGCGGCCUGGAGGAGUUCCAGGUUUACCAGUUUAGAGUCAUCGCCAAAACAGCCAUUAACAUCAGCCAACCAUCAGAGCCGUCCGACCCCAUCACCAUCAUCGCGGAAAAUGUUGCUCCUCGCGUGGACCUGGGUGUCGAUAUGAAGAGCCUGAUUGUGGUGAAGGCUGGAGAAAACGUCACCCUAGAAGCUGUGGUGUUUGGAAAGCCACUGCCAACGGUGAGUUGGAAGAGAGAUGGCGUGCCACUGCUCCUGACUGAGGGAAUGAAGAUGACUCAGAGGAAACACACCCACCUGCUGGAGCUCUACUCUGUAACUAGAAAGGAAUCUGGAGACUACACUAUCACCGCCGAGAAUGUCAAUGGCAGCAAGUACGCCACCAUCAAGGUCAAAGUGCUUGACAAACCAGGACCUCCUCACACUGUGAAAAUUACCAAAGUGUUUGCCGACCGUGUGAAGCUGCGAUGGGAGCCCCCACUUGCAGAUGGCGGCUCUGAGAUCACUAAUUACAUCAUUGAGAAGCGUGAGACCAGCAGACCCAAUUGGGCACUGGUCACCGCCAAUAUCAGCGGACACCUCUCUGACUGCUCAGUGGAGAAACUCAUUGAAGGACAUGAGUACCAGUUCAGAGUCAGUGCUGAGAACCAGUACGGUGUGGGAGACGCCGGCAUGACUGACUCCGUCAUGGUCAAGAAUCCAUAUGAUGUUCCUGGACCCUGUGAGCCACCAGUCAUCACUAACAUCACCAAAAACUCCAUGACAGUUAGCUGGAAGGCUCCAGCUAAUGACGGCAGGUCUCCUAUCCUGGGCUACAUGGUGGAGAAACGUGAGGCCACUGAACUGACCUGGGCUAAGGUCAACCGCCGGCCGGUCAUUGACAGGACCAUCAAGGCUCUUCAGCUGACAGAGGGCUCUGAGUAUGAGUUCAGAGUUAUCGCUCUUAACAAGGCCGGUCUGGGCAAACCUAGCGAUGCAUCCAACGCUGCACUGGCUGUCGAUCCUGUCUAUCCUCCCGGCCCACCUGCCUUCCCCAAGGUGGUAGACUCCACUAAGAGCUCCAUCAGCCUUAGGUGGACCAAACCUGCAUAUGACGGUGGCUGUGAAAUCAUUGGCUACUUGGUGGAAUGCAAGCGAGCGGACUCUGAGAACUGGACCAAAUGCAACGUCCCUAAAAAGCUCCAGGCCACCAAAUUCCUGAUGACUGGUCUGAUGGAAGACACUGAGUACCAGUUCAGAGUCUAUGCCGUCAACAAGAUAGGCUACAGUGAGCCAAGUGAAGUCCCUGAAAACCACAUGCCCAAGGAAAUCCUGAUCGCUCCUGAAGCUGAGCUGGACGCUGACCUGAGGAAGACUCUGGUUCUUCGUGCUGGUGUCACCAUGAGGCUCUAUGUCCCACUGAGAGGACGCCCGCCACCAAAGGUGAUGUGGUCGAAGGUUGACGCUAACCUGAAGGAGAGGCAGGGUCUUCUGAUCAAGACAUCAGACUGGGACACGCUGUUGAUGAUCGAGGGCGUUAACAGAUACGAUGCUGGCAAAUAUGUCCUGACACUGGAGAACAGCAGCGGCACCAAGAGCUACACAAUUGUGGUCAAGGUCCUUGAUACUCCUGGACCACCUGUUAACCUCAUCGUGAAGGAGACUUCGCAGAGCCACGCCUGGAUCACCUGGGAGCCACCACUGAUCGACGGUGGCAGCCUAGUGAAGAACUACAUCGUCGAGAAACAUCUGGCAGAGAGGAAGGCCUGGACCUGCGUUUCGACCAAGUGCCACAAGACCUCCUUCAGGAUCACCAACCUGGAGGCGGGACAGGCCUACUGUUUCCGAGUCCUGGCAGAAAAUGCAUAUGGCAUAGGAGAAGGCUGUGAGACCCCCGGCAGUGUCAGAGCCUCAGAGCAACCUGGUCCGGUGAUGGACUUCAAAGCUCUGAAGACCACCAAGAACUCAAUCACCUUGGGCUGGAAGAAGCCCUUCAGUGAUGGUGGAAGCUUCAUUACUGGUUACAUCCUAGAGCAGAGUGAAGGUCAGGACAAGUGGAGGCAAAUCAUGAAGGGCAAGACCCCCUCACACACCAUUGGUGAGCUGACUGAAGGCAAGGAGUACUUGUUCAAUGUCAAGGCACUCAACGAGUCCGGGGAGGGGCCACCCACCGAGCUUACUGUUGUUGCCAAGGACCAGUUUGUACUCCCUGACUGCAACCUAAGCAAUAUUCCUGAUGGCUGCGUCGUAGUAAAGGAGGGCAGCACCAAACGUGUUAACGUCCCCCUCAUCGGAAUCCCCUACCCCAUUGCCUCCUGGAAGAAGGGUGAAACAGUAGUUGGAGACACUGGUCGAAUGUGUGUGGAGACAUCUGAGGGUGUCACCACCCUGCUGAUCAGAGACUGCCACAGAGGAGAUGCCGACUCCUACACCAUCAACGUCAAGAACAACGCCGGCUCCAAGGACUGCAAGUUACAAGUGAAGGUCGUCGGCAAACCAGGCAUCUGCACUGGACCAAUUACAUUUGACGAGAUCACUGCUGAUGGCAUCACUCUCGAGUGGGGAGAACCCAAAGAUGAUGGUGGCGCUGAAGUGUCUAACUACAUCGUAGAGAAGAGGAAGACCACAGACAACAAGUGGGCCACGGUGGCUUCAGCCCUCCAAAAAACCACAAUGAGAGUGAUCAGGCUUCAUGAUGGAGAAGAGUACGUGUUUAGAGUGUUUGCCGAGAACAAAUAUGGAGUUGGAGAGUAUCUUAGGUCCGACCCGGUCAUAGCCCAGCACCCAUUCAACGUGCCAGAGGCACCAACUGCUCCAGAAAUCAUGAGCAUUCGUCAUGAGUCUGCCAUCCUGACAUGGGCUGAUCCACUUGACAAUGGUGGCUCCCCAAUCACUGGAUAUCAUGUGGAGUUUAAGGAGAGGAACAGUCUAAUGUGGAAACGGGCCACUAAGACUCCUAUAAGACUGAAGGAGUGCAGAGUCACGGGCCUGAUAGAGGGACUAGAGUACGAGUUCAGAGUAAUGGCCAUGAACGUUGCCGGCCUUGGAAAGGCAAGCAGAGCCACUGAGGCUGUAGUCGCCUUGGAUCCUAUUGAUCCUCCUGGCAAACCAGAAGUGAUUAACGUCACCAGGAACACAGUCACUCUGAUUUGGACAGCUCCCAAAUAUGACGGUGGCUACAAGCUGAUUGGCUACAUGGUGGAGAAGCUGGAGUCUGGUGGCAAGACCUGGAUGAAGGCCAAUCACAUCAAUGUUCAGAGCUGUGCCUUCACAGUCCCUGAUCUGACUGAGGGAUCUCAGUAUCAAUUCAGGAUCAGGGCCAAGAACGGAGCUGGUGCUGUCAGCGUCCCCUCAGAGUCCACUGACCUUCUGACCUGCAAGGAUGAGUAUGAACCCCCAUCCAUCACUAUUGACCCUGACAUGAAGGAUGGCGUAUCAGUCCGGGCUGGAGACACCAUUGUUGUCUCCGCCUCCAAGAUUAUGGGAAAACCUCCGCCUAUUUCUGUGUGGUCUAAGGGUGGCCGUGAAAUCAAAAACUCCGACAUCAUCACUAUUAGCAGCACCUCCAGCUCCUCUACUCUGUCCAUCAAGUACGCUAGCAGGAAGAACACUGGAGAGUACACCAUCACUGCCAGCAAUCCAUUUGGCAUUAAAGAAGAACACGUGAAGGUCAAGGUCUUGGAUGUGCCAGGACCUCCAGGCCCCAUUGAGGCCAGCAACGUCUCAGCCGAGAAGUGUACUCUGACCUGGCUGCCACCAGAGGAGGACGGAGGCUGCGCUAUCAAGUCCUACAUCCUUGAGAAGAGAGAAACCAGUCGCCUGCAGUGGACCAAGCUUUCAGAAAACAUCAUGGACUGCAGAUACAUAGCCAGCAAACUGAUCAAGGGCAAUGAGUACAUCUUCAGAGUGUCUGCUGUGAACCAGUACGGCAUUGGAGACUCAAGCCAGUCUGGUCCAGUCAAAAUGGUUGACAGUUACAGCCCACCAGGCCCACCGUCAAUGCCCCAGAUUGAUAACGUGAGCAGGACCGCUGUCACCAUUUCAUGGAAGAGACCAGCUCGGGACGGUGGAAGUGACAUCAGUGGAUAUUGUGUAGAGAGGAAAGAGAGGAGAGGAAUGAGAUGGGUGAGAGCCAGUAAGAGGACUGUCCCUGACCUGCGCUUUAAGGUGCAAGGCCUCAGCGAGGGAGUUGAGUAUGAGUUUAGAGUCACAGCUGAGAACAAAGCUGGAUUUGGGGAGCCAAGUGAACCGUCAUGCCCUGUGCUGACCAAGGACAUUGUUUAUCCACCUGGUCCUCCUUCCAAUCCCCACAUUACUGACACUACAAAAACUUCAGCCACCUUCACCUGGGGCCGACCCCAUUAUGAUGGAGGUCUGGAAGUAGAUGGAUAUAUUGUUGAGUACAAGAAGGAAGGCCAUGAUGACUGGGAGACAGAAACACAGUACCCAUGGAAGUCCACUGAAUAUGUCAUUGCUAAACUUCAAAAAGGUGGCAAAUACCACUUCAGGGUCAGUGCUGUAAACUCUGAGGGAGUUGGCGAGCCUGCAGAGGUUGAGAAAGUGAUUGAACUUGUGGACCAGGAGACACUGCCAGACUUUGAGCUUGAUGCUGAACUCAGGAGAACCCUCGUGGUCAGGGCCCGUGCUUCAAUUCGUAUGUUUGUUCCCAUCAGGGGCCGCCCUGCUCCUGAAGUAACAUGGAGCAAAGAUGACUCCAACCUGAAAUUACGAGCAAACAUUGGCAGCACAGAGUCUUACACCCUGCUGAUUAUUCCCGAGUGCACCAGAUACGAUGCUGGAAAGUAUAACCUCUGUCUGGCGAAUGUUGCAGGAAAGAAAACAGGGUUCGUUAAUGUGAAGGUUUUGGACACACCAGGACCACCACUCAACCUCAAACCUAGAGAAAUCACUAGGAACAGCAUCACUAUGCAGUGGGAAAUUCCCAUAAUUGACGGUGGCUCAAAGAUUCAUAACUACAUUAUUGAAAAGAGGAAGGCCACCAAAAAGGCCUACACAGUGCUGAGCACCACAUGGCAGAAGUGUUCCUUCAAAUUUGCAGACCUUGAGGAAGGAGCUUACUACUACUUCCGUGUCUCUGCUGAGAAUGACCUGGGUGUAGGUGAGUCAGCUGAAACCUCAGAGCCAAUCAGGGUUUCCCAGGCCCCCUCAGCACCAGAGAACUUGUAUGUCACAGAUGUGACGGCUGACAGUGCCAGCCUUGCAUGGGUCAAGCCACUGCAUGAUGGUGGAAGCUUGAUCACUGGAUAUGUUAUUGAGGCUCAGAAGAAGGGUUCUGACCCGUGGGUUCAUGUGGCCACAAUUAAAGCACUGGACUACACCGUGACAGAUCUGACUGAAGGGGCAGAGUACACCUUCCGCAUAAUGGCUGUCAAUGCAUCAGGUAGGAGUGACCCACGUGAGAGCAGGCCAGCUAUCAUCAAAGAGCAGACCUCCGCUCCUUCCUUUGACCUGCGUGGAGUCUACCAGAAGACAGUCAUUGCUAAGGCAGGGGACCGGGUUAAGGUGGAAAUUCCAGUGCUUGGCAAACCCAGACCCGUGGUGUCCUGGAAGAAGGGAGACACUGCCCUCAAGGAGACGCAACGAAUUAACACUGAAGUCACAGCAACGUCAACUAUCCUCAACAUCAAUGAGAUCAAGAGGACUGAUGGAGGUCAAUUUUCAAUCACUGGAAAGAACAUGCUGGGUACAGUGACUGAGACAAUCACUGUCCUAGUCCACGAUAUUCCUGGUCCUCCCACUGGUCCUAUUAAGCUGGAGGAGGUCUCAUGUGAUUAUGUUCUAAUGUCCUGGGAGCCACCAGAGAAUGAUGGAGGCGUUCCUAUCAACAACUACAUUGUUGAGAUGCGGGAGACUACAGGUACUUCAUGGGUGGAGUUGGCAGCCACUGUGAUCCGCACCACAUUUAAGGCAGCAAAGCUCAACACUGGAACCCAGUAUCAGUUCCGUGUCAAAGCCCAGAACAGAUAUGGUGUUGGACCAAGCAUCAUCUCUGAGUCGGUGAUCGCUGCCUAUCCAUUUGAUGUGCCAGGCCAGCCAGGCACUCCUGUGGUCACGUCCUUCAACAAGGAUGCUAUGACUGUGAGUUGGAAUGAGCCAUCCUCCGAUGGAGGCAAUCCUAUUCUGGGAUAUCAUGUCGAAAGGAAAGAGAGAAACAGCAUUCUGUGGCAGAAGAUCAGCAAAGCUCUGGUUAUUGGAAAUAUCUUCAAAUCAACAGGACUUGUUGACGGAAUAGAGUAUGAACAUCGUGUUACGGCUGAAAACAUGGCUGGUCUCAGCAAACCAAGCAAACCAUCAGAGCCUUUGUAUGCAUUGGACCCAGUCGACCCACCAGGCAGACCUGUAGCACUUAACAUCACCAGACAUGAGGUGACAGUGUCCUGGACCAAACCAGAGGGAGACGGCGGCUUUUCCAUCACUGGAUACACAGUGGAGAGGAGAGAGAUGCCCAAUGGACGCUGGCUCAAAGCAAACUUUAACAAUAUUCUUGAAACCAUUUAUACAGUGAGUGGUCUGAUUGAAGACUCAACUUAUGAAUUCCGUGUGCUAGCUAGGAACUCAGCUGGUGCUGUUAGUGCUCCAUCCCUGGCAUCAGAGGCAAUCACCUGCAGAGACGACAUUGAAGAACCCAAGCUUGAUGUUGAUGCUUCUUAUAGCAGUACUGUUGUUGUCAUGGCAGGAGAGAUAUUUAAGCUGGAGGCUAAUGUUAUUGGCAGACCAAUCCCAUCUGUGGUAUGGACCAAGGAAGGAAAGGAGCUGGAGGAUACAGGCAAGUUAGAGAUAAAGUCAUCUGACUUCCACACAACUCUGAUUAACAAAGAUUCCCUGAGAAGAGACGGUGGUGCUUUUACUCUGACUGCCAGCAAUCCUGGUGGUUUUGCCAAGUUCACAUUCAAUAUAAAGGUGCUCGACAGACCUGGACCACCAGACUCUCUCACUGUAACUGAUGUCACUGCUGAGAAAUGUAUUCUCAACUGGCUGCAUCCAACACAUGAUGGUGGUGCCAAGAUUGAGUAUUUUAUCAUUCAGAAGCGCGAGACCAGUAGGCUGGCAUGGACAAAUGUGGCCACAGACCUUCAAGCCAAUAGAUUCAAGGUCACCAAACUUUUGAAGGGCAAUGAAUACAUCUUUAGAGUCAUGGCUGUCAACAAGUAUGGUGUUGGUGAACCCCUAGAGUCUGAAGCUGUCAUGUGUGCCAACCCCUAUGUUCCCAGUGAUCCGCCACAGCAGCCUGAAGUUACCAUUAUUACCAAAGACUCAAUGGUUGUCUGUUGGGAGCGCCCUGAACAUGAUGGAGGUAGCAGAAUAAACACCUACAUCAUUGAAAGAAGGGAUAAAACUGGUCUCCGUUGGGUGAAGUGCAACAAGAGGACUGUAACUGACCUGCGAUUCAAAGCCUCUGGCCUCACACCAGGACAUGAAUAUGAAUUCAGAAUUUUUGCUGAGAACAAUGCUGGUCUAAGCCAACCUAGUCCUUCCAGUCCAUUCUACAAAGCUAUAGACACUAUCUUCCAGCCUGGACCUCCAGGGAACCCCAGAGUGCUGGACACAACCAAGACAUCGAUUACCCUUGCCUGGAAUAAGCCUGUCUAUGAUGGUGGUUCUGAAAUCACUGGCUACAUUGUAGAGACUUGUCUGCCCGAGGAGGAUGAAUGGACAAUUCAAACUCCCAAGAAGGGAUGGACAGCCACUUCCUUCACCAUCACCAACUUGAAGGAAAACCAAGAGUACAAGAUUAACAUCUGUGCCACGAAUUGUGAAGGAGUAGGAGAACCUGCUGCUGUUCCUGGAACCCCCAAGGCUGAGGACAGACUGCUUCCUCCAGAGAUUGAGCUUGGAGCAGAGCUACGUAAGGUGGUCAGCAUCAGAGCCUGUAGCACACUGAGACUCUUUGUCCCCAUAAAGGGUAGACCGGCACCUGAAGUAAAAUGGUCAAGAGAACAUGGAGAAUCCCUGGACAAAGCUAACAUUGAAAUCACCUCAUCAUUCACCACUCUCCAGGUUGACAACGUUGACCGGUUUGAUGGAGGAAAAUACAUGGUGACCGUGGAGAAUGCUUCAGGAAGCAAGACUGCCUUUGUUAAUGUCAGGGUGCUGGAUACUCCUGGAGCACCCCAGAAUCUAGCUAUCAAGGAGGUCACUAGAGAUUCAGUGUAUCUUGUUUGGGAUGCACCACUCAUAGAUGGUGGCUCCAGGGUCCGCAGCUACAUUGUGGAGAAGCGUGAGUCAACAAGAAAGGCCUACUCUACUGUCUGUGCAAGCUGCCACAAGUCAAGUUGGAAAGUUGGAGACCUAGAUGAAGGGAAGCUGUACUUCUUUAGAAUCCUGGCUGAGAAUGAAUUUGGUAUUGGUCUCCCAGUAGAGACUGUUGAACCAGUUAAAGCAUCAGAGAAGCCGCUACCACCAGGCAAAGUGUCCCUACGUGAAGUCACAAGCAAAAGUGUCACACUAACUUGGGAAAAGCCUGACCAUGAUGGCGGUAGUAGAAUCACAGGAUAUAUUGUUGAAAUGCAAGCUAAAGAUGGGGAGAAGUGGACCCAGGUUAUGGUGGUAAAGACCAAUGAGGCACAUGUAACUGGUCUCACACAGGGAGAGGAGUACAUGUUCCGCAUCUCAGCUGCCAAUGAAAAGGGUGUUAGUGACCCACGUCCCCUCAGUAUGCCUGUAGUGGCAAAAGAUCUUGUCAUUCCACCAACAUUCAAACUGAUUUUUGCAACAUACAGUGUGAUGGCAGGAGAUGAUCUGAAAAUUGAUGUACCAUAUGCAGCCUGUCCCAAGGCUACAGCAACUUGGCUCAAGGAUGGUGUUGCUCUCAAAGAGACAACAAGAGUAAAUGCUGAAGCCACAGAUAAAAACCUUUUUCUGGUCGUUAAGGAAGCUUGCAGAGAUGAUGUGGGCACAUACACUAUUAAAUUAAUCAACACAGCUGGAGAGGCAUCCACAGACAUCAGUGUGCUUGUUCUAGAUAAACCUGGUCCUCCCACUGGCCCAAUUAAGUUGGAUGAUGUCACUGCUGACAGUGUGGUCUUGACCUGGAAUCAACCAGAAUAUGAUGGUGGUUGCUCCAUCAAUAAUUAUAUUGUUGAGAAGAGGGACACAUCUACCACCAACUGGCAGAUUGUGUCAGCUACAGUGGCCAGAACCACUAUCAAGGCUACCCGUCUGAAGACAGGAUUUGAGUACCAGUUUAGGAUUGCUGCAGAGAAUAGAUAUGGCAAGUCAUCUGCCCUACUAUCUGAAAACAUUGUUGCUCAAUAUCCAUUUGAGGUGCCAAGCCAUCCUCGUUCUGUUGAGGUCCAGUCAGCUACCAAGGAAAGCAUGGUGGUCGUAUGGGACAAACCCAGCAAUGAUGGUGGAAGUAAAAUUCUCGGCUAUCACUUAGAACUGAAAGAGCGAAACAGCUUACUGUGGGUAAAGCAAAACAAACAACUCAUCCCAGAGACUAGAUUCAAGGUUCAAGGCCUUGAGGAGGCCAUUGAAUAUGAGUUCAGAGUCUAUGCUGAAAAUAUUGUCGGCCUCAGCAAACCUAGCAAAGCGAGUGAAAUGCAAGUGGCCAGAGAUCCUUGUGGCAUACCAGGAAAACCUGAGGCUGUCAUUGUAACAAGAAGCCAAGUGACACUUAGAUGGGCCAAACCUGUGUAUGAUGGUGGCAUCAAGAUCAUCGGUUAUGCGGUUGAGAAGAAGGAGGCAGCAGGGCGCUGGAUGAAGGCCAGUUUCACCAACAUCCUUAGUACUGACUUUGUUGUUACGGAAUUAACUGAAGAUCAGAUAUAUGAGUUCCGUGUCAUUGCAAAGAAUGCAGCAGGUGUCUCCAGUCUCCCAUCUGACUCCACUGGAGCCAUCACUGCAAAGGAUGAGGUGGAUCCACCCCAGAUUGACUUGGAUGCUAAGUACUCUCAGGUUGUGGUGGUAAAUGCUGGAGAGACAUUCCAGCUUGAGGCUGGUGUGUCUGGUAAACCUGUGCCUACAGUACACUGGCGAAAGGAGGGUCAGGAGAUUUCUGAAGCAGCUCGUCUAGAGAUCAAGAACACCGACUUCACAGCUUGUAUUGUUGUAAAAGAAGCCAUUCGUGUCGAUGGAGGUCAAUACACAUUGCUUGUAAAGAAUGUUGGAGGAGAGAAAUCUGUUCACAUUAAUGUCAAGGUCCUGGACAGACCAGGUCCUCCUGAAGGUCCUGUAUCCAUCUAUGGGGUCACUAAAGAGAAAUGCUCCAUAUCCUGGAAACCUCCCUUGCAAGAUGGAGGUAGUGAUGUUUCUCAUUACAUUGUUGAGAGGAGGGAGACCAGCAGACUGGUUUGGACUGUAGUUGAACCAAAAGUUCAGACACUGAGCCUAAAGGUCACCAAACUUCUGCCUGGUAAUGAAUACAUCUUCAGAGUGAUUCCAGUCAAUAAGUACGGAGUUGGUGAGCCUCUUGAAUCUGAGCCAAUGAUUGCCAGGAAUCCAUUUGUCACUCCCAACCCACCAACAGAGGUAGAAAUCACCACAGUCACCAAAGAUUCCAUGGUGGUGACCUGGGAGAGACCAACUACUGAUGGUGGCAGCCCCAUCCAGGGAUACAUUGUAGAGAAACGUGACAAAGAUGGUGUGAGAUGGACCAGGUGCAACAAGAGAACAGUGAGUGAGCUCCGCUUUAGAGUGACAGGCCUCAUGGAAAAUCACAGCUAUGAAUUCAGAGUUGCUGCUGAAAAUGCUGGAGGUGUUGGCACUCCUAGUGAACCUACAGUUUACUACAAAGCACGGGACCCUAUCUUCAAACCAGGUCCACCAAAUAAUCCCAAAGUGGUUGACACAUCUAGGUCCACUGUUUCACUGACAUGGGGCAAGCCCAUCUAUGACGGUGGAUGUGAGAUUCAAGCUUACAUUGUGGAGGCCUGCAAUGGGGCAUCUGAUGAGUGGUUUAUGUGCACUCCACCUACUGGUAUCACAGAUACAAUGUUCACAGUGAAAAAGCUUCUGGAGAAGCACGAGUACCAGUUCAGAGUGUGUGCUAUCAACAAAGUUGGUAUCGGUGAGCAUGCUGAUGUUCCUGGAAAAAUUCUUCUGGAGGAAAAACUUGAGGCUCCUGAUCUUGACCUGGAUGCUGAUAUGAGAAAGAUGAUCAACAUUCGGGCAGCAAGCACUCUCAGGCUGUUUAUUCCUGUUAGAGGUCGUCCAGCCCCUGAGUUGAAAUGGGGUAAGACUGAGGGUGAAAUUAAUGAGCUUGCCCAGAUUGACAAUACUGGCAGUUAUGCUUCACUUGUCAUUGAGAAUGUUGACAGAUUUGACAGUGGCAAGUACACCCUGACUGCAGAGAAUGCCAGUGGAGUGAAGUCAGUCUUCAUCAGUGUCAGGGUCAUGGACACACCUAGUCCACCAACUAACUUAAUAGUGAAAGAGAUUACCAAGAAUUCUGUCUCACUUACAUGGGAGCCUCCACUUCUGGAUGGUGGUGCAAAGAUUAAGCACUAUAUUGUUGAGAAGCGUGAGAGCACCAGGAAGGUUUACUCUCCCGUCACCACCUGCAAUAAGAUGUCAUGGAAAAUUGAGCCACUUCCAGAGGGUGGAAUCUACUUCUUCAGAGUCCUAGCUGAGAAUGAAUAUGGUAUUGGCCUCCAAGCUAAAACUCCAGAACCAAUUAAGAUUUCUGAGAAGCCUCAACCACCUGGAAAAGUCAGUGUUGUUGAUGUUACUAGUAGCACUGUAACUCUCUCCUGGGAAAAGCCCCAACAUGAUGGAGGCAGUAGGAUCAGUCAUUAUGACGUUGAACUGGCACCUAAGGACAGUGAAGUUUGGUCGUUAUGUGCGAGUGUAAAGGCCCUGGAGACUGUUGUGACAAACCUACUCAAGGAUGAGGAAUAUAAUUUCAGAGUUGUUGCUGUAAAUGACAAGGGCAAAAGUGACCCAAGACAACUGGCUCAACCAGUUGUAGCAAAAGAUCUUGUGAUUGAGCCUGCUGUUAGACCCAAACUCAGUACCUACCAUGUCCAGGUGGGGUACGACCUCAAAAUAGAGGUCCCAGUUGCUGGUCAUCCAAAGCCGACUAUCACCUGGACCAAGGAUGGUGCUGCUCUUAAGCAGACUACCAGAGUCAAUGUUAUUGACUCAGGAAAUUGUACCACCCUCACCAUAAAGGAUGCCACUAAAGAGAAUGGAGGCAUGUACAGCAUCAAUGUCUCCAAUACUCUGGGUUCGAAAGAUGUUUCAAUUGAGGUGAUCACCUUGGACAAACCAGGCCCACCAACUGGACCGAUCAAGUUUGAGGACAUCAGUGCUGAGAGUAUCACCCUCAACUGGGAACCUCCUACAUAUACAGGUGGCUGCCCACUCUCAAACUAUGUGGUGGAAAAGAGGGACACUACUACAACCAACUGGGUGGUUGUAUCUGCCACUGUGGCCAGAACCACUCUUAAAGUGGCCAAUCUGAAGACAGGAGCAGAAUAUCAGUUCAGAAUUUAUGCCGAGAAUAGAUACGGAAAGAGUUAUGCAAUUGAUUCAGAGCCUAUUCUGGCACAGUAUCCAUUCCAAGAGCCUGGCCCUCCGGGAACACCAUUUGUGUCUUCAUACUCUAAAGACUAUAUGGUGGUUGAGUGGCACAAACCCCCAUCUGAUGGAGGCAGUGCUAUCCUGGGCUAUCAUCUGGAGAGGAAAGAGAAAAACAGUAUUCUAUGGACCAAGAUCAAUAAAAUGCUCAUCCAAGAUUGCAGGUUUAAAUCUACUCCUCUUGAGGAAGGUAUUGAGUAUGAGUACAGAGUAUAUGCAGAGAACAUUGUUGGCAUUGGAAAAUGCAGCAAAGUUUCUGAAGUCUAUGUAGCCCGUGACCCAUGUGAUCCUCCUGGUCGCCCUGAGGCACUGAUUGUGACCAGACACUCAGUGAAACUGAGAUGGACUCCUCCAGUGUAUGAUGGGGGCAGUUUAGUUAUUGGCUAUUUGGUGGAGAAACGUGACCUUCCUGAAGGAAAGUGGAUGAAGGCUAGCUUUGCAAACAUCAUUGAACAUGAAUUUACAAUUACUGGCCUAACAGAAGAGUGUAAAUACGACUUCAGAGUAAUAGCGAGGAAUGCAGCCGGAGCUGUCAGCAAGCCAUCUGAGUCCACAGGAUCCAUCACAGCCAAGGAUGAAGUUGACACACCAAAGUGUGAGACAGAUCCUAAAUAUAACCAGACGAUUGUUGUCAAUGCUGGAGAGACCUUCACUCUGGAGGCAACUGUGGAAGGGAAGCCCAUUCCUACAGCUCAGUGGUUCAAGGGAACCAUUGAAGUUGAAAACUCUGCAAGGGCUGAGAUUAAAAACACUGACUUUAAGGCUUUGCUAGUUGUGAAGGAUGCCAUCAGAGUGGAUGGUGGGCAGUACACUCUGGUUCUGACUAAUGUUGCUGGAACUAAGACUAUCCCAUUCAGUGUGAAGGUACUGGACAGACCAGGCCCCUCAGAGGGACCUCUUAAAAUCAGCAAUGUCACCGAGGAAAAGUGCUCACUAUCAUGGCUGCCACCCAGACAUGAUGGAGGAGCUAGCAUUUCUCACUACGUCAUUCAGAAGCGGGAAACCAGCCGCCUGGCUUGGACUGUGGUCUCCGGUGACUGUGUAGCUACUAUGAUCAAGGUUACCAAACUUUUGAAGGGUAAUGAAUACAUCUUCAGAGUGAUGGCAGUCAACAAAUACGGUGAGGGUGAGCCUCUCGAGUCAGAGCCAGUCAUCAUGAGAAAUCCAUUUGUUCCUCCUGGCUCACCUCAGGAGCUUGAGAUCACGAACAUUACCAGGGAUUCCAUGACUGUCUGCUGGAACCGCCCUGAGAGCACAGGAGGCAGCGAGAUUGUUGGUUACAUCAUUGAGAAAAGAGACAGAGCUGGAGUAAGGUGGACCAAGUGCAACAAACGCAGAGUGACAGACUUGCGGUUCAGAGUAACAGGGUUAACUGAAGAUCAUGAAUAUGAAUUCAGAGUGUCUGCUGAAAAUGCUGCUGGAGUGGGUCAGCCAAGCCCAGCUACCCCUUACACAAAGGCCUGUGAUCCUACCUUUGAACCAGGCUGCCCCACCAAUGCUCAUGUGGUGGACACAACUAAAAACGCCAUCACUCUGGCCUGGCAUAGGCCUUUUUAUGAUGGUGGUUGUGAGAUUCAAGGCUACUCAGUUGAAAUUACCAAGGCUGAUGAAGAGGAAUGGACUAUUUGCACACCACCCUUUGGAGUAAAUGCUACCAAGUUUACAAUCACCAAAUUGAUAGAGCACCAGGAAUACAAGGUGCGCAUCUGUGCCAUCAAUAAGCUUGGUGUUGGUGAGCCCACCGAGGUCCCGGGAGUUGUGAAGCCUUUGGAUAAGAUUGAUCCACCAGAGAUGAUUCUAAAUUCAGAACUCAGAAAGGGAAUAGUUGUCCGUGCAGGUGGCUCUAUGAGAAUCUGCAUUCCAUUUAAAGGCCGUCCUACUCCUGAGAUCAGCUGGGCCAAGGAGGAUUGUGAAUUGCCUAGUAAAGUUCAGACAGAGUCUGGGGAGGAUUACACACAGCUCUCCAUUGACAUCUGUGACAAGUAUGAUGCUGGAAAAUAUAUAGUGAAGAUGGAAAAUGCCGCAGGCAGCAAAUCAGCCUUUGUCUCUGUUAAGGUCCUGGACACCCCUGGAGCCCCUCAGAAUUUAAUGGUGAAAGACAUCAAGAGAGAAUGUGUUACCUUGACCUGGGAGCCUCCCCUUAUAGAUGGUGGUUCAAGAAUCAAGAAUUACCUGGUUGAAAAGCGCGAGUCCACCAGGAAUGUUUAUUCUAAUGUUGAUAACAAGUGCACAAAGACAAGUUAUCGUAUCACUGGCCUCACUGAAGGAGUUAUCUACUAUUUCAGAGUCUUGGCUGAGAAUGAAUUUGGUGUGGGACAAGCAGUUGAGACAGAGGAUUCAGUUAGGACAUCUGAGCCUCCUCUGUCCGUAGGUAAAGUCACUUUGACUGAUGUUACCAAAAAAACUGCCACACUCUCUUGGGAGAAGCCAGACCAUGAUGGAGGCAGCAGGAUCCUCGGCUACUACAUUGAGAUGCAGCCUAUGGGUGAAGAGGAAUGGGUGGUAGCCACUACAUCCAAAACAUGUGAGGGUACUGUCUCAGGCCUCAGUGCAGGUCAUGAGUACCUGUUCAGAGUAACAGCUUUCAAUGAAAAGGGCAAGAGUGACCCCAGGCCUUUGGCUACACCAGUCACUGCUAAAGAUAUAACUAUCCUGCCCAGAUUCAAGAUUGCAAGCGACACCUACAGUUUACAGAAUGGUGAGGAUCUAAAGAUUGAGAUUCCAGUUAUAGGACGCCCUAUUCCAAAGAUUGAGUGGAAAAAGGAUGGUCAUGUCCUCAAGGAGACAACCAGACUAAAUGUGUCUAGUACACCGUCAUCUACUAAGCUGUGCAUAAAGGAUGCAAAUAAAGAAGACUCUGGUAAAUACACUAUCACAGCCACCAGCAGUGUUGGAACAGCUACAGAGGAGAUCACUGUUAUAAUUCUUGAUAAGCCUGGUCCACCAACCGGCCCUGUGAAAAUUGAAGAGGUGAGCUCUAAUUAUGUCACACUCUCCUGGGAACCACCAGCGUACACUGGAGGCUGUCAGAUCAACAACUACAUUGUGGAAAAAAGAGACACUACCACAACAACAUGGCAAAUUGUGUCUGCUACUAUUGCCAGAACAACCAUCAAAGUCACCAAUUUAAAGACUGGAGUUGAGUAUCAAUUCAGAGUGUUUGCUGAGAAUAGGUAUGGAAAGAGUUCUGCUAUCCUCUCCCCUAACAUCGUUGCUCAGUAUCCAUUCAGUGAGCCUUCUGCCCCUGGAAUGCCAGUCAUUUCUGCUGUAACCAAGGAUAAUAUGGUUGUUGAGUGGAAGCUUCCCAACAACAAUGGAGGCAGCCCCGUCCUAGGUUAUCACCUUGAGAGGAAGGAGAAGAACAGCCUCCUGUGGACAAAACUCAACAAGCUUCUAAUCCCUGACACACGUUUCAGGACUAUAGAGUUGGAGGAAGGUAUUGAGUAUGAAUUCCAAGUUUAUGCAGAGAACAUUGCCGGAGUCAGCCCAGCUAGCAAAGUCUCUGAGAGCACAGUUGCUAGGGACCCCUGCGACCCACCUGGCACUCCAGAGGCUAUUGAAAUCACCAGAAACCAUGUGACACUCCAGUGGACCAGGCCUCAGUAUGAUGGAGGCAGCGUAAUCACUGGCUAUGUGAUUGAGAGAAAGAAGCACCCUGAUACCCGAUGGAUGAAGGCCAGCUUCACCAACAUCCUUGACACCCAGUUCACAAUCACUGGCCUAACUGAGGAUUGUGUGUAUGAGUUCAGAAUCAUCGCCAGGAAUGCUGCUGGCAUCUUGAGCCGUCCUUCUCAGGGUACAGGACAAAUCACUGCCAAAGAUGAAAUUGAGGCUCCAGGAGCCACCCUGGAUUCAAAGUUCAAGGAUCUGACUGUUGUUCAUGCUAGUGAAACAUUUGUCAUUGAUGCUGACUACACAGGCAAGCCCCUACCUGAAGUCAUCUGGUUAAAGGAUGGAAAGGAGAUUGACAGUGCCACACCAAGAAUGGAGGUCAAGACCACAAUGACACGUACCAUUCUGACAGCCAAGGAUUGCAUCAGAGUUGAUGGUGGCCACUUUGUCCUCAAACUUGUCAAUGUGGGAGGAAUUAAGAUGGUUCCAGUUAAUGUCAAAGUUCUGGAUAGACCUGGUCCUCCAGAUGGCCCAUUAGAAGUCAAAGGGGUCACUGCAGAGAAAUGUUAUCUUCAUUGGAACCAUCCUUCACAUGAUGGUGGAGCAGGCAUCUCACACUACUUCAUUGAAAAGAGAGAGACCAGUCGUUUGUCAUGGACCAUGGUGGAGCCCAAGAUCCAGGCCAUCAGCUACAAAAUCACAAAACUGCUGCCUGGCAAUGAAUACAUCUUCAGAGUCACUGCUGUGAAUAAAUAUGGUGUUGGUGAGCCUUUGGAAUCUGAACCUGUUAUUGCUCGUAACCCCUUCACCACUCCCAGUGCUCCCUCCACCCCAGAGGCCAGUGCUGUCACUCGUGACUCUAUUGUGCUUACCUGGGAGAGACCAGAGGAUAAUGGAGGAGCUGAGAUUGAAGGGUAUGUCCUUGAAAAACGUGAUAAAGAUGGCAUCAGAUGGACAAAGUGCAACAAGAAGAGAUUGUCUGACCUGAGAUUUAGAUGCUCUGGCCUCACAGAAGGUCACUCCUAUGAAUUCAGGAUCUCAGCUGAAAAUGCUGCUGGUGUGGGAAAACCAAGUGCGCCAAGUGAAUACAUCAAGGCCUGUGAUGCAAUUUAUCCACCAGGACCUCCAAAUAACCCGAAAGUUACAGACCAUUCGAGCACCACAGUCUCCCUGUCCUGGUCCAGGCCAAUCUAUGAUGGUGGAGCAGAGGUCAGUGGAUACAUUGUUGAAAUGAAAGAAGCAGCAGAUGAUGAGUGGGUCGUUUGCACACCACACAUUGGUGUCCAGGCUACUCAUUAUACUGUAAAGAAACUGAAGGAAAAUGCAGAGUACAACUUCCGCAUCUGUGCUAUGAACUGUGAGGGAGUAGGGGAGCCCGUUGACCUACCUGUGUCUGUGGUGGCUGCAGAGAAGCUGGAAGCUCCUGAAAUAGAACUUGAUGCUGACCUUAGAAAGAUGGUCAAUGUUCGUGCCACUGCCACUCUACGUCUGUUUGUGCCGAUCAAGGGCAAGCCUGAGCCUGAGGUCAAAUGGUCAAAGUCUGAUGGCACUUUGAAUGAACGUACCCAGAUUGAAGUCACAAGCUCUUACACAAUGUUGGUGAUUGAGAAUGUUGACAGAUUUGACACUGGCAAAUAUGUCCUCACACUUGAGAACCUCAGUGGGUCUAAAUCAGCCUUCAUCAAUGUUAGAGUUCUUGACUCGCCUAGUGCUCCUACCAACCUACAGGUCAAGGACGUAAAGAGAAAUUCUGUCUCUAUCUCCUGGGAGCCUCCUUUGAUUGAUGGUGGGGCUAAAAUAUCUCAUUACAUUGUUGAGAAGAGAGAGCAGAAGAGGAUGGCUUUCGCCAGUGUUUGCACUAACUGUGUGAGGAACUCUUACCUGAUUUCUGACCUACAAGAGGGAGGCCGUUACUAUUUCCGUGUGUUGGCUGUUAACGAGCAUGGAGUAGGUCUGCCUGCCUUCACAGAGCAAGUCAAAGUCUCUGAAGCUCCUUUGCCUCCUGGUAAGAUUGCCCUGGUUGACGUGACCCGUCAUACUGUCACCCUUUCAUGGGAGAAACCUGAUCACGAUGGAGGCAGCAAGAUUACCAACUAUAUUGUGGAGAUGCAGCCUAAGGGAGAUGAUAAAUGGACCAUAUGUAGUGAGGUCAAAGCACUAGAAGCUAAAAUUACUGGUCUUAUCACUGGAGAGGAAUACUCCUUCAGGGUGAUUGCUGUGAAUGAUAAGGGGAAGAGUGAUGCCAAACCACUGGCUGCCCCUGUGGUGGUUAAGGACAUUACAAUGGAGCCCACCAUUAACCUGCUAUUCAACACAUACAGUGUUAAAGCAGGAGAUGACUUGAAAAUUGAAGUUCCCUUCAAAGGCAGACCUCAACCAGAGGUGUCCUGGAAGAAGGAUGGCCAGUGGCUUAAGCAGACAACCAGGGUCAAUGUAGUCAACUCCAAGACCUCAUCCAAGAUCAUCAUCAAAGAUGCAACCAAGGAGGAUGUAGGAAAAUAUGAAAUUAUUUUGACUAACUGUUUUGGAACCAAGACAGCUGAAGUCUCUGUUGUCAUCUUGGACAAACCUGGCCCUCCCAGCAACAUCAAGGUGGAUGAAGUGAGCGCUGACUUCAUCUGUCUGUCUUGGGAUCCUCCUGCUUAUGAUGGUGGGUGCCAGAUUAACAACUAUGUGGUAGAGAAGAGAGAUACCACCACAACCACGUGGCAGAUUGUUUCAGCCACGGUAGCAAGGACAUCAAUCAAGGUGACUCGUCUCACUCAGGGAACUGAGUAUCAGUUCCGCAUUGCAGCUGAGAACCGUUAUGGUAAGAGUCAUGCCAUCGACUCUGCUCCUGUUGUUGCUCAGUAUCCCUUCGAACCUCCAGGCCCUCCAACUAAUGUACAAGUUUCCAAUGCCACCAAGUAUGGCAUGCUUGUUGUAUGGGGCAGACCUGCCAGUGAUGGGGGGAGCCCUGUUAUUGGUUAUCACAUUGAAUGUAAAGAACAAAGUAGCAUUCUGUGGACCAAGGUCAACAGAGGACUGCUGGCUGAGAGCCAAUUUAAGAUGACAGGUAUUGAAGAGGGUCUGCUGUACCAGUUCAGAGUUUAUGCUGAGAAUGUUGCUGGCAUUGGUCCAUGCUCUAAGGCUAGUGAGCCUGUGGCAGCCAGAGAUCCAUGCGAUUGUCCACGUAACCUUCGAAUUACCAACAUUACCAGGAACUCAGUUUCUCUCUUCUGGGAAAGGCCAGAAUAUGACUUUGGAGCCAAGAUUACUGGGUACAUUGUUGAGCGAAAAGAACUUCCCAAAGGUCGCUGGCUGAAAUGCAACUUCACCAACCUGCAGGAUACUUACUUUGAUGUUACAGGCCUCACAGAAGAUGUCCAAUAUGAAUUCCACGUCAUUGCUAAGAAUUCUGCAGAGCAGCUGAGUGCUCCGUCUGAGAGUACUGGUCCUAUCACAGUCAAGGAUGAUGUUGACCCUCCCACUAUUACCAUGGAGGACAAGUUCCGACAGUUGGUUGUCAUUAAAGCUGGCGAGAUGAUUAAAAUAGAUGCUGAAAUCACAGGUCGUCCACUUCCAGUUGUCUCAUGGAAAAAGGAUGGAAAAGAGAUUGUGGCCAAGGCCAGGUGUGAAAUCACCUCCACCAAUUUUGCCACGACCCUGAUUGUCACAGAUGUUAUCAGAAGGGACUCUGGCCAGUAUGUGCUGUCCCUGCACAACGUGGCAGGAACCAGGUCUGUUGCUAUCAACUGCAAAGUUUUGGAUAGACCUGGACCAUCUUCAGGACCUUUGGCAGUCACUGGGGUCACAGCAGAGAAAUGCACCCUAACAUGGGGACCCCCACAGGAAAAUGGUGGCGCUGACGUUAUGCACUACAUUGUGGAGAAACGCGAGACUAGUCGCCUUGCUUGGACCCUUGUUUACGGAGACAUGAAGGCAACUACCUGUAAGGUGACAAAGCUGCUCAGAGAAAAUGAGUACAUCUUCAGAGUCAGGGGAGUCAACAAAUAUGGGGAUGGUGAGGCCCUGGAGAGUGAAGCAGUAAAGGCCUUGGAUCCAUUUACUGUGCCUGCAGCUCCCACUAAUGUCCAGGUCACCGCAGUAACUAGUGAGGCAAUGACCAUCUGUUGGGACAGACCCGUUUCUGAUGGUGGCAGCAGUAUUGCUGGCUAUGUCAUUGAAAGACGAGAGAAGACCGGUCUUCGCUGGUGCCGUGUGAACAAGAAACCUGUUUAUGACCUUAGAGUCAAAGCCUCACACCUUCGUGAGGGCUGUGAGUAUGAGUACAGAGUAUUCGCUGAGAAUUCUGCUGGCCUCAGUGCUCCUAGCACCCCUUGCCCACUCACAAAGGCUGAAGAUCCACAAUUCCUGCCUUCACCUCCUGCUAAGCCCAAGAUCAUUGACUCAACAAAGACCACAGUCACCCUGUCAUGGAAUAAGCCACUGUUUGAUGGUGGAGCACCUGUGACUGGCUACAGAGUAGAAUACAGGAAUACUGAAGAUGAUGAAUGGUUUGUUGGAGUGCAUAACACAAAGAACACAGAGUUUACAGUGGUCGGGUUGACACCUGGGGUUGAAUAUGUGUUUGUUGUCAAGUCCAUUAACAAGAUUGGUCCCAGUGAACCAAGUUCCGAGUCAGACAAACAGGUUGCCAAAGAAAGAGAGGAGGAGCCAGUCUUUGAGAUCAGCAAUGAGAUGAGGAAAACUCUCAUUGUGAAGGAUGGAAGUUCAUUCACAAUGACGGUGCCCUUCAAAGGCAAACCUAUCCCCAGUGUUGCAUGGGCUAAACCUGAUGUUGACCUCAGAGUGCGUGCUGUAAUUGAUACCACCGACACAUUCACCUCCAUCACUUUGGAAAAAGCAACUCGUGAUGACUCUGGCAAAUAUACAGUUACCUUGUCCAGUGUAGCAGGAACCGCCUCCUUAACGCUCCAUGUUAGAGUCCUGGACUCUCCUGGACCUCCGGCCCAUGUAGAAGUCAAGGAUGUGACAAAGACAUCUGCUACUGUAACAUGGGAUACUCCUGAAAAUGAAGGAGGAGGACCAGUCAAGAAAUACAUUGUUGAUUUCCGUGAGGCCAGCAAGAAAGGCUGGACCAGGUUGACAGACACAUGCCACAGACUGACAUACAAGGUGAUGGACCUGCAGGAGGGAGAAGUUUACUACUUCAGAGUGGCAGGCCAGAAUGAGUACGGUGUUGGUGUUUCUGCCGAGACCAAAGAGGGAACCAAGAUCACAGAAAAACCAACCCCACCACCAAAGCUUGGUGUGACUGAGGUGACUAAGGAGAGUGUGUCCCUGGCCUGGGUCAAACCAGAAUACGAUGGAGGCAGCAGGAUUACUGGCUACCUUGUGGAAGCUCAGGAGAAGGGCCAGGAGAAGUGGGUGAAGUGCGCUGUAACCAAGUUCUAUCACCUCACAGUGUCUGGUCUGAGGGAAAAUUCAGAAUACUUCUUCAGAGUCCGAGCUGAGAACCAGGCAGGAUUCAGUGAUGUUAAGGAAAUGGUCACCCCUGUGGUGGUCAAAGACCAGCUUGAACCUCCAGAGAUCAACAUGAAUGACUUCCCUCACAACACAGUGUACGUUAGAGCCGGCUCCACCCUCAAGUGUGAGAUUCCACUGACAGGCCGACCAUUGCCUAAAGUCAUCCUGGUCAAGGAUAAUGUGCUGAUGAAGUCAACAAUGAGGUUCAACUCUGAGGUCACUCCUGACAGUAUCAAGAUCACUUUACGCGAGAGCAUUGCUGCAGACCGUGGACACUACGACAUCACCGCCUCAAACUCCAGUGGAACCACUAAAUCCUUCAUAAAGAUUGUGGUUCUGGAUCGUCCUAGUGCCCCACUUGGACCGGUGGAGCUGUCUGAUGUCACAGAGGACAGCGUUAACUUGAAGUGGCUCCCACCAGCAUAUGAUGGCGGUAGCCCCAUUACCAACUACAUCAUCCAAAAGAGAGAGACAACCACAGCCCACUGGUUGGACGUCUCCUCUGCUGUGGCCCGCUGCAACAUGAAAAUCAUGAAGCUGACCACUGGCUUGGAGUACCAGUUCAGAAUUAGAGCGGAGAACAGAUAUGGAAUCAGCGAGCACGUUGACUCCCCAACUGCCACUGUCAGCCUUCCUUACACUACUCCUGAGGCUCCAUCGACUCCAGAGAUCACUGCAGUAACGAGAGAGACCAUUACUGUCGCCUGGAAGGAGCCCAAGUCAGACGGUGGUAGCCAUGUGUUUGGCUACCAUGUCCAGAUGAAAGACAAAAACAGCAUCCUCUGGCAGAAGGUCAACAAAAUGGUGAUCCGGGCUACACACUACAAGGUCUCCAACAUCAAUGCUGGACUUAUUUAUGAGUUCAAGGUGGCAGCAGAGAACGCCGCUGGAAUCAGUGCCUUCAGCAAGGUUUCUGAUGCAGUGCUGGCUAUCGACGCCUGUGAACCACCUGUAAACCUGCGCAUUAGUGACAUCACCAAGAACACCAUUAGCCUGGCCUGGCAGAAACCCAACUACGAUGGAGGAUCCCCCGUCACUGGCUACAUCAUUGAGAAGAGACAGGUCACUGGUACCAAGUGGCUCAAGGCUAACAUCACCAACGUCACAGAUACACGCUUCACUGUGACCAGCCUGACCCAGGAUGAGACGUACGAGUUCAGAGUCAUGGCCAAGAACGCAGUUGGCUCAGUGAGCAACCCGUCCAUGACCGCUGGACCGGCCACAUGCGUGGACACCUACGGUGCCCCAGAGAUUGAUAUACCUCAGGAAUACUUCAGUGAGGUCAAAUAUGCUGCCGAGUCUAAUGUGGAGCUCAAGUUUAACAUCAAAGCCAAACCUACUCCCACUAUCGAGUGGUUUAAGGACGGCAGAGAGUUGGAGCCCAGCACUCACCUUUCGUUUCAACACACGUUUGAGUCCACCAGUGUAUUCCUGAAGGAAACCACUCGCUUGAACUCUGGAACUUAUGAGGUCCGGGUGAAGAACUCCCUGGGAUCUGCAUGUGCUGUUGUCAGGCUGCUCAUCCUAGACAAGCCAGGGCCACCUGCUGGUGAGAUUCAGUUUAAGAAGGUGACCGCUGACAAGAUCACCAUCAUGUGGUCCCCACCUGCUGAUGAGGGUGGCGCCAUGGUGACUCAUUACAUUGUGGAGAAGAGGGAGACCAGCAGGAUCAUGUGGUCCAUCGUCUCAGAGAAGCUUGUCGACUGCAUCAUUAACAUACCCAGACUAAUCCAUGGCAACGAGUACAUCUUCAGAGUCCGUGGAGUCAACAAAUACGGUGUUGGAGACCCACUUGAGUCUCAGCCUGUGAUCGCAAGGAAUGCUUUUGUUCCUCCUAGUGAGCCAUCCAAACCUCAAGUGACCAUGAUUACCAAGUCCACCAUGACAGUGAUCUGGGAAAGACCAGCAUUGGAUGGAGGCAGUGACAUUGACGGCUACUACCUGGAAAAGAGGGAGAAGAAGAGUCUGCAGUGGUUCAAGGUGGUGAAGGGAACAAUCAGAGACACCAGGCAGAAGGUCACCAGCCUGGUAGAGAACAGCGAGUACCAGUACAGAGUCUGUGCCGUCAACAAGGCCGGAGCAGGAAACUACUCUGAGGCUUCUGAACUCUACAAGGCCUACGACCCCAUCGAUCUGCCUGGAGAGCCAUCCAAGCUGCAUGUGGUUGACUCUACAAAGACGUCCAUCACGAUCGGCUGGGAGAGACCCGUCUACGAUGGAGGCAGCGAAAUCACACAUUACAUUUUGGACCAGAUGAAUUCCGAGGACAAAGAAUGGGUGACGAUCAACCCGCAGGUCAAAACCUGUGAAUACGUCGCAUCACUCCUCAAACCUGGAAACUACUACUUCUUCAGAGUUUUUGCUGUCAACUGCAAGGGCAAAGGAGAGGACAUCAAAAUGUACCAACCUGUGCAGGCCAAAGAUAUCCUGGAGGAGGCUGAUUUGGACUUGGAUGUUGCCAUGACAACCCAGUACAUAGCCAGGGCUGGCCGUGAUGUGACAGUGUUUAUCCCGCUGAAGGGACGUCCUGCCCCUAAUGUCACCUGGCGCCGCAGCGACCGCAACAUAGCUGGUGACAACCGCUACACCAUCACCAACACUGAGCGAGCCACCACACUCCUCAUACCAAAGGUCACCCGCGAUGACUGCGGCAAGUACCUGCUGGAGAUUGAGAAUGGCGUGGGAGAACCCAAGAUAAUCACAGUUUCCCUGAAGGUUCUGGACAGUCCAUCUAUGUGCCAGAAACUGAUGAUCAAGAACGUGACUAGAGGAAAGUUGACCCUGAGCUGGGAAGCUCCUGUCAUUGAUGGAGGUUCUCCCGUUACUAAUUACAUUGUUGAGAAAAAAGCUUCCACCAUGAAGGCCUAUCAGGUGAUCACAGCUGAGUGUGCCAACACAUCUUACAAGGUCUCAGGUCUGGAGGAGGAUGUAGCUUACUUCUUCUGUGUCUCUGCUGAAAACGAGUACGGUGUGGGUGACACCUGUGAAACUACUGAGCCCGUCAGAGCCACAGAAACUCCAGGACCUGUGAAGGACCUGGUGAUGGCAGACUCCACAAAGACCUCUGUUACCCUGCAGUGGACCAGACCAGACCAUGAUGGUGGCAGCCAUAUCGCUGAGUAUAUUGUCGAAAAGAGAUUCAGAGAAGAUCCCACCUGGACUUUGGGUGGUACGUGCAAGCGCUGCAGCUGUGAGGUCACAGGACUCAAAGAAGACUCUGACAUGUAUUUCAGAGUGUUUGCCAAGAAUGAGAAGGGUCUCAGUGACUUCUCCCAGAUCGGUCCGAUCACAGUGAUAGACUUUAUCAUCCCACCUGAGGCCAAUCUCAGUGAUUACCCCAACGGAGAGCUUGCUGUUCGCAUUGAUCAGAACAUCCACAUCGAACUACCCUUCAAGGGUAAACCAACACCUGCAAUUAGCUGGCUGAAGGACAACUUCCCUCUGAAGGAAAGUGAGAAGGUACGCUUCAGGACCACAGACAACAAGACUUCAGUCACAGUUAGAGGAGCAAAGAAGGAGCAUGCUGGCCAGUACACCUUAGUAUUGGACAACAGAACCAUCAAGAACUACUUUGACAUCAAUGUGAUCACUCUGGGACCCCCAUCUGUGCCUGUUGGUCCUAUCCGUUUCGAUGAGAUCAAAGCUCAGAGUAUCAUCAUCUCCUGGGCUGAGCCAAAAGAGGACGGAGGUGGAGAGAUCACCUGCUACAGUGUGGAGAAACGUGAGACCUCCCACGCAAACUGGAAGAUGGUCUGCUCUAGUGUUGUCAGAACCUCUUUCAAGAUUCCAAACCUGGUCAUGGGAACCUCAUACCAGUUCAGGGUCCGUGCAGAGAACAAGUACGGAGUCAGUGAACCACUUAACUCCUCAGAGAUUGUUGCGGAGCAUCAGUACAAACCUCCAGGUCCUCCAGCAAAACCAGUGGCUUUCAAUGUCACCAGUGAUGGUAUGACCAUCAAGUGGGAGGCCCCUGGUUUUGAUGGAGGAUCCGCUAUUUUGGGCUAUCAUGUGGAGAAGAAGGACAGGAACAGCCUCCUGUGGCAGAAAGUGAACUCCACCAUCAUCUCCAACAGAGAGUACAGAAUCAUUGGUCUCAUAGAGGGACUGGAGUACUCCUUCAGAGUCUAUGCAGAGAAUAAUGCUGGACUUAGUUCUGUUAGUGAACAGAGCAAACAUGCUCUUGCUAUCUCCCCUGUUGAUCCACCGGGAACCCCUGUUUGCAUCGAUGUCACCAGAGACUCAGUCACCUUGCAGUGGGAUGUCCCCAAGAAAGAUGGUGGCAGCAGAAUUGUGGCCUAUAGUGUGGAGAGACGCCAAGGUAGAGGCAAAUGGCUUCGGUGCAACUUCACUGACAUCAGUGAAACCCAGUUCACAGUGACUGGUCUGUCUCCUGGAGACAGAUUUGAGUUCAGAGUAAUUGCGCGGAACGCUGUGGGCACCGUGAGUCCACCAUCUAAUGCCUCAGCAUACAUCAUGACCAAGGAUGAGAGCAUUGCUCCUGAGAUCACUUGGUCACCAGACCAGAUUGUCAGUCUGAAGGCUGGAGAGAACAUUAAGCUCAGCUGCAGCAUCACUGGACGUCCUGUGCCACAGGUUGUCUGGUUCAAGGACGGCAAAGAGAUUGACAAGAGGAUCAUGAUUGACAUUGAGAUUACCAUCGGCAUAGGCACCAGCAGCCUGUUUAUUCGUGACGCUGACAGGAACCACCGUGGUAUCUACACGGUGGAGGCCAAGAACAGCUCUGGCAGCAAGAGAGCUGAUGUCAACGUCAGAGUGCACGAUACACCUGGACCUGUUGAAGGACCAAUACGUUUCACUGGCAUCACUGCUGAGAAGAGCACCGUGUGGUGGAACCCACCUGAGAAUGAUGGUUGUGCCGCCAUCACUCACUAUGUGGUGGAGAAAAGGGAGACGUCCAGGAUCUCCUGGGCCUUAAUCAACUCCAAGUGUGAAGCCUGUUCUUUCAAUGCUACUAACCUCAUCAAGGGCAAUGAGUACCAGUUCAGAAUCUCUGCUGUCAACAAGUUUGGUGUUGGCAAACCACUGGAUUCUGACCCUUUCAUUGCACAGAUGCAAUAUACUGUGCCCGACGCGCCUGGUACUCCAGAUGCCACUCAUGUGACUGGAGACAGCAUCACCCUGUGCUGGACCAGGCCCAGAUCAGAUGGUGGCAAUGAGAUCAAGCACUACAUCCUGGAGAGGCGAGAGAAGAAGAGUCUGCGCUGGUUGAAAGUUUCCUCCAAGAGGCCCAUCGCAGAGUUGAGGCACCGUGUCACCCACCUCACUGAGGGCUACGAGUACGAGUUCCGUGUCAUGGCUGAGAAUGGUGCUGGUGUGGGUCCAGCCAGCAGCACCUCCAGGCUCUUCAAAUGCAGAGAGCCUACAAGUACUCCUAGCGCUCCCACAGUGAUCAAGGUCAUUGACUCCACUAAAUCCUCUGUCACCCUGGAAUGGACCAAGCCAGUCUUUGAUGGCGGCAUGGAAAUCAUUGGGUACAACAUCGACAUGUGUAAGGCCAGUCUCGAGGAGUGGCACAGAGUCAACCACCAGAUUUGCAUCCACACCAGAUACACAGCCAAUGGCUUAGUGCCUGGAGAGCUCUAUAAGUUCAGGGUCAGUGCUGUGAAUGGAACUGGACAAGGUGAAGCCUCUGUGAUGGCCCACCCUGUUCAGGCUCUGGAUAGACUGACAUCUCCUGAGAUUGACAUUGAUGCCAAAUUCAAGCAAACUCACAUCGUGAAAAAUGGUGGCACAGUCACCCUCCAUGUCACCUUCCAUGGCAAACCAGCUCCUCUUGCGACCUGGUCUAAGGGUGACGGUGAGCUGCCUGUCAUGGCUGAUGUCAACACCACCGAGUCAUUCUCCACUCUGACCAUUGAGGGUUGCACAAGGUACGAGGCCGGCAAAUACACCCUGUCUCUGGAGAACAACAGUGGACGCAAGUCCAUCACCUUCACUGUCAAAGUGUUGGACACACCUGGACCUCCUGGAGCCAUCACUUUCAAAGAUGUUACCCGGGGAGCCCUGACACUGAUGUGGGAUGCCCCCACCACUGAUGGUGGGUCCAGAGUCCACCACUACAUUGUUGACAAGCGUGAGGCCAGCCGUCUGGCCUGGCAGGAGGUCAGUACCAAGUGCUCUCGUCAAAUGAUCAGAGUAACUGGUAUGGAUAUUGGUGUGCCAUAUCUGUUCAGAGUGAUUGCUGUAAACCACUAUGGCCAAGGAGAGCCUCAUGAGAUGACAGAGCCUGUCAUAGCCACAGAAGAACCUGCACCACCAAAGAGGCUGGAUGUUAUCGACACCACCAACUCUACAGCCUCCCUGGUGUGGCUGAAGCCUGAGCAUGAUGGUGGCAGCCGCAUCAGAGGCUACAUUGUUGAGUUUAUAGCCAGAGGCAGUGACCACUGGGUGCUUUACGGGGAGACCAAAUCACAAAAGAUGCUGGUUGAAGGUCUGACCGCGAACACAGAGUAUGACUUCAGGGUCAAAGCCAAAAAUGAUGCUGGCAUCAGUGAUCCUCAGGGCACCUUAAGCUCUGUGGUCAUUAAGGAGCCUCGCAUCGAACCCACUGCUGACCUCAGCAGCAUCACCAACCAGCUCAUCACCUGCAAGAUCUCCAACACCUUCACCAUUGACAUCCCUAUCAGUGGCAGACCUGCACCUAAGGUCACCUGGAAGCUGGAAGAGAUGAAGCUGAAGGAGACAGACAGACUUUCCAUCAUGACCACAAAGGAGAGAACCACUCUGGUGGUGAAAGACAGCAAGAGAAGCGACAGUGGCAAAUACUAUCUGAUCCUGGAAAAUACUGCUGGUGUGAAGACAUUCGCAGUGACCGUGGUUGUUGUUGGUCGCCCAUGUCCACCCACAGGCCCUGUGGAAAUUUCUGGAGUUUCCUCAGAAUCCUGCUCCCUGUCCUGGUCUGAGCCAUCUGAUGAUGGUGGCUCUGACAUCUCCAACUACAUUGUGGAAAAACGGGAGUCUGGUUCCGCCUCUUGGCAAGUGGUGAACUCCAGUGUGAGGAGAACCACCAUCAAAGUCACGCAUCUGACCAAGUACAUGGAGUACACCUUCAGAGUGUGCGCUGAGAACAAGUUUGGUGUCAGCAAAUCAGUUGAGUCUGCUGCUGUUGUCAUCGAGCAUCCAUAUAUUGCUCCAAGUCCUCCAAGUCGUCCAGAUGUGGUAUCUGUCUCUGCAAACACCAUCAGCAUCAAGUGGGAUGUGCCAUAUGCAGAUGGUGGCAGCCAAGUGACAGGCUACUGGAUUGAGAAGAAGGAACGGAACACGAUUCUGUGGGUGAGGGAGAACAAACUGCCCUGCCUGGAGUGCCAUUACAAGAUCUCCAAUCUGAUCGAGGGCCUGGAGUACCAGUUCAGGGUGUACGCCAUGAACAUUGCUGGACUCAGCAAGGCCAGUGGGCCUUCCAGACCUGUGGUGGCGUUCAAUCCUGUUGAUCCUCCGGGUAAACCUGAGGUGACAGACAUCAGCCGCUCUUCCGUGUCCCUCUGCUGGACUGUGCCGUUCAACGACGGCGGCAGCAAGAUUGUAGGUUACGUGGUGGAGAGGAAAGUCUACAGCACAGACGAGUGGGACGACAACCGCUGGCUCAAGUGCAACUACACCACCAUCAGUGAGAAUUACUUCACCGUGUCUAACCUGGGAGAGGGCGAGACCUACGAAUAUCACGUCAUCGCCAAGAAUGCUACCGGAGUCCACAGCGCUCCAUCAGAGUCGACCGGACCCGUCACAUGCAAGGAUGAAUACUCUCCUCCCAGAGCUGAACUCGACAGCAAGCUGGUGGGCGAGGUGGUUGUCGUCUCCGCUGGCUCUGACCUUGUCCUGGAUGGCAUCGUUGGUGGUAAACCCGAACCCACUGUUUACUGGUCGAAGGGCGACAAGAUUUUGGAGCUCGGAGAGAAAUAUUCUCUGACGUACACCGCCACCAGGGCCAUGGCUGUCAUUAAGAACUGCGACAGAUUUGACUCAGGAAGAUACGUCCUGACUGUCAAGAAUGCCAGCGGAAUCAAGACCGCCGCUGUCAGCGUCAAAGUUCUAGACACCCCCGGACCUCCAUCUGAUAAGAUCGUCAUCAGCAGAGUGACGGAGGAGAAGUGUACAGUGUCCUGGAAGAUCCCUAUGGAGGACGGCGGAGACCGCGUCACCCAUUACAUCGUGGAGCGUCGCGAGACCAGCCGUCUCAACUGGGUCGUCAUGGAGACUGAGUGCAAAACUCUGUCAUGCGUCAGCUCCAGGCUGAUCAAGAACAACGAGUAUGUCUUCAGAGUCAGAGGAGUCAACAAGUAUGGACCUGGAGUUCCACUGGAGUCCGACGCCAUCAUCGCCAGGAACGCCUACACUGUCCCAUCACAGCCUGGAACACCAGAAACCACAGCAGUUGGCAAGGAGCAUGUCAUCAUUGAGUGGCUGAAGCCUGAGAGUGACGGAGGCAGCGAGAUCAAGACCUACAUCGUCGAGAAACGAGAAAAGAGCAGCACCAGGUGGACUCGGGUGAACAAGACUUACACCAUCUAUGACACUCGUCUGAAGAUCACAGGCCUCCUGGAGGGAAGUGAGUAUCUGUUCAGAGUCACAGCUGUCAACGCCGCAGGAGACAGCCCGCCAAGUGAUGCCUCGCCCUACAUCCUCUGCAAAGACCCCACAUAUACACCUGCUCCUCCAUCAACACCUCGCAUCACCGACACAUCCAAGCGUAGCAUUAGCAUGACUUGGACCAGGCCCAUGUACGAUGGUGGCUCAGACGUCACAGGCUAUGUGAUCGAGAUCCUGGAGGAGGGCUCUGAGCAGUGGUACCGCGCCACUGCUAAGGCCAUCAAAACCACUGAGUAUGUGGCUGCAGGCCUGACAGCCAAUAAGAAGUACCGAUUCAGAGUAGCCGCCAUCAACAGCAAUGGCUCCGGCGAGUUCAGUGAACCCAGUGCUGAGGUGGAGCCACUGGAGAGACUUGAAAUGCCUGACCUGGAGUUGGAUGAUGACCUUAAGAAAACAGUGUGUCUACGUGCUGGAGGAUCCCUGCGACUGUUUGUGACUUUCACCGGACGGCCAUUACCAGUGGUGUCCUGGAGGAAGACCGGCGUGGAGCUGCAAAGCCGUGGCUUUAUUGAAACCACUGAUAGCUACACAAUGCUAAUAGUGGAGAAGAUUAAUCGCUAUGACUCUGGAAAAUAUGUUGUUGAAGCAGAGAAUCCAUCUGGCAAGAAGACUGCCACAAUCCUGGUGAAGGUUUAUGACACUCCUGGUCCUCCAGGUUCUGUGAAUGUUAAGGACUAUACCAAAGAGUCUGUUGUCAUCACCUGGGAUGUCCCAAGCAUCGAUGGCGGUGCUCACGUCAGCAACUACAUCAUCGAGAAGCGUGAAGCCAACAUGAAAUCAUACAAGACUGUCACCACUGAGUGUAGAAAGACCCUGUAUAGGAUCACUGGUCUGGAGGAGGGCGUGCACUACUUCUUCAGAGUUCUGCCAGAGAACAUCUAUGGUGUUGGUGAGCCCUGUGAAACCGCUGAGGCUGUGCUGGUGUGCGAAGUGCCAUCAGUGCCCCUGAAUCUCCAGGUUGUUGAUGUCACUAAGUCCUCAGUGACUCUGCACUGGGAGAAGCCGAUGCAUGACGGUGGCAGUAGACUGACUGGCUACAACAUUGAAGCCUGUAAAGUGGGCUCAGACCGGUGGGCUUCUGUGGCAACGGUCAAGGCCUCUGUGACCAAGCACACCAUCCAGUCUCUGAUGGAGAAUGACCAGUACCUAUUCAGAGUCCGAGCCACUAACAGCAGAGGAGCCGGUGAGCACAUGGACAUGGUGACUCCAGUCACAAUCCAGGAUAUUAAGGUGAUGCCCAAGAUUGACUUGACCAACAUCCCUCAGAAGAUUGUCCAUGUGACCCGCGGCAGACCCGUUGACCUCAACAUCCCGAUACAAGCCAAACCUCACCCUGAGGUCCUCUGGUUCUUUGGUGGUGUCCAGCUGAAGGACAGCCUGGACCGCAUCAAGAUUGAAAGCAACGGCAAAUACACCAACCUUGUCAUACGUGAGACCACAAUCAAUGACACAGGAGACUACACGCUACAAGUAAAGAAUGCCAUCGGCAUGGCAACCGAGGUCAUCAAAGUCAUCAUCCUUGACAAACCUGGUAUCCCAAUCGGUCCAAUGAGGAUCGAGGAGACCGAUGGCCUGUCCGUGACAGUCAGCUGGAUGCCUCCAGAGAAGGACGGUGGCGCCAAUGUCAGUGGCUAUGUGGUGGAGCAGCGUGAUGCCCACAGGCCAGGCUGGAUAACUGUCUCAGAGUCGGUGACCCGGCCCUGCUUCAAGUUCACCAGACUUUCAGAGGGAACCGAGUAUGUGUUCCGUGUUGCUGCCAUGAAUCGUUUCGGCGUAGGCCUCUUCCUGCAGUCUGAGGUGGUGGAGUGCAGGACCAUCAAGACUAUCCCUGGACCUCCAAGCAAGCCAGAGAUAGUUGAUGUCACCCAUGAGGGCAUGACAGUUACCUGGCAACCACCAGAGGACAAUGGUGGCUCCACCAUUGCUGGUUACCUUAUUGAACGUAAGGAGGCCGGUUCUGACAGGUGGUUAAGGAUCAACAAGAACCCCGUCACCAUGACCAGGUACCGCUCUUCUGGUCUUAUUGAGGGCUUGGAGUAUGAAUACCGCAUCACUGCCAUCAACUCAAGAGGAGCUGGCAAACCCAGCGAGAGCUCUGCCAUUACCGUUGCCAUGGAUCCCAUUGAACCUCCAGGACCUCCAAUGAAUCCCAGGGUCACAGACACUACAAGAACCUCAGUCUCUCUGGCCUGGUUGCCACCUGAAGAGGAGGGUGGUGCUGUUAUAACCGGUUACUUUAUCGAGAUGCAGAAGGUGGACCAGGUAGAAUGGACACUGUGUAACACCACACCCACCAAGAUGAGCGAGUACAUCCUCACCCACAUGCCUCAGGGUGCCGAGUACAAGUUCAGGAUCAGUGCCUGCAAUUCUGGUGGUUCUGGAGAGCCUGCAGAGAUUCCUGGAGUGGUUAAAGUUCAGGAGAUGCUGUAUUAUCCUGACUACGUGCUUGAUCACAAAUAUGAAGAGGGCUAUGUGGUGCGCCAAGGUGGAGUCAUUCACCUGUCUGUGCCCAUCAAGGGUAAACCCAUCCCUAUAUGCAAGUGGACCAAAGAUGGCCGUGACAUCUCGCACCGCGCUAUGAUCGCCACCUAUGAUGACAUCACUGAGCUGGUCAUCAAAGAGGCGCACAAAGACGACACUGGUACUUAUGACCUGCUCCUGGAGAACAAAUGUGGCAGAAAGGCUGUGUACAUCAAGGUGAAGGUGAUCGGUCGCCCCGAUGCCCCAGAAGGCCCUCUGGAGUUUGAUGACAUUCAAGCCAGAUCAGUCCGUGUCAGCUGGAGACCACCUUCAGAUGACGGAGGCUGCGACAUUCAGGGAUACAUCGUGGAAAGGCGGGAGGUACCCAAGGCUGCCUGGUACACUGUGGGCGCUCGGGUAACUGAGACUUCUCUGAUAGUGAAGGGCCUGAAGGAGAAUGUCGAGUAUCACUUUAGAGUUUUUGCUGAGAAUCAGUUUGGAGUCAGCAGAUCUCUGAAGUCUGACGAGCCUGUCACACCAAAGACACCACUUUGCCCACCAGAACCUCCCAGCAACCCACCAGAGAUCAUGGACGUGACCAAGUCCACAGUGUCUCUGUCCUGGGCCCGCCCUCGCGAUGAUGGAGGCUCGCGUGUUACAGGAUAUUACGUGGAAAGGAGGGAGGUGACCACGGAGAAGUGGGUCCGUCACAACAAGACCCACAUCACCACCACUAUGUACAACGUCACUGGUCUGAUCCCUGAUGCAGAGUACAUGUUCAGAGUGGUGGCUCAGAAUGAAAUUGGGCAGAGUGAAGCUGGUCCUGUUUCAGAGUCUGUCAUCUGCAAAGAUCCAUUUGACAAACCCAGCCAGCCUGGUGAGAUUGACAUCGUCUCCAUCACCAAAGAUAGCAUCACCAUCCACUGGCUCAGACCUGAGCACGAUGGAGGCAAGGAGAUCUUGGGCUACUGGAUUGAGUUCAGGCAAUCUGGGGAGAGUGCUUGGAAGAAAUGCAACAAGGAGCGCUCUAAGGAUCGUCAGUUCACUAUGGGCGGCUUAAUGGAGGCUACUGAAUACGAGUUCAGAAUCUUUGCUGAGAACGAGACCGGACUCAGCCGACCUCGUCGCACACCCAUGGGCAUCAAGACCAAACUUAGCGUUGGCGAGGCUCCAGUGUUGAAGGAAGAGAUUGAAGAUGUUACCACCAAGCUUGGCGAGUCGGGCACUCUGACCUGUGGCAUCAUUGGCAGACCUUUGCCUGACAUCAAAUGGUACCGCUUCGGCAAGGAACUGAUCCAGAGCCGCAAGUACAAGAUGAGCUCAGACGGCCGUAACCACUCACUCAGCAUAGUGACGGACGAGCAGGAAGAUGAGGGUCUGUACACCUGUAGGGCCCUCAACGAGGCUGGAGAGAUUGAAACCAGUGGCAAACUACGCCUUCAAGCACCUCCCCAGUUCCACCCUGGCUUCCCUCUGAAGGAGAAAUACUAUGCUGGGGCCGGCACUAGCCUUCGCCUGCACGUUGUCUACAUUGGGCGUCCCAUCCCCCAGAUCAUGUGGUUCUAUGGCAAGAAGCCUCUGAAUGCAUCACAGGAUGUGAUCAUUGAAAAUACAGAGAGCUACACCCACCUGGUGGUCAGAAACGUCCAGAGAAAGACCAAUGCUGGCCGCUACAAGGUGCAGCUCAGCAACGUGUAUGGAACCAUUGACACCGUGUUACGUGUUGAAAUCCAAGAUAAACCAUGCAUCCCUGAGGGUCCUAUGGUUGUUGAAGGUCUGCUGAAGAGCUCAGUCGUUAUCAGCUGGAAGGUUCCCAAGGAUGAUGGAGGCUCCAUGAUUACAAACUAUAUUGUUGAGAAGCGUGAGGCUAAAGAAGGUGAGCAGUGGCACCUGGUGUCCUCCUCCAUCUCUGGCACCACCUGCCGCGUUCCCAACCUGAUAGAGAGCGCUGGCUACUACUUCAGAGUCUCUGCUCAGAACCAGUAUGGAGUCAGUGAGCCUCUGGAAAUCCCAUCCGUGGUAAUCAUCAAGAGUCCUUUCGAAAAACCGGGUAUCCCACAGCGGCCGUUCAUCAUCAGCUCCACCAAAGACUCCUGUGUCGUCUGCUGGAAGCCUCCAAGCAGUGACGGUGGUGCUAAAAUCACAAACUACUACCUGGAGAAACGUGAAAAGAAGCAGAACAAGUGGAUGUCAGUAACCUCUAAGAAGGUCGUUGAAACAAGUUUCGAGGUCACAGGCUUGAUUGAGAGCUUUGAGUAUGAGUUCCAUGUCAAGUGUGAGAAUGCUGGUGGUGAGAGUGACUGGAGUGAGAUCUCUGAGCCUAUCAUCCCCAAGUCAGACCAGGCUCCACGUGCUCCUGCCUUCAGGGAGGAGAUCAGGGACAUGACUGUCAAAUACCAAGCCAGCGCCACGUUUGUCACCAAGGUAUUGGGACAUCCAAAGCCUGUGGUGAAAUGGUAUCGCAGUGGAAAAGAAAUCCUGGCAGAUGGAACCAAGAUCAAAGCCCUGGAGUUCAAGGGAGGUUACUACCAGCUUGUUAUCACAUCUGCUAAUGAGAAUGAUGCUACAGUUUACCAAGUCCGAGCAACCAACCCAUCAGGAUCCAUCUCUGCAACUGCCAACCUGGAGGUGGAAGUUCCUGCUAAGAUCCACCUGCCCAAAGAGCUCCAGGGAAUGGGAGCAGUUCAUGCCGUCUGUGGAGAUAAUAUCACAAUCAAGAUUCCCAUCUCUGGCAAGCCUGAGCCAGCGAUCACUUGGCAGAAGGGUCAGGAGAUCCUGUCCAACUCUGUUUACUACCAAGUUAUCACCACUAGAUCUUUUACCUCCCUGGUCUUCCAGAAGGGGGUGCAGAGGAAAGAUACUGGCUACUACGUUAUUACUGCAAAGAACAGGUUUGGAACAGACAAGCAAACAAUUGAGAUGAAUGUGGUGGACAUACCUGAAGCUCCUAAGGGACUCGUGGUCAGUGACAUUUCAAAGGACUCUAUCACUCUAACCUGGGAGCCACCAGCCAGCGAUGGUGGAAGUGACAUCAUUAACUACAUUGUUGAGAAGUGUCCUACCAGUGGUGACAGGUGGAUCCGUGCUGGACAGACCACUGACUGCAGCAUCACCAUCAUCAACAUAUUUGGAAAGGCCAAGUACCAGUUCCGUGUCCUUGCAGAGAACGAGUUUGGCUUGAGUCCUCCUUCUCAGCCAACAGAGCCAAUCACUACAAAAGAAGAUAAGUCUGUGAUUAGGAACUAUGAUGAGGAAGUGGAUGAAGCCAGAGAAAUAAUCAAAGGAGAAGCUCCAUUCUACAAGGUGAAGGAGUUGUCCUCCAAAUACAUCAUCUCUGAGGAGCUUGCUCGCUGCCAGUUUGGAGCAGUCUACCGCUGCAUUGAGAUUGCUACAAAGAAGACUUUCAUGGCCAAAUUCAUCAAGGUCAGAGGAACCGACCGAGAGCUGGUUCUCAGGGAGAUUGAGGCCCUCAAUGUAGCAAGGCACAAUAACAUCAUUUACCUGCAUGAGUACUUUGAAAGUAUGGAGGAGAUUAUUCUGAUCUUUGAGUUUAUAUCUGGAGUUGACAUCUUUGAACGCCUGGGAACCAGCAACUUUGAGCUAACAGAGCAAGAGAUUGUCCGUUACCUGAGACAAGUCUGCUCUGCCCUGAAAUUCUUGCACAGCCUCAACUAUGGUCACUUUGAUAUUCGUCCAGACAACAUCGUCUAUACCACGAGGAGAAGCACCAUCAUAAAGAUUAUGGAGAUGGGCCAGGCAAGGCUGCUGGUGCCAGGAGAAAACAUCAGAAUGCUCUUCUCAGCUCCUGAGUACUGUGCCCCUGAGGUUCACCGCCACGACUUAAUCACAACUGCCACUGAUAUGUGGUCUGUUGGUGUUAUCGCCUAUAUUCUGCUCAGUGGCCUCAAUCCAUUUGCUGCAGAGUCCACUACAAAGAUGAUUGAGAACAUCUCCAACUGUGAGUAUGUCUUUGACAGAGAAGCAUUUAAGGACAUCAGCCUGGAGGCCAUGGACUUUGUAGACAGACUUCUAGUCAAGGACAGGAAGCUGCGUAUGACAGCCCAUGAGGCUAUGGAGCACCCAUGGCUCAGGAUGAAGAUUGAGCAGGUCAGCAACAAGACCAUCAGGACACUGAGACACAGGAGGUACUACCAGACACUUGUGAAAAAGACAGACACUAUUGUAUCUGCAGCUCGUGUAGCCUAUGGUGGUGCCUUCAAGAACCAGAGAGGACUGGCUGUGGGCAAAGUAAAGAUCGGAACUGAGUAUCAUGGCCUUCGCUCUGGUCCAGUCAUGCAUGGCUCAGCUGAAGUCGGUGGCUAUGUCAAAUUUUCUUGCAUAAUUUCCAACUAUGACAAGAGCACACAGGUUUCAUGGUAUUUCGGCAACCGUCAGCUCCAUCCAAGCCCCAAGUACGAGAUAACGUACAGUAAUGGUUUUGCCAGCAUCUAUGUGAAGGACAUCGAGGACUGUGAUGAUGGUGUGUACAGAUGCAAGGUGGUGAGUGAUGAUGGAGAAGACAGUGCUUAUGGAGAACUCUUUGUUGAGACAGUAAGAAGCAUCAGAGAGUAUUAUGUCAGCCGCACCAUCAGGAAACUGAGGAGGAGAGUUGAUAGGAUUAAACUCCUACAACGACCACCUGAGUUCACCCUGCCUCUCUACAAUACCACUGCCUACAUUGGCGAAGAUGUUCGCUUUGGUGUCACCAUUACUGUGCACCCAGAUCCUCAUGUGACAUGGCUCAAGAAUGGAGAGAGAAUUAAACCAGGUGAGGAUGACAGAAAGUACACGUUUGCAAGUGAUAAGGGUCUGUACCAGCUGAUCAUCCACAAUCUGGACAUGAGCGAUGAUGCCGAGUACACUGUCAUGGCCCACAACAAGUUUGGAGACGACAGCUGCCAAGCCCAUCUCACUGUGACACCUCACCUUGUGUCAGCGGAGACCAUGAGGCCAAUGUUCAAACGCCUGCUGGCUAAUGUUGAGUGCAAUGAGGGGGAUAGCGUCCGUUUUGAACUCAAGGUCUCUGGAGUCCCAACUCCUAAUCUGAAAUGGGAGAAGGAUGGUAAACCCCUAGAGUUUGGUCCCAAGGUGGUUGUCAUUCAGCAGGAUGUUGAUUACCAUGUCCUGCACAUCAGAGAGACUCUGCUCGAGGAUGCUGCUGUGUACAAGGUUACGGCAACUAACUCUGCUGGCUCUGCAAGCUGCCAGGCUACACUGAAGAUCAACCGCCUUACCUACACCAGGAGAGAGUAUAAGAGUGAGGAGGAAAAAUACCUACACGUUCAGAAACAAAUUGAAAAGACUAACAAGAUGGCUAAGCGAAUCGCUGCAACCGAGGAGCACGUACCUUUCAACCCCACCGCACAGGAGGCUCUUAAAUUUGCUGCUGACCUGUACAAGCCUGCAGUGAGCACCAAGAACGUGGAAGGGGAAUUUGACAUCUCAGUUGUGAAGUCUGAGACCAAGAAGCUGGAGGAGGAGAGGAGAAUCUUUAUGCCAUAUGAGAUACCCGAGCCUUUGGUUCACGAUCCCAGAGAUCUGGAUGAAGACAAGGCCAUCAAGCAGUUUGUGCCUCUCUCAGAAAUGAAGUGGUACAAGAAGCUGAGAGUCCAGUAUGAGCUUCCUGAGAGAAUGGAAAGGAUUGUGCAGAAGAGGCAGAGACGUAUUCGUCUGUCCAGGUGGGAACAGUUCUAUGUCAUGCCCCUUCCCAGAAUCACCGACCAGUACAGGCCAAGGUGGCGUAUUCCAAAACUCAGUCUGGAUGAUCUGGAGACUGUCAGGCCUGCACGCCGUUCACCCUCUCUUGAAUCUGAGGUGUCCUUCAGAUCCAGGAGGAGAUCUCUUGGAGACCUGAGUGAUGAAGAGCUGCUGAUGCCUGUGGAUGACUACAUUUCCAGAAGGAGGACAGAGGAAGAGAGAAUGAAGCUGGAGGAUGAGCUGGAGCUCGGCUUUUCUGCCUCCCCUCCUAGGAGUCCGUGUACAUGUCUGGACGAUGUUGUGCGUGAAGAGAGGGUGCAGGAAGUCAGACAGCAGGAGGUCAGAAAGCAGGUGGUGGAAGUUGCUGAGACAAAGAAGAAACGUACAAUUUCUCAGUACAUGAGAAGGAGGAGAUCAUUGUCUCCCACAUACAUCGAGCUGAUGCGUCCAGUUUCAGAGCUGAUCAGACAACCACGUGUCAGACUUGUGGAGGUAGAGGGACAGAUUGUAGAAAGGAGGUCUCCCACACCAGAGAGGACUCGCCCACGCUCUCCCAGUCCCAUUAGAUCUGUUGAGAGGUCUUCCCGUUCCUCCUCCCGGUUUGAACGGUCUGCCCGCUUUGACAUCAUGUCCCGCUAUGAGGCCAGAAAGGCUGCUCUGAAGGCUGAAAGAAAAUACCAAGUGGUUAGCCAGACACCUUUCAGCCUUGACCAUGCUCCUCGUGUGACUGUCAGGAUGCGCUCCCAUCGCAUUCCAAUCGGCCAAGACACCAGAUUCACACUGAACGUCCAGGCUAAGCCUGAGGCAGAAGUCCAGUGGUUCCAUAACGGAACUGUGAUCUUUGAAAGGAGCGAGAAAUACAUUUUCUCCAACAUGAGUGGUGUUUUGUCCAUCACUAUCCUGAACUGCCAGGAUGAGGACAGUGGUACAUAUCGCUGUGUGUGCUCCAACACAAAGGGAGAGGCAUCCGACUACGCCACCCUGGAUGUGACAGGAGUCACAUGUGCCUACACCACCUUCUCCUCUCGCCGCAGAGACGAGGAAGUUCCUAAACCAUAUGUCCCUGACGUUACUCGAAUUGACCACUAUCACACCACCCACUUCCAAGCAGGUUAUGCCACCCAGAGCCACUUUGAGGUGGAGGAGAGUAAGUCAAAGUUCACUGAGACACGUGAGGUUGUUGAACGCGAGCGAUAUGCUGCCUCCUCAGAAAGGUACUCCUCUGCCGAAAGGUAUGAUGCUUCGCUCAAAUACGCCUCAGCUGAGAGGUACUCCUCUGCUGAGAGGUACGAUUCAUCUGUCAAAUAUGCCUCAGCAGAUUACCUGUCAUCUGACUCCUCCUUUUCCUCAGACCAGUAUUCUCUAACCAGGAAGCACACCACAACUGAAGCUAAACUUAAGACAGCUUCUGUUGUGUCUGCUGUUUCUGUUUCUGCUGUUUCUGCUGCUGAAGUAGUUUCUGUUGAAAAAACAAAGCCUUCCCUUCCAGCCAGAAUCCUCACCAAGCCUCAGUCUGUGACAGUCACAGAGGGAGAAACUGCCAUAUUCUACUGCGAUAUUGACGGAGAGCCUGCACCCACUGUAACAUGGAUGCGUGAGAGCAGAACUAUUGUCUCAUCUCAUAAUGUCCAGGUUACUACCACUCAGUACAAAUCUAGUUUGGAGAUUUCCUCUGUGACCGUGUCAGAUGAGGGCAGUUACACAGUGGUGGUAGAGAACUCAGCAGGCAGACAGGAGGCUCACUUCACUCUGACCAUUCAUAGAGUAGUUGUUAAAGAAGAAGUUAAGGCUGUCAAAUCCCAUGAACCACCAGUGAAGUCUCCAGAGCCUUCAGCCCCAUCCCCUGCUCCCUCCAUAACUUCCCCUGUUCCAAGUGUAAAGUCACCUGAACCCAGCGUCAAGUCCCCUGAACCUUCAGUCAAAUCACCUGAACCAAGUGUAACUUCUCCUGCUCCGAGUGUGAAGUCACCCGCACCGAGUGUGAAGUCUCCUGAGCCGAGUGUGAAGUCACCCACACCGAGUGUGAAGUCUCCUGAGCCGAGUGUGAAGUCUCCUGAACCUGAGGGAAUUAAAACCCCUAGGGGCAUUAAGUCCCCUGCGCCAUCUGCAGCCUCUCCAGCAACUGGCAUAAAAUCACCAGCUUCCGGUGUCAAAUCUCCUGAACCUGAGGGAGUCAAGUCUCCUCGGGGUAUAAAAUCCCCAGAGCCCAGACUUAAGUCACCGACAACUAUCAAGUCACCUGAACCUGAGGAGGCAAAAUCUCCUCGUGGUAUCAAAUCUCCAGAGCCCACAGGACUCAAGACUCUAAGAGGGUUGAAGUCUCCAGAACCUGCUGGAAUCAAAACAGGGAUCAAAUCCCCCAGGACCCUGAAGUCCCCUGAGCCUGAGGGACUCAAAUCACCUCCUAGGAUGAAGUCUCCUCCUCCAACGAUGUCCCCAAAGAGGGUUGUGUCUCCACCCACAGUCAAAUCCCCAACUCCGAAACCUCCCAAGAUCCUCAGUCAGCUAACAGCCGAGGCCUGUGAGGGUUCGGUGAGGAUGUCCUGUGUCUGCGAGAGCACCAUCAGGGAGGUGGUAUGGUACGUUAGUGGGAGGAGACUCUCGCAGAGCAGUCGCUUUGAAAUGAAACAGUCUGAAGGCUCCUGCAGCCUCUUAAUCCGCGAUCUGAUGGACAGUGAUCAGGGAGAGUACGUCUGUGAGAUGACCUCAGAGGGAGGAGUCGCCAAAUCCUCCUUCUCUUUCACCGGACAGGUGUUCCAGUCCAUACGCAUGAAGGUCACCGCCUACCGUGAGCAGCAACUGGCACUUAAAGGAUCAAUGAUGAUGAGUCACAAAGAAUCAUCAUCAUCCACAAGCUCGUCCAUGAUGAUGAGGAAAGAAGUCCACACCAUGGAGGAGUCGUCCUCCUCCUUUUCAUCCUCCUCCCAGCAGGCUAUGAUGUCAUCCAUGAUGGAGUCCAGUGCCUUCAGCAGCAUGGCGGCCGAGAUGAAGCUUGAGACCAUGUCCAUGUCCAGCUCGUCUUCAAUGGCGUCUGAGUCAUACGCAAUAGGCUCUAGCAGCCUCACUGAGAUGGGAUCUUCAUUCAGAGCGAUUGGUUGUGCUCCCAGGAUCGAGGCUCUGCCGGAGGACAUCAGCAUGGAGGUGGGCAAAGUCCUGACUCUGUCCUGCGCCUUCUCUGGUGACGCUAAGAAAAUCGAGUGGUCCCGCGGUGGCAAAACCAUCGAGGUGACCGCAGGCGGACGCUUCCACAUAGAGACUUCGGAGGAUUUGACCACCCUCAUCAUCACUGGCGUCAGAGAGGAAGACGCAGGAACUUAUACCCUGAAACUGUCCAACGAGCUCGGAUCCGACUCAGCGAGCGUUCACAUUAGCAUUCGAUCGGUGUAGAAAAAACAAAAAAACUCAUCUUCCCCUUUUCCUCUUUUUCCAUGUCUAUGUUUAUUUAUAAAUUCAGCAAAAAGCACCGACGUGAUAAAGAAUCUCCAUUUCUCUUCUUGUAAAUAUGAACAAUUUUUGUACCAAACGUGACAUUAAUUUAUGCCAAACUAGACUCAAGUCUAACGUUGUUAUAAAAUGUGCCAUAUUGGAUAAAUAUGACUUAGGAUUUUUGAUCCAUUUUUCUUUGACAUGUACAUAAUGUAUAUAGCCGAAUUGAACGGUUAUGGGAAAUGUAUGCAUUGUUAUUUAUGACAAUAAUAUGAACUGAAACAGAAUGAAACUGAAUGUGGUUUAACAGGAGAAAGUUCCACGAGGAACGAAUACCCUGUCCAACCAAGAAACUAAACUCUGUGCCUCAACGAUACGUUGAAGUCUAAGAUUGCCUCGGCAGGUAGAGAGGCUCCCUGCCGAUGUUUCCUCGAUUAGAGACGCGAUAGAAACCAGAGCUCGAGGUCCUGAGCGCUGUUUGCCUUUACCCUCGUGUAAGCAGCGCAACUGGACCUCGAGCUGCGACUGAUGAUGUCAGAACCGCCGUUUUCACGACCUGCUCAUAGUGCGAGCGGCCUGCACUCCCUGAGCGCCGAUGUUUCUUUUUCUUUUGUUUUGUGCUCCGCCUCUGGCCAACAACCGCUCACUCUGGCUCCGCCCUCAUAACACACACCUGACAAUCACGUGAAGAAGAAGAUAAAGAAAAAAAGUGGUGUCCGUCGUGCGCUCGUUGGCAGGGGCGGAGCUUCCUCCCGGAGGCUGCAGUGUGUUUGUGUGUUAGUUUGUAGAGAAGUUCACCUGUCAGACAGGGGGCGCCGCAGAGCGGAGGAGUUGCAGCCAGACAACAAGCCUGUGCUGCGUUAGAAGGAGGCGUGGUCUGGCAUGGAGGAGGCGGGGUCUGGUGAGUCGCCCCGCAGCGUUUUGAUUUGAUUGAAGUUAGAGUUUGUAGCGUUGAAUAUUUUCGCAGCCUCCUCGAGUUUUUCUCCGAUGAUUGAUUUAAUAAAGCAUGAAACAGCACAACA